GCCUUUGGGGGAGAGAGAGAGAGCGCGAGAGCCUAUCAUAUUUCACCCUAAUCCUAAGCGAUUGCUUUAGCCAGGCAGUCUCUUUUAUUGUUAAAGAGAAUCCUUCUGAAGAUUGUUCCCCAGGCUUUUCAUUUAAGGGCAAACAGGAUGGACGGACUUAAGAAUCAGAAUGGCAGUGCCAUUUCCUUGCAGAAAAGAGAAAGCCGUUCCAAUUUGUAUCCUGGUCUGGCAACUUGUUAGCAGCAUGUACAUCUCCCUGAUCCAAGAAGCUGGCUUUUUUUGUUUAAAGAAAAUGUGAUAGAAGAGAAGGCUGGAUUACAAGCAUAUCGGUGGAGAAUGUUACUGAGCAGAGGAGAUGGACUUUGGUUGAAACCUGGAAAAAACGGAAAGCUGUGUCCCUCGGUGUUGUGCUUCUACACAAUCCUCAUCUGAAGGUUGUUUUCAGGGUGCCGUGGUGUUUUUCUUUCUUCCGCUGUGUUUUGUUUGGCAGCUCACAAAGUACUGUAGGCAGAAGCAGCCUCCGGGAAUUGUACAGGCACAAUCGCUUGGUUCUGUGCGCCAUGCAGAUUUAAACAGUGCAUGUGUUUUCUUUAAGUUUAAAGAAACUUGGUUAUUUUAUAUUAGAUAAAAAGAAAAAGGAGAAAGCUACGAGGGUGGUUUUGAAAGUUGCAUACUCCAGUGGAUUUAUUUAUUUUUUGGGGGCGAGAAAUGAAAAAAGAAAGUGCCUCUAAGUCAUUCCGGUUGAAACAUAAUCCAGGAUCCCUCUCGCGUGCUGUGAGCUGGAUAAACUUCUCUACCUUGUCUAAGCAGACAAAAAGGCUGUUUCGCAGCGAUGGUGAACUCACAUCUAUAUGUGGGCAGCAGGUAGAAGAGGAUGAGAGCUGGACCUACAGACCCCAGCACAGAAACGGUGAUUUUUUUUGUUGUUUUCAAAUAUGCAGUUAAUCAUUUAAUUGUAUUAUUGCUUAUAAUCUUUUACUUAAUUAAAUCCCUUCCCCCUCCUUCCAUUUUCCCCACAUGCUGCCUUUCAUUUGACCUUUUGGUCUCUGUGGCAAGUGUUUCCUCAUAGUGUAUCCUUCUGCUUUGUAGUAUGCUACUCAAAGCCCUCAUUCCCACCAAUCGGAAACAGUGUUCUCAUAUCAAGGCUUCUUAACAUGGCAGCUGUAUUGUGAUAACUGUCCAGCCCGUAGCAAGGAGUUGCAUAGAGAUUUACAACUGUAUAAAUGAGUUAAAACAAAGCAGAACUAUGGUUUUACCAAAGUAAUUUAUUUUCCAUACAUUUUUGGAGUGCAUGGGGUGGUGGUAGGGCUAGAUGGAUAUGUGUAGAACAGAGAUGAACAGAAAGCUUGUGCACGUAAGGGUGGGUGUCAUAAAGCAAAAGGCAAAAAGGAUUUCCCCCCUUCACCACCUGUUGUAGGGGCAUGAAAUGUGCUGCAAGGCGGGAAGAAGGGAAUGGGCAUGUAUAUGUUGAUAAUGGUUAUGACAUAGCAGUAGUAGCUGCUGAUCUGCCUGUAUUUUGCUAUGCAGAUAUAUCAUAUAUUCUGUGCACUUCUGCAGACAGUGAAAUAGACUUUUCACACAGCACGACCCUGCAUACUUAUCACCAGAAGCACCCAAUCAUGUUGUAUCAUACUGUUGUGGUGCACUCAGCUUGUGGGGACUUUAUCACCUGAUCCUCCUCCUAGUCCCUUCUCAAACCCUAGCUAUAUACUUCUAUCUUACUAAUCAUAUGUAUUUUGGAAGUAUGCCCGACAUUUAAUCAGAACCUGGCAGUACAGAUGCAUGAGGUUCAUUGCAUGUUGAAGUAAUCAUUAUCCAUUUUGGCAGAUUUUGAAAGAACAUAUAAUCCAGUGCAUUACCAACUAGUCCAUCAGACGGUGAUGGAUUGUCUUCCUGGUAGCCUUCUGUGCUUAGCAGGUGAUAGUCCUGUUGGAUGCAGCUUGUUGACACUUCCAUUGGAAAUAGUAGACUCCAUAAAAAACCAGUGAGCAAAUAGCACACCAAUGCUCAAAAGUAGGUUUUAAAAGAUUGCAUUGUGGUUAGUAGUAAGGUAUUUUUAUAAAGUUUUCGUAAAGAACAACCUUGCUGGAUCAGACCAAAAGUCCUUUUUUAAAAGCAUCCUGCUCUUGGUGUAGAAAGUGAAAAUGGGGGAACAUGUUGUUUUGAUGCUGCAUGUGGUUGUGAAGGGGGCCUCAGGGCAGCAAGAACCUUACCUGGAUACUGGAUUUGGCUUUGGUAGUGGUGUUUUUUGCUCUUAAGCUUGUUAUUGUACUUUUAUAGAUGGCUAAUAGAAGUGCCAGGGAUGCGGGUGAUGCUGUGGGUUAAACCACAGAGCCUAGGACUUGCCGAUCAGAAGGUUGGCGGUUCGAAUCUCUGUGACAGGGUGAGCUCCCGUGGCUCAGUCCCAGCUUCUGCCAACCUAGCAGUUUGAAAGCACGUCAAAGUGCAAGUAGAUAAAUAGGUACCACUCCGGUGGGAAGGUAAAUGGCGUUUCCGUGCGCCGCUCUGGUUCUCCAGAAGCGGCUUAGUCAUGCUGGCCACAUGACCCGGAAGCUGUCUGCAGACAAACGCUGGCUCCCUCAGCUUAUAGAGCGAGAUGAGUGCCGCAACCCCAGAGUCGGCCACGACUGGACCUAAUGGUAAGGGGUUCCUUUACCCUUUAGCUAAUAGAAGUGCCAGCAAACUGCACUAUUCAAUUUCUGAGAUGCUUAUCCCCUUCUGUGUCCCUAUUAGGUACUCUUAUGGUCUGUUUUUAUUCUGUUUUGUUCCUGUCUUGUUCAACAGAUCUGAGUAGGGGUGGGAGAGAGUAAGUUUCCAGUGACAGCUGAUAAAGUCAGACCUGAAAUUUCAGGCUCUGUGACCCUUGGAUGUCACUCUUGUGAGUAAAGGAUACUGUGAGGGGUUUUUUUAGUUGGGACGCACCCUUUAAUUAUGAGUGCUCUCUUCUUAAAUACAUUCACCGUUAGUCCAACCAAACCUCAAUAAUCAUACACUGAAACUGAAUUAGAACAUAACAAGCUAAUGAUGCCUACAUUCUUGUCCCUUUAUGUGAAGCUAACUACUCAAUUAGGUGUGAUUAUCUACUGAGCUGCCCUGUGCUAUGUUUACAUUUGGAAGUUGAAAAGCCUUUUAAAGUUUUGGCAGUAUGGAGAGGUGUUUGGUUAAACCUCUCAGAACUAUGGGGCUCCCAGGGGGAAACUUUCAAGGAGUAAAGUGGCCUGGCAAUGUGUAUUCUGUGCAGAUUAGUCUGCUAUAAGUGACUUGCACUGUACCAGGACCAAUGUGAAAUUCAUUGCUACUCCUUGUGAAACCUUUGGAUCUUUAGUCAAAUCGGGUUAAAAACUGUUGAUUAUUUUCAACAAAAGACAUUAGCAGUUGGCCAAUGUAAAUAAGGCUGCAUUAAGAAAGGAGUUCUUGCUUAAGCAUCUUGAGAGUAUUUUCAUGGCCCACGUUUGGACCAAUCACAAGUACCUCUAUAUAGGAACAUUACAUGGAGGAAACAAAGGUUCAUGGACACGUUUGCAAACAGGAUCCUAGACUUGUGUCCUGUGCACUGAUUCAUCAGCAGAAAACUGGAAUAGAUGACUAAUCUUUCUCAUCUGCUUUCUCAUAUGAUUCCUUUAAAAGGUCUGUUUGUGAACCCAGAGCAUUAUGUUACACAAGGGCCCUAAGGCAAGUCUCCCACACUAUGGGAAACUCCCAGUGUAACUUCGUUGUAGUCCUGGCUGUAGGAAAUUCCCAAGUCAAGCGGAAAAACCUUAGGACUAGAGUUGGUUGGGUAAAGAACAGCAACUCCAGAUGAGAAUGGCAAGUCUGAGUAAAGCAUGCAAAGGUGAUGGGAGGUUAUUUCUCUUGUGAAAAAUAGCCAAAAAAACACCCAACCCAUGUGAUAUAGUGGAUUUGGUGCAUGGAAACUUGAAAGUUCAAAUCCCCACUUGGAUAGAAAACCGCAGAACCAUAAAACUAAUAAGUGGACUGCUUCUCAAGUCUAAUUCACUUCAAUGUGUUGUUCUGAAAAGUUCUGAAAAUAAAAUGGAAAUAUAAGGAAAUACACACAUGCUCUUGAAAGAAAGGUACAUCUACAAAUGUAAUUAAUCAACCUCUUCCAGUGUUCCCCCCUUUGAAGAGUUCAUAUAUUCUGAACAAGUUCCCCAUUCAUGGGACUGACUGCUAAGUUGCAAGCUAGUCUUAAAAAAUAAAUAAAAACUUUGGCAUAAAUGAAGGAUCAACAAACACUUGUCCCUCUUUUUAAAGCACCCCAACACUGAUUGUGCACUGAUGCUUGGCGUGACAAUAAUAAUAAUAAUAAUAAUAAAAUAGGUACAUGCCACCACUUUUAAUUUGUAGUGCAUUUUUUCAGAUUCUAUUAAAAAUUAUACAUUUGCUGGAAAAAAAAUGUUACAUUAGUUUUAGUGCUGAUUGAGAGUGAGCAAAUUAGUGCAGCUGCCCUCUAAGAGUUUCCUAUAUACAGUAUAGAGAAAGCAUGGUAGGCAAGCCAGUGUUCGCUUUAAUUUUCUCUUGACAAUUUUACUGAUUUUGGACAGAAAACUGUGGCUUGAAUUUAAGUUCAAAAACACAAAAAUGGGAAGAGGGGAGAGAAGGAGACAAUUUAUUCAAGAUUUGCCGGAGUACUAUGAGGAUAAACCCAGAUAAUAGCUUAUUUGCUUGAACACUGCUGCUUCAAUACUUCAAAAAUUGUAUAUGGAUCUUCUGUAGGCAGUUUACUUUUUUGUUUUUAAUUUUAAAGGGAUGGCAAAACAAAUGUUCUCAUGUGUAAUAUGUUACACAUCGGUAUGUUAUGUAUUGUCCUAGUAAGAUUUAUGUUCUCUUGUUCAUUACAAUUCCUCUAGCCUUUCUUGCAAGGCCUAGUUUUUCUUUUAAUGAGCAUUCACACAGUCAGACAGUGGGGCGGGGGGAGGUGGGGGGGUGAACAUAGUGCAUUGAUUUUGAUUGCAGCAUUAUUCUACACUCGACUUAUAUAAAAUAAAGAAGUCCAUUGUACAGAGCACAGUAAGGGAUGGGAGGAGAGAAUCAUUUUUCCCCUGUAAUUGGACAGCAACUAUAAAAGCUUGAAUCACUUGUAAUAAUAGAGACUGCAGUGCAUGGCGGAUUUUUUUUUAAAAAAAAUAGGGUUGGUUUUUUUAGUGUGAAGCAGGGGAAGGAUAAUUUAAAAAGUGGAUAUGGGUGGGACCAAGUGAGUUUGUGCACUUGAUUUUGCUUGUAAUAUGUCUAAAUUAUAAGAUCUAUAACUGAAUAUUGCCAUGGACAUGUAAAAGUCUAUGGCCUAUAGAUGUCAUACAUGACAAUCUCUUACAUUCAUUUUGUCUCGUGCAAAUAAUAUAACUGUACCAGGAAGCCAUGGAGAAUUGCGGUUUCCAUAAAAUCUGAGAUGUCUACCUGUGACAGUCUACAUACAGUACUCCUUCCUGAAGAGAAUCGUUUCUUGACAAUUUAGUAAAAUUUGACAUGGUUUCAAGUGCUGCAGAACUGUGAAAAGGGAGAAAUAGGUUGCUGUUGAUAGCCAUUGAGAUGAAUCUUUGGGCUAGUGGUGGGGUAGGGAGAGGAGGCUAUAUCUAAGCUACUUUAUGAGGUAUGCAUUUAGUAAACUGGAAAAAAUGGAAACAGGCAAAUUUUUGCAGAGCAAAAAUAAAUACACCAUAAUGACUUUGCUUCCCUUAAUCAAAUGUAUAUGUAAUGAAAUCAAUCCAACUUGUGUUCUGUGUUAAGCACUGGUUUGAGGUAUCUGUUGGCUGCCACCUGCUUUAUUUAAUACAGGCAACAACCAUUUUGCAUGGGGGUUGUGUUCCUGAGCCCUGCAUGCAUCAGCAGAGCAUGUAAAAGCCUGCUCCUCCCAGUUCCACACCCUCCCUGCUCUGUCCUACCCCCAUUACGCUCCCUUUCACUGCUGUUUAGAAUAUUGCUUGUGUUUUAAGACUUCCAGGUACUACAGUGGUACCUUGGGUUACAUACGCUUCAGGUUACAUAUGCUUCAGGUUACAGACUCCGCUAACCCAGAAAUAGUACCUCAGGUUAAGAACUUACCUUCAGGAUGAGAACAGAAAUCGUGCGGUGGCGGCGCAGCAGUAGCAGGAGGCCGCAUUAGCUAAAGUGGUACCUCAGGUUAAGAACAGUUUCAGGUUAAGAACGGACCUCCAGAACAAAUUAAGUUCUUAACCCGAGGUACCACUGUAUAUGACUUCAGCUACUGUAAUUGCUUAAGAAGGUCUUUAUGCAGGAAUAAGGAGUCAUUGGUUCAAACUGAUGAAGAACAGCUUUUAUAUUCCCAGUUAUAUAUCCCCUUUUAUAUUAUAUCUCCAGAUGUAAAAGUUUCCUGAUAUAUCUAAACUGGGAAUAUGUGAGUUAAGCUCUUACUACAGUCCUGGCAUGGAAACUGAAUCAACCCAUGAUUUGCAUUCCUGACUUGAAGUAGGAGCUUAAGUCAGUUUUCAACUUCAGAUGAAAUGGAAACUGGGUUAAAAGUGAGAGAAGGGUAAAGGAAAAGAGGAGAGGUGCUUUUAGUCACAGUAGACCCAUUGAAAUUAACGGACUUAGUCAUGCUCAUUAAUUUCAGUGGGUCUGCUUUGACUAAAAUGUUGUUGAAUACCCCAUCCCCCCCCCCCCCCCGUGCUUGUUUGUGGUCUAGUAAAGUAUGGUGUAGUGAACCAAGAUCAUUGCAUCUGAACCACACCUCUAAGUAAGACCGAUAGUUAAAGAUUCAGCAGUUCUGUUUGCUUUUCUCAGUGUGCCAUUGUUGUCUGGUGAAGGUGACGAGCAGCUGGACUGCUAACUUUGAAGUAAGUCAGUCGAGUACACCCCAAAGUUGGGAGGAGAGCUAGGGAGUUUUUGACAGCAGUAUGGUGGGGUUCAGGUUGUUUGGUGGAAAACCCUGAAGAUGCUUGGCCACAUUGGCAACCUUCUACACUGCCCUUUCAUUGUCUGAAUAGGGAAGACGAGCAGAGGAUGGGCACAAGGAAGGUUGGUCACUGCUGCCUGAAAGCACUUGGGGUGCCUUCAGUAAGCAUCAUCUGAAGCCAGCACACCUACCAGCACACCUACUUCUCUGCCAAUUUUCUCCUGGGUAAAAGCCGUGGGGGCAGGAGCUGGUGGUCAAAGAGGAAGGUAGUUAGGCAUUUGACAAGUGCUUGUUCAGCAAGGCCAGCCAAAACUUUUGGAUUUCUGUACAUAUCGAUAAUAAGGUAUAUAAGUGGAUUAUAACUACUAUUGGAACUCAAUUCAUAUGUGGUUUCUGUCAUUAAGUUGUAAAUUUAGGGAAGUACAUAAUGUUGAAAACAGCAGGGAUGGGGAACCCCCAGCAGUUAUUGGACUCCAGUCCAAUCAGCUGCAGCCAAUAUUCCCAGUGGUCAUGGAUGAUGGGAACUGGAGUCCAGCAACAUUUGGAGGGCCACAUGCUCCCUCCCCCUGUUUGCAAAACUGUGUAGGGAAUAGUUUUCCUUCCCUUAUGUGCCCACACCCAUCUGAUGCAAAUUUCAAAACUCAAAUCAUUUUUAAUGCUAGCAAUUGCUUAAAAUUCCAGAGUAAUAAGUACUUGUGGUUUGGUAUGCAAUGCCAUAAUCAUAUGGCUAGUUUGGAUAAUUAUGUUGUAUUGACAAUAAAUGUUAACUUAGACAUGCUAAAACUAUGGGUUAGGCUUGCGGUGGUUUCAAAGAGUAUAUUUCAGUCUUGAUUUGGACUGUUAUCAGCAUGUUAAAUUUGGAAUAUGCUUGGAAAAAAUAUCCUCUCAACUAAAUUAGCAGUAUUAGUGCUUUCCCCUCAUAUUUUUAGAAACUGGCAUGUCAAUACUGUUCUCUCUGUGAUUUAUUCAUACAACUGCUGGAAUUGGGCACUGGCAUUCCAAGAGUUUUCAGAAUUCUAGGAAUGGUUUUUUUGUUUUUUUUAAAGCUACUUUUAGGUUGUAUCUUAGCUGGACAUAGUGAUUUGUUUUUGUUUGAUUCCUUUGAACUUUAAGAUUUCUUUCAAAAAUGUCACUUAGCAGAAUGCUUGAGUAUAAAAAUUCCUAUAUAGAAAUAUUCUGUGUAUAGAUCUGAUUUAACUUGUUCUUAGCUUAAAUUGCAGUCAUGUUGAUCUUAAUAAAUUUGGGUGUUAGAGCUGCUGUUCUGGGUGUCUGUGUGUGUGUGUGUGUGUAUAUAUAUGCGCGCGCGCACACACACACACACAGCUGUCUGCAUUUUUGGACUCUCCUUGGGAGUGUAGAUAGCUAGCUGGGCAGUCAUAAUGAGCUCCUUUACUUCAAAAAAAAUGUACCGCUAUACCACUGAGCAUUGGUAUGGUUGUUUAAUGACUGGAUGGCCCAGAGAGACCAAUAUGAAUAUUAUUAAGCACUAGAUAUUUAAGAAGAGCAUGAUAGGCAAGUAAUUUUUAAGUGCCUCCAUGUUGUAUGAUUAACUUUGUAAUAGCAGUAGAUUUCUUGGCUUUUCCAAUGUGUGUUUGUGUGGUUCACCAUUAGACAUGUGAUAGAUGGAGCACUUCUAUUUGCCAUACGUUAAAGGAUCAUGCUUUUAAAUUGGCAGGCCUGAUUUAAUGAUUACCAACUUAAAUCAUGUUCCCCUGCUGGAAGACAACACGGUCAGGCACAGUAAUAUACUUUGCCUGAUUAGCUGCACCUGCUGACCCAUCCCCAGGGCAAAAGAAAGGCCUUUUCCUGCUGGUAUAAAUCUCAAAUGAUGAUCGCUGUCUCCUUUUCUUCCUUCCCUUGCAUUUUUUGUCUGCUUGCCCUACUCUUUUGGUUUGGCAUGUGUCUAAAUAUAAACGAGGUACCAGUAUAUGAAUGGCUGUGUUUUUUUGCUGUAGUUCUGCAUUUAGCAGAUUUGGUAGAUUACUGUCAUACUUUUUCUUACACUGUAGUUAAGUGCAGUUAAGUCAUGGGAACUACUCAUCCAUAGUGCCGCCAUCUUGCCAGCUUUUCUCUCAUCCAUCACACCACCGCGUCCAGGCUCUCCCUAUUCAGAUGUUAUGGAGAAAUAGAACUCGGUAUCAUCAGCAUACUGAUGGCGACUCGUCCCCAAACACCAAACAACCACUUCUGUGGCUUCAUAGAGAUAUUAAAUAGCAUUGCAGAUAAGGUGGUGCUCUGCAGUACCCGGUAACACAGCUGCCAGGGAACUAAAAAGCAGUCUCCCAAUGUAACUCUCUGGACAUGGUCCUGAAGGUAAAAUUGGAACAUCUCAGGGCUAGCCUAGUAUGAUACUAUAGUUAAUGGUAUGAAAAUCUGACAAGCAAAAUAAGAAACAAGAACAAGGUUGCAUUCCCCCUUCCUUGCUCUCUACUGGAGUCAUCUCUCAUGGUGACCAAUCAAACCCAAUCCCAUGGCCAGGCCUCAAUCCAGAUUGAAAUGGAUCUAAAUAGUCUGCAGCAUCCAAGAAUGCUUGUAGCUGCCCCAGCACAACCCUCUCCACCACCUUCCCCCAAAAUUGAGUGUUUGUGACUGCAAUACUUGUUCCAGUCUAAGGGGUCUAUGGCCAGUUUCAAGGCAGCAGGGACCCUUACGCAAGGAAGCAUUAACCGUGCUCUGGACCCAACCAGUCAACCCUCUGCUAGAUUUAGUAAGCCAGGAGAGACUGAGGUCAGAGGGCAGGUGAUCAUAUGUAUUCCCGCCAGCACCUUAUCUACAUCAUUUCUCAAUUUCACUUCAGCCACAUAAAUUAGCCUAGCACAUUGGUUGUCAGUUAGUGGAUUGGAACCCAUUACUGGGUCACAACUUGACCUACCACAAUGUAAAUGUAUGGUAAAAAAAAGUAGGAAAUGAAUCCUUUAAUGCAUGUUUUUGUUAAAGGUAGGCCACAGGGCUGAAACAUUAAAGGCUACCACUAGCAUGUUUAAAACAGGAAGUCAUACAAAUCAACGUUUUAAAAAGAUUGACAACAGUAGUACUAUGACAACUUUAGUUUCACUUCUAUAAUGUAACAAAAUUACGAAGUCCAAAAUACAGCAUUUCCCUACAAACAGAACAUGGGGAAGAAGAAACUAUAAUUAUUCUCUUGUCCCUUCGAACUUGGUUCAAAAUUUCACCAUAUCUACACAAAUAGGGAAUGCCUUGGGGUGAAACUUACAAACCUGUUUGGAACUGUGAGCUUGCACAUACCGUACCUUUCUUGACUUAUCACAAACUCUCUGAGGCAUUACCCCUUGUACGCCUGAUGGCUUUUGUUUGACCUGUUCUUAUUUAAAAAGUGGUGGGUAGUGGCAGACCUAGAGGCUACUUGUGGAAAAAUGGGGUAAGUUAAAGUUGGAUAGGAAUAGAGAAGUCCUAAUGAUAGGUCAGUCGAUAGGGCAUGAGACUCUUAAUCUCAGAACUGUGGGACCUACGUUGGGUGAAAGAUUCCUGCAUUGCACGGCUUGGACUAGAUUAUCCUUGUGGUCCUUUUCAACUCUACAAUUCUAUGAUUUUACUACCACAUCCCAAAAUAAAGACACAUCUAUGCAUAUCACUACUUUAUUUAUUGCCGUCCCUUUACCCUAAGGUCCCAGGUCUCAUCCUCACCAUACCGUUAAAACACAUUUGAGACAGAUGGCUUUCCUCAAAGAAUCCUAGGUAAUGAAGUUUACCUAUCACAGGAGUACAGUCCCAACACCCUUAACAAACUACAGUUCCCAGGAUUCUUUUGGGGAAAGUCAUGUGCUUUAAAUGUAAGAUGUAGAUGUGGCCACAGUCUUUUGGACUGAAAUCUACUGUAUCUUUCUACCAUAUCUUUGUUCAGAACUAUAUAAUAAUAUGGAAACAUUCAGGUUUCACUUUCAGAAAGCUGUAGACAAAGAGCAUGUUAUUGUUGUGAUGUAGCCAUAAUUGUGGUAUGGCCACCCAGAAUACUAAACCAUGUUUCCUUGUCAUUUGCACCUAGUGGAACUUCCCAGAUACAGUGCACAUAACUCACAAAGAACACCCAAGCAACUCAGGAAAGCCUGGGCUUAUCAGCUGCCCACAUGUUCUGUUCUCUGGGACAUCCAAUCAGAAGCUGGGAUGGCUUCUGUAAUUCCAGGAUGUCCCGGUCAAAUCAGGACUGUUGAUGGGUAUGCCAUAAUAGUAGGUAGUGGAUGAAUUUCUUCAGCGCAUGGAGAUAAGACAUCAUGAACUCUUCAACUACUGCAAAUCAAGCUGGUCACAAAAGCAACCCCACUGUUCACACUAGUGUAAAAGAGCUGGCCUCUUUUUUGAAGAAGGGCUUCUUCGGUCAUUUCUAAAAUGUUUUUAAAUACGUAUACUAGUCCUAUAAACUUCAUGUAUGCAUACCUGUAUUAUAGAAAACAACAACACUAAAAUCCACAGUUAGUUACCUAACUCUGACCAAACAAAAGCUGUUGAUGGUGAUAGAUAAUUGCAGGUCAUGUUGAGCAUGUUACCAAGGCAAUUUUUAUCCUAAUUUUUCAUCCUCGCAAAAAAUCUUACUGGAUUUUAGGUCUCUCUUUUGUUCAGUUUUUAUUAUGUUAUAUUUUAUCCUCUAAACAUUCACUGCCAUUUCACUUAUGGAUGGCUACUUAAAGAUUUGUACUGGUCUUCACAGCUUCAACCCAGCUUAUUGUCUCCUAGGAACAUCAUUAAUGUGUUGUUUAUUUUUCUCUUCCAGGUAAUUAAUGAACACAUUUUUAAAAGACUGGACUUAGCCAACUCCAAUGGCUCUGAUCCAAAUGCUUAUUCCAACACUGUGUGUUGGUGCAUGUGCAAACUGUAAUGUUUUGGACAACUUCCCAGUGAAGUAGCAUAGCAAAUAAUCUGCACUUUUCCUUUCUGUUUGAACAGCAUUAAACUCACAAGAAAGUAUUAUUAUUUUAGUAGCCCUUCACAUAUCACAGCAAAUAGUCCCCAUUACAGCACUAACCCAUGAUCACAUCUCUGAAACCCAUAUAUUUUCCUGUGCCCUAUCUGCUGUCAUAGUCCCAAGGUCCACAUGACUGUAACUACUUCCACACCCCCUCUUCUGACACCACUGGUUUCAGCCAACCUCUGAGUAGCUGAGAGGGACAGGGGAACUGCAUUCAUGACCAUAGAGUCUGCUCCAGAGUCUUCUGUUGGAAACUGAUGCUUCUGCAGAUGGAGCAUAGAAAGAAGGGUUGUCGCAAGAGGAUUUUCCUGGUAUGUCCUCAGAUGUGUACCUUUGAAUGUUGUGUUGAAAUCUUCCUCCUUUCUUUGGUUCACCAAGCUUCUGGAGUGGCCUUGUGAGAUGGUGUACUUGUUUUUCUCAGUGAAUAUCUCAAUUUGGAAAAAACGCCUUUUGAUUUCCCCUAAUAAAACAAUUUGUGCUUUUACAUGCAUGUGCACUUUCUAGUUACAUAGAAGGCCAUUUUGUGGGAGUUUUCACAGGGCUGCCAACUCCUGAAGUUUUGUUUGUGAGGAAAGUAUGAUUCCCACAAGAUUUGGAUAGCUUUAAAAUAGUAUUACACUAACUCAUGGAGGAUAAGGCUAUGUUUUCACGUUCACUGUUGGAGGCAAUAUGCCUCUAUAUACCAGUUGUUGGGACUCGCAAGUGGAGAAGAGUGUUGUUGCCGGCUUUGGAAAGGCAUGUGGCCUUGGAAAAUUCCAUGCUCAAAAUACCUAAUAAUGUAAUUGUUUUAUUCCUUAUGUUAAACACUUUGAAGGUGUUGGUUUUUUCAUCCUCAAGCAGUAUGAAAAGUUAUCAUUACGAUUUUUUUUCCAUUGUGGUUCUAAACAACAUGGACAUUCUGAGGUAUAUGGUAGUAUCAUAGAAACUGCUCAUAUAUACACUGUAUCACUCAUUAGUAUUAUGUUGUAUAGUGCUUCUUUUGGGGCAGAGGUGGGAGACAAUGAAUGAGACUGGGAAUGGGCUUUAGUGGGUAAAAAUGGGGAGGGAGGUAGGCAGGCAGUAGGCAGAGGAAAAUUUAAUUAUCCUUUCCCACCUGAAAUCAUACCCAUUGCCUCAUGUUGCACAACUUUUCAUAGAAACAUAGAAUUAUAGAGUUGAAAGUGAUACCGAGGUUUAUCUAGUCCAGGUAUAGGGAAACUCAGGCCUCCAGAUGUUUUGGGACUACAAUUCCCACCAUCCCUGACCACUGGUCCUGUUAGCUAGGGAUGAUGGGAGUUGUAGUCCCAAAACAUCUGGAGGCCUGAGUUUCCCUAUGCCUGAUCGAGUCCAACCCCUGCAAUGCAGGAAUCUCAACUAGAACUCAUCAAGUGGUUGGCCAUCCAACCUCUGCUUAAAAAUCUCCAAUGAAGGAGAGUCCGCCACAUACUGUAGGCAUCCAUUUCACUAUUGAACAGUUCUUGCUGCCAGAAAGUUCUUCCUGAUUUUUAGUCAGAAUCUCCUUCUUGUAACUUGAAGCCAUUGGUUCGGGUCCAAGCCUCCAGAGCAGGAGAAAGCCAGUUUGCUCCAUCUUCCAUGUGACCCUUGAUCAUCUUGGUUGCCCUCCUCUGCACACAUUCCAGCCUGUCAAUAUCAUUCUUAAAUUGUGCUCCCCAGAACUUGACACAGGACUCGAAGUGUGGUCUGACCAAGGCAGAAUAGAGCGGGACUGUUAUUUCUCUUGACAGGGACACUAUACUUUCGCUGAAUAGCUUUCACUUUUUUUGCUGCUGCAUCACACUGUUGACUCUUGUUAAGCUUGUGGUCUAUUAAGACCCCUAGUUCCUUUUUGCAUGUCCUGGCAAUCCAUUGGCAAUCCAGGUGUUCACCUUCUUAUAUUUGUGCAGCUGAUUCUUCCUGACUAUGUGCAGAAUCUUACAUUUGUCCCUAUUGAAAUGCAUUUUGUUAGUUUUGGCACCGUUUUCUAAUCUGUUAAGGUCAUCUUGAAUCCCAAUUCUAUCUUCAUCAUUGGCUACCCCCCCCCCCCAGUUUGGUGUCAUUUGCAUGCCCUCAAUUCCUUCAUCCAAGUCCUUUAUAAAGGUGUUGAACAACAAUAGGCCCACUUGACUGUUGCACCCCACUUGCCACUUUUUUCCAGGAUGACAAGGAACCGCUAGUGAGCAUGAAAAGAAGGCUCUACCGCUAUUUUGUGUAGUUUCAACUUUACUCAGAGAACAAAAUGGCUCUUCUGUCUUUUUUUAAAAGAAGUACAAAAAAGUCAACGAAACAUCCCAAAUCCAGUUCAAGGCAUAAUCAACAAUAUGCAAAAACAGUAGGCUAACCCAGGACAAACAGUGAUUUUUAAAGUGUGCUCAAGUUCCUGUUUGGGCUGUGCCUAGUUCUAGUAUUUUCACAGGACACCUUAGGUUUGCAGGAAACCAUUGGUGACAUUCAAGUGUAAUAACAAUCGGCUCUUGAUUGUUUGUUUUCCUUACUUGCACCAUAAGUCUCUCUUUGUGUGUGCGCACAUGCAUACAAUAUGAAAACUAGCCAAAUAAAGCACCUCAAAAGUAACACAUUCCAGAGCAAUUACAAAAAAAAGAAAAAAAAAAAGAGCCAGAACUUGCAAUUCAUAGGAAACUGCUGAGGUAGAUUAAGGGUGAUUUAUUUUUCAUGAUGCUGACCAGUAGAUGAAUAUGAGCUGUUUUCAGUGCGAAAGUGCUGACAAGGGAGAUAAAACAAAUGUAUUUAGGUUUGUACUGUGCUAGGCGUGGUUGAAGAGGCACAGUUGUCUUUCUCUCCCUUCUUAAAUAGAGGGGCUGGCCCCCCCUUUUUCUUUUUUGGAAUGAGAGGAGGUGGGAGAUGGGGACGUUCCACAGUGUUGUUUAGAAAUCGGUGGGUUGGGCAGCAGCUUCCUAUAGCAGCAGGAGUUGGCUCGCUGCCAUGCUUCUCGGCUGUGCGCUUGAAUGGGGCGGACUGGGGAACAGCUGUACCUAGCACUGGUGCACUGCACUCUCUGCAGACAGGACCCUUUCACUUCCCUCCAUGGAACAGUCCUAGGAUGUUUUGCCUGAAAGGUAAGGGGACUUUUGGGAAGUUAUGCGACUCUCCUGUAUAGCUGUUGCUGUUUCUCGCCCCCGCCCCCGCCCCCCGCAAUCACAGGCUAGCAGCCCUCUUUUACAACUCUCAGAAGUUUAUGAGAAGUUUAAUCUUUAGUCUUGUUCUUGAGUCAGAGGGCAGUACAGAUCUACAUAACCCUUUGUGCUUUAUUAGCAGGGAGAAGACUCAUUCCUACUUGGAAUCCUUCGAAUGCUAUGUGUAAUCCUUCCACAUACAAAAGAGCAAGCUUGCUCUGUAGGUUUCAAUUUGCUGAGCCUACCAAGCAUUUGAAAAAGCAUUGUCUGUGUUGUAGGAACUUUAGGAACAAUUUAUUGGAUGAAGCAUGUGCACUGACCAUGCUAGUUAAUAGGAUCUGUCAGACAAUACCUUCAUUUAAUUAUUUUCAAAACAGUAUGAGGUCUAAUGAAUGCCUGGAGAGAAUGAUGAAUUUUUUUGUCAUUAUAUAAAUGCAAAACCAAACUAUGCCAGUUAUUUCUUUUCAGGGUGCAUGUUGAUAAGUGCGUGAAUGUGAUCAAGGACAGAGGCAACAUUACUACAAGUUAGUUUCUUUAUAAAAUUUGGUAUUAACUUUGAGUCCUAUUUUAGAUUACAUAGUAGCGUGCGUGCACACACACACACACACACACACACACACAGUAUGUUCACCUUUCUAAAAAAAAUCCUGCCCAAAGUAUAUGUGAAUUUCCUUAGGCUUGGUGUUUCUGCUAUUGGAAUAAUUCAGAGAUGUGUAAUUGUUAAUAGAAAUCAGUGGCUCUUCACUUUAAGUGUGUUUUUUGUUGUUGAUGUGACUAGAAGUAAAGAUAAUAAUUUUUACAAUGCACUGAAUUCAAACUUAUUUCAAAAUAUAACCAAAUUACUAGUUAAGCUAAUAAUAGAAGCUCCCUUUUAUGUUUCUUUCUGUGCUAACAGCUGUAUAUUAUAUAUGAUGUUUUCAAUGGAGGAAAAUAUUAUUAUUAAUAAUCAUGGAUUUCAGAAUUCCUGUGUUCAUUGUAAGCUAGGGCAUUUCCACAUGUUCAGUGGGAUGUGAUGCAUAUUGUAUAUGUGCCCUAUACCCAGAGGUCUAAGGGCGGUUCACAGAACAAAAUAAAAAUAAAAAACCACAAAAUAUAUAAUAAAAACAGUCCCCCCCAAAAAACCACAUACUUGCCUCCAUUUCUCCCUAAUUUAUACCAAUUUGUAUAAAGCAUUAUUAACUGAUGAUCUCAGAAUGCUAAGUCAUCACAGUUGUUGUUGCUUUUUUAAAUACAUUUUUAUUGUUACCGGAUUAUUUUUGUUUAUUUUAAAUUAAAAGAAAACACCUCUCUUUUCUUUAUUGGCCUGACCUGAACCCCUAGCUACACCUCCAAAAUGUUUGCACAACGAUCCAUCUGCACCUACCUCUUUAAAAACAACACUUUUGUUUGCUGCAUUGGGCACUUUAAAAGUGUUCACGUAUGCUAAUACUUGCUCCUUUGUCCCUUAAUAAUGUGGCCGGGGACCUCAGACUGCUUUCAAAGAGGACCAGCAAAGGCAGCAGGAAGCAUCAGUGAUUUGUGCUUCCUGUUGUAUCAUCUUCCCCACCCCCCCACCCCUCAUCAGUGUUUGCAAGGAAUCUCUUGCAUCUCCCUUAGCAGGCUCUUUCCCACAAAGAUUCCUGUAGGGAAAUUGGUGGAUAGACUGUUUGCAGUUGGAAAUGACGGAGCCUUCAUUAUGGUAUCCCCCCAUGUUGCUCUUGCCAGGUAGACACUCUCAUAGUUGUAUUUAAAAUCCCUGUUCACCGGGGUAGGGACGAGGACAUAGGUGCCAAUGAAGGCCUCCAUGUGCACCCACAGGUGCAAAUACAACAACAUAUGUGUUUUAAUCAAGCUCAUAAGCAGAUUUAGUAAUACUGUAAGCUUCAGCUUAUGUGAGGGGAUAUUUCACACUAGAUAUUGUAAUAUACUAGCAUUUCUACUGGAAUGCUAGGGCUGUCAAGAUGCUAGAAUUUAAAAUGUCUAUACAAGAACCACGUGGGACACGGGUGGCGCUGUGGGUUAAACCACUGAGCCUAGGACUUGCCGAUCAUAAGGUCGGCGGUUCGAAUCCCCGUGAUGGGGUGAGCUCCCGUUGCUUGGUCCCUGCUCCUGCCAACCUAGCAGUUUGAAAGCACGUCAAAGUACAAGUAGAUAAAUAGGUACCACUCUGGCGGGAAGGUAAACGUCGUUUCCGUGCGCUGCUCUGGUUCUCCAGAAGCGGCUUAGUCAUGCUGGCCACAUGACCCAGAAGCUGUACGCCGGCUCCCUGGCCAAUAACGCGAGAUGAGCGCCGCAACCCCAAAGUCGGUCACGACUGGACCUAAUGGUCAGGGGUCCCUUUGCCUUCACCUUAUACAAGAAUCACAGCUAUGCUCCCUUCUAAAUGUUUACUUUGUGUAAGGUUUGUUAUUAUUCUUUGUGAAAAAGAUUGAUAAAUACUGUAUUUUUUUGAAAUCAGGCAGCUGAAUAGACUGGAUUAGGGAGAAUGCGAAAGGAGAGUUGAGGGGAAAAUAUAUUUUUAUUUCCAAAGUUACUUUCAAGUAAGGUCAUAUUAGACACAGUAUGUUAACCAGGGUUGAAGAGAGAGCUUCUAUUUGACUAGAUCUCAUAAUGACUUCAUUGUAAAGAAAAUGCAGAGGGUGCUGUAAAGAAGGUAUGCAAGCUCUGUGACUGCACUUAAAGACGCAUAUGCCACAGCCUUACAUAUUUUACAGCUGUGGAUUUGGGGAAGGAGGACAGGAGGAAUAUUUUUCUGCUAAUAAUAGUAAGAAGUUAUGUUGGAGGCCAUCCCUGAAAAAUCCAGGGCAUGUGGUUAUUGCUCCCUGGAGGAAAGAUCUGUACUAGAAAUGCUGAUUUAUCAUCUCUCUUUUUUAAAAGACAUCAAUGGCUUGCUCACCAGUUGUCUCGUGUGUAGUAUACAUGUAAGGACAUUCCUUGGAUUCUUUUCUUGGCAAUGUUCUUAGCAAAUAUGUAAAGUUCAGAAUCAGAAACAGAUUUUCCCCCUGAUGUCUCAAAGCACAUGCAUUUCCUAAGUCAAGCUAGGCAGCUUGUACUCAAAGGUGCGUUAUUUUAUUCCUCCUGAGAAUAAAACUGUGCCUGCUUUUAUAGUAUGAAUCCCUCAAUUUAAAUUUGUGGUCAUAUUUUAAUUAUGCUAGGAUUAAUGAAUCCAGUUGUGCUUCUUGUUCUCAACUCAGUAGUAAAGCUAUAAUUGUUGUUAAUAUCAAGGCAAGGAUUGCAACCAGAGUUUUACUAGCAAAUAAUUUAUUUUGGACAACCUAUAUGAAAAUGUAUUUAUUGGCACUAAAGUUUUCAGAUGGAUGUGGCAAGCUCUUCAGUUUCCCCUUUGCUAUCAUUUAUCACCAUAGUUUUAGCUCAAAUAUACUGUUUAUAUAAUCAUAAGUUAGACAGGCUCUUCCCUUGUAGGCUUUUCAGUCCAUUUGCUUACUUGAUGGAGAAAAUCUGGAGUGAGAGCAUCUUGGACAGAUGACUGCCUAUCUUCUCCUUGAAGACCUUCAGUGAAACCCACCACUGCCAAAAAGAUUCUCCUAAUGUUGAGCUGAAAUCAAUCCUCUUGUAGAUUAAGCCCAUUAGCCCUGCCCUCAAUGGCAGCAGAGAAAAAAAGUAUUUUUGUUCUUCUGUGUGAAAGAUCUUCAGGUAAUUUUUUUUAAAAAACAACAAUUUUUUUUUCAAUUUUCAAAAACAAAAACAAACAAACAAACUGAACCAAUAUAAAAGUAAACACACCCAAUUUUGUAAACAUAAUUUGUUACUCCAGAUUUAGAUAUACUACAGACAGGCAUGGCUUUCAAGUAUCAGAAGUUAGUGUGUUACCAUGUUCUCUCUCAGUCUUCUCCUUUCUUGAGGGCAAGAAUGUUUAAUGUUUCCUUGUAGGACAUGUUCACAAAACAAACAAUUUCCAUAUAAAGAAACAGUACUGUAGGGGAAUGAUUGGGAAUCUGUGGACCUCCGAAUGUGAUGGGGGAGUUGUCAUCAGCCCCAAACAGUUCGGCCAGUGGUCAAGACAUCUACAUUCCUGUUCUAGAGCAUACAAAUUUAAGUUUACAAAAAGAAAAAAGCAGGGCUAGAGGAGCUUUAAUUCCUGCAAUUCUUAAAAAGUCUUAAUGUGAUCUCACAUAUGAAUGAAGCAAAUGCCAUAGAAAUAUGUACAACUGUUCAAUCUGUAGGUAUGGGAAGAAUUUUAGUAGCGAAGUGAGUGUGAAAUUUCAAGCACAUAGUUUAAAUAGUGCACACACAAUCUUUCUUUUACAGGCUUUUAAAGGCUUAACAUUAUUGGGCAUUGAUUUAUUUGAAAUGUUUCCUAACUGCUCUUCAUCAGAAUUUUUUAUUAAGUGUUGGAUUACUAGCAGUCUCAACAAAAAGACAUCUUUUUCACAGUAUUGCAUGCCAAAGGCAAUAUUUUCUUCAGGUGAUUUUAAUGGCUUAAGUUUAAACAUGACUUUGAUAGUGCUGCAGAGUUAAGGGGUGCCAGACUUCUAAUCCCUGGAUCCAGCAAGUGUUAAAAGCUAAUCAUGCCAGGCUAGCCUCCUGGUGAGGUGCAGAGCCAGAGUUUGGAGUUGAGAGCUGAGCAGUAAUGUGACCUAGAUGUAAACUGCUGGCUUGAAAGCCAGAGAACAAUGUUCAAUUUCUGUUUGAAUCCAAGGCUAUGGCUAUGGAAGAAAUAACACUCUUUUGGGGUGUUGAUGCUGUGAAUCCCUCCAUUAUAGGCUUAGGUUGAUGUAUAAAUAAACCAUAUACCAGGGGUCGGCAACCCGCGGCUCCGGAGCCGCAUGUGGCUCUUUUACACCUUUGCCGCGGCUCCGGGGCGGAUACUAGCGAGGGGAGGAGGCGCAUUGUGCUGGCUGUGACGUCGCAUGGGGGCAGUGCGUGUGUUAGUCACACACCGUCCCGACGUCACCUUCCCGCCCGCUACAUUGUAAGGGGCAUGUACGCUGGUCACUGCAUUGAAAGGGGGCAUGUACGCUGGUCACUGUUUUGAAGGGGAGUGAAGAACACACACACACACAAAGGUAACUUGUUAAUUUAACGUUUAUUUCUAUGAGGAGGAGUAAUUCUGAAGGGUCAAACAAAGAAAUAAUUAAAAAAGUGAAAAAAAGGUUAUUUUUAUAAUGACGAGUUUUGCAGCUCCCAGUUUUUUUUUCUUCGGAAACGGGUCCAAGUGGCUCUUUUUGUCUUAAAGGUUGCAGACCCCUGCCAUAUACCAUAAAGACACCACAGUCUCCACUGUGCCUCAGUUCCAAAAGGAGACAUGGAGCCUGGAUAAGCACCUGGAACUCCUUUAAUCUCACACCGCUUGGAGAUUGGUGUGGUAUGCAACAAUAGCAAGAUUUUGAUAUUUUAACUGUUUUCUUUCUUUAUUGCCACUUCCCUUACUGCACAUUCACGUUAAGCCACCAUCACAUUAAGCCACAUCAACCAUUAUAAUGAUGGUUUACUGAGAAUGCGCAGUGUGUGUAUGCCCAUUGCUGAAAGUCUUCACUGCAUUAUUCCCCUAUUCCAGGUGCUGCCAUGCCAAUGGGAAACAAGCUAGAGCCUCAAACCGGUCUCAUAAUUUUGUUUUCCCCCAAACAAAGCUUGAGCAGUAACCAAAGUUCUGCUUUUGUCUUACUGCUCACGAUUUGUUUGGGGGUAACAAACAUGAGCCCAGGUUUAGAAGUCACAACAUACCAGACUCUGGCUUGUUUCCUGGUGGCAUGGCAACAGAAGUAAUGGUGGGGGGAUGCAGUGAGAAGGUUUCAGCAGUGUGUGCCAGCAAGCACACAUUCACAUUAAACUGUGGUUUUCAUGUGACAUGCCAACUAGGCCUGUCUCCAGUACUUUCAGACAUGUUUCACCAGUAAGGUCUGUUGUAUCCCGUUUGCAUUUGUUGUUUCCUGAAAAAAUCUGCAUGAAAUAAUGCUUUUAAAUACAUAUCUUCUAAAUACAUUUCAGGAUAUGUUUCUAAAUUGUUAUUGAGCUAAGAACCAGGUCAGAACAUUCAGGAAGUGUAAGAGUAAGUGGAUAACUAAGUUCUGAUCUAAACAUUAAUCUGUGGUGUGUGGAUCAAGUUCUGUUUAAUCAGAAUGUGCAAAGAUCUUGUUUGUGAAAUAUCUGUAAUAUUGAAAAGUUAUAAGGGAGUAGAAUGGUAUUAUGUUUUGUAUUUAUGUUAUGUUUACUUCACCUAGGGGUUCCCUGGCCCAAGUCCUAUAUUUAAAUGAUUUGUUAUGCAUUCAACCCUUUUCAAGGAGCCCAUGGUGGUACCUUAGCCUCACUAAACCUUUAAGAUAGACAAUGCUGAGUGACACUGAUGUUACCAAAACUACCUUGUGAAGUUUUGUGUCUGUGUGUGAGAAAGGGGGGUUUAAACCUGUAUUUCCCAUUCCCAACCUAGCAUGACAUAAAAAGGUAAGUUAUAAUACAUUUAGAUAAACAAAAACCCUAGCUGCCUUUUCAGACUUUUCAGAAUAUUUUUUUCUAUGAAGCUGGAUUAGAAAUAUCAAUUUCUUUUUGUUUUGUUUUGUUUGCUAUCAGGUACUUAGGAAAUUCUGUUAUUGUCAUAUAAAUGCUGUUAUUUAGUACAAACAGUCAUGUCACAGCCAGAGAUACUCUAACUAUAACCUGCUGAUAUUAUUUGUUCACAAUUACAUAGUUACUGCCCUAAAACCAUUGCCUCUAAAUGCUAGGGACCACUGCUCAGAACUGCAAUUUGUCAUAAAGCCUCACAGUGUGCAUCGACUUAAGAGAGGAAUUGCAGAAAUGACAGAUAAAUGCUAUAAUUCAUAGCAAAUCAUGAUAUGCUACACUGCUGUGCUGCAUUCGACCUCUCGAGUGCCUUGAUCUUUUUGCAGGUUUUUGUUGGUUAUCAUUGUAGUUUAAUUUAAACUUCCUUAUUUGAAAUAUAUUACGCAGCAUGCCUUCCAAGCGGAACCAGUUAGCUCCUUUUAUAUUGAUUACAUUGCUGUGUAGUUAAGACGAGAUGGUAUGGUGAUGGUUAUUUGUAGGAAGUCACUGGGUUUUAACUACAGUAUCUGUACUUUAACUGGUGACCCCUGUACCAUAUAGGCAAUGUGCCAGCAGGAGAACUAAGAUACAGAUUUCAUUAAGCUGUAAAUAGUUUUGUUCACCUUUGCUGUCCAAAGUAAGAUGAUAAAUUGUUCCACUUGGCAAAUUCAAAACAGAGCUGUAAAUAGAAAAGAACUGGAAGUAGAAGGAAAAAGCAAUGUGGUAGACAAAAGAGAGACCUUUGUUAGUCCAAUGCAUUUUGGACCCUACUGGUUCUUCUUCAGGGAAAGAAAUACAGAUUCAACAUUUAGAUGUGCUACUGCAGCUUUUCUUUUGCUAACUCUGAAUCUGUAUUUCUUUGAAGAAGAACCUGUAGGGUCCAAAACAUGUCACACUGAUAAUGUGGUGCCCUCCACACAAUUUCUGUUCUCAUCCUGAAGCAAAGUUCUUAACCCGAGGUACUAUUUCUGGGUUAGCGGGGUCUGUAACCUGAAGCGUAUGUAACCCAAGGUACCACUGUAUAUAAUUUAGUUACAGUGGCCUCCCCGCGUGCUAGAUUUGAUGGUUUAAUUAUUUUCUUGUGAGGAACUCAGACUAUAUCCUUGUUGUUCCUGUGUGUGGCAAUUAUUCUGUUCGUUUUGUUUCUUCCUGUCCUUGUAAGAUGUCUUUCCUUUCCCUGAUUGUUGCUGUUAUGCUUUGGGCAGAGCUGAUAUCCCAUUGUUGUUCCAGAAAUUUCUCCAUUGCUCUGUCCCGUGGUUGUUGUUUUACACUGAGAACUUUAGCAAGAGCUGCAAAAGUCACUGUGCCCCAGUAAAUAAACAGUUGUCACCAUUUUUCCUCUCAGCCUGGGAAGAAGAGUGGUCUGUCAAACUGCAGACGACUCAGUAAAAACCUUAUCAGUUCUUUGGCAGUUCACAGACUCCUUUCAUUCUUCCUUCCAGCUGAAAAUAUAUGAGCAGUUAUACUUCCAAUUAAAUUAAAUUCCAAGUCCUCUUAAGCAUUAUUCAGUUCACUUCAUAAAUAAUGAAGGAUGCGGAAGAGUCAGCUCUAAAUUUCCAUCAUAAACCUUUUGCAAAAUAGAGCUUUCCUCCUUUUUUCCUUUUUUUACACACGCAGUUCUGUUUGAUUUUAUAUUCUGUGUUUAUAAUCCUAUUUCUUCCAUCCUCACUUGUACAAAUAUAAUUUGAACUAACAUUCAGAGGAGGACUGCUGAAUCAUAAAUGUAGAGAAGAAAACUUUAAAUAAAGAAACCGUAGUCUCUCCUCUCCCCACCAUCUUUUUCACCGAAUGAAGUCUUAUCUCAAGUUCAAACCUUAAAGUCCUUGCAGUUGGUUUGUUCCACAGUUUGUGAUCUCCUGUCUUCUAGAACGUGCCUGUACUUUAGUCCAAUUAAGCUCUAAUGAACAGGAGAACCUCUGCUUCCUAAUGGUGGCGUUGGAGGGUUUUCGGCAGGUGAAGUGCUUUUGUACUCGGCGCCUCUCUGCCUCUCGCAUUCCAUACCAGAGCGAGAGCCAGGUACCGAGACGAACUGUGAGUGAAGCUCCCUCCCCCCUCAUCCCUGGGGCGAAUUUGCAAGGAUGAUUAUCCUCAAUCAUCCUUGUUUUUCCUUCGCCAAUGAUCUUCCGCUGUCAUGGGGGCUGCGGAACCGGAAACCCAUCCAGAGAUCUCGUAUGGAUAUGUCCUUCAUUGUACACUUGCACAUACACCAACAAUUCUUCUGUUUUACCUCUCCCAAGAUAAACCUUGGAAAGGAACAACAUUGCAACCUGUUCCUCGAUCACUUGUGUUUCCAUUCAGUGUCAUAAGACCUUAAUAUUUGAAGAACACUACAUUUCUUAAACAGAGUUUGGCUUUGGGGGUAGAUAUAGCUCUGAGGACCUUCUGGCAGUUUCUUACUGCGAGAAGUGAAGUCUGAGUGUGGUGCUGAUAAUGUCAAGGUUGCAGGUUCAGUUCUCAUAUGGAAUAGCUUUACAUUCCUGCAUUGCAGGGAGUUGGACUAGAUUAUCAUCAGGGUCCCUUCCAACUCUACAGUUCUGUGAUUUUGCAGGGAACCAGGCAGAGGGCCUUCUCGGUAGUGGCAUGCACCCUGUGGAACACCCUCCCAUCAGAUAUCAAGGAGAUAAAUAACUAUACAACUUUUACAAGGCAUCUGAAGGCAUCAGGAAGUUUUUGAUGUUUGAUGUUUUAUUAUGCUUUUAUAUUUGUUGAAAGCUGCCCAGAAUCGCUGGGGCAACCCAGUAGGAUGGUCGUGGUACAAAUAAUAAAAUAUAAUAAUAAUAAUAAUAAUGAUGAAACAAAUAAAAACAAAUAGAAAAAAUAAAGAUUGUUGUUACAGUUCAUGUCAAACAGAGCAUCUCCCUUUGGCUCUUUUAAAUUGUUAAAGGGAUAGUGGAAGGCUGGUGAAAAAGGAGGUGAUGCAUGCUUUUGGUUACCAAUGGUAAUCCAGGAUUGUAAUGUAUCUGAAUUGGCAGGCUAACAUUGCUAAACUUGUCUGAACUGUAUCUGAAUUGCUAGUUAAAGCAAACUGUAAAUUUUGCUGCUUUUCACUGAUGUAAAGAAUGCUUUGCUCUCAUAGUGCUAGGAUGUACCAGCCUUAGCAGCUUUGUCAUUCCAUUGUUGCUGUAGAUUAGAGACAUUUCUUUUUUAUUUUUGGCAGUACAUCUUUGGUCCCAUGUUUUUCAGAUGCCUCAGCAGCUGCAUGGGAUGGACUGAAAUCCUCUAAUAUUACACACAUAAUGGCUUUUGUUUCAACAUCAGCAACAUUGAAGAAUGUAUUUGUUUACUUUUAAUUUAUAGCCCACUAUAUCCCAAGGGCUCAGGACAUGUGAUCUCAGUUUUAAAAAGUGGGACAAGCCAUAGCUCUGAAAGACAUGUAACAUUGCAGUCUAAAUUUGAUGAAAACACAAAAAGGAGCACACAGUAAAAAAGAUGGGAAUCAAAACUUAAAUGACAUUGUACUAUUUUUAGUAGCAUUAGGAAACUGCCUAAUGUAAAGUGUACAUCUAAAUACGUUCAGGAGCCUGCCUGCUACUGUGAACUCUGCAUUAUCAAGGUUCUCAACUGUGAGGAAACUUUUAAGAACAUAGAGAUAUUUUAUUUCUUCCUUAUACCAUCCUUCAUCCCAGGGUCUUUUUGGUUGAAUUUAUCUUCGUUUUCUUGGAGAGUUUUGAUUAAGCAGCAUUUUUUUUCUGGAUUAAAGAACUGAGGCACACUUAAUUCUUAAGGUCAAAAAGACAUAUAUGUGUUCUCAGCUUCCAGAACAACUGGUCUUAUGACUGCAGGAUAGCUCUGUUAAUAUUUAUUCCCAAUGCUCUAUUCUUCCUUUAUCCUUUCAAUCAUAGUUAAGGCCAUCUUCGGGGGGUGGGAGGUGAUAAUUCUGGGGUUCUCUCUAGCCUCUAAGCUAUAGCAUUGGAUACAUCAGAAAGUCUGCCCCCUUUCUUGGGAUGUUGUUGCAGAACAUUAUAGUUAAAAUAGAUGGGAUUGAGGUGGCACGGCCAGCUGCAAUGUACCAUAAUGUGUGUUGUAGGAUCAGAUCCUAAGUGAAGUUAUGUUGGUAAUUUUAAUUUUAUAACGUGUUAUAGAAUAAAUGCUUAUUGAACUGCUUAUUUUAUUAUGUAACCUCCCCUGGAAUCAUUGUGGGAUGAAGGAUGGUAUAGAAAUAAAAUAUCCUAUGUUCUUAAAAGUUUCCUCACAGUUGAGAACCUUGAUAAUGCAGAGUUCACAGUAGCAGGCAGGCUCCUGUACGUAUUUAGAUGUAUACUUUUUGACGUUAUCACCAGAAUUUCUACCCACUCAGCAUGGGAAGGUUAGGAGUAGUUGGGAAUGAAGAAUUACAAUUGGGACCAUAUAACACCGGUCCUAAAGGAUCUUAAUUGGCUCCCAGUGUGUUUCCGAGCCCAAAUCAAACUGUUGGUGCUGACGUUUAAAGCCCUUGGCCCAGUAUACCUGAAGGAGCGUCUCCACCCUCAUUGUUCGGCCCGGACACUGAGGUCUAGCUCCGAGGACCUUUUGGCGGUUCCCUCACUGCGAGAAGCAAAGUUACAGGAAACCAGGCAGAGAGCCUUCUCGGUAGUGGCGCCUGCCCUGUGGAACACCCUCCCAUCAGAUGUCAAGAAAAUAAACAGCUAUCUGACUUUUAGAUGACAUCUGAAGGCAGUCCUGUUUAGGGAAGUUUUUAAUGUUUGAUGUUUUACCGUGUUUUUACUGUUCUGUAGGUAGCCGCCCAGAGUGGCUGAGAAAUAAUAAAAUUCUUGUUGUUGUUGUUGUUACAAUUGGUGCUGCAAGGGGUAGCACUCUUUUUAAAAGACCAGGUCCAUAGUUUGUGUGUGCUUCUGGAUUCACCACUGACUGUGGAAGCCCUGGUAGACUUGGUAGCCAAGAGUGCUGGUAUGCCAGCUACAGCCCCUCAUUUAGAUAAAUGAUAAAUCAUCGAUUAUUUAAGCUAUAGUUUAUCAAACCAUGGCUUUGUGUCAUGUGUGAACACUGCCCAGCAUCUUAACUAUGAUUUCCUUACUGCUAAAAAACCCCACAAUCUCAAACCAUGGUUUGUUGUUGACUUAUGAACCCUGGUUUCUUUUAACUGUGGUCUGAGUCCAGCACUCUUCCUUAACUGUGGUCUGUUUGGUGAGUGUCUGGGGUGAGGUGGUCAAAGUACAUAGGCACGAGGCAAGAGAAGUUGGGGGAAAAGCCAAGUUUGAGAGAAACAAGGCACAGUUUGUUUGAUUGUCAGUGGAAGAACUCUUGGUUUAUUAAACAAACUAUAGCUUAGUGUUAUUUGUCAACUGGGCCUGUGUGGCAGUUUAGUGAUGGAUUAGUGGGCACCAUCUAAUACAGCCCCUCCACUAAUCCAGUGGAUAUUAUUUGAAGGUGUGAGUAAUGGUUACUGUUUUAUCUGCUAUGGAAUUAUGAUUUAGAGAUAAUGCAAUUCUGAAUAUAGGAAAUAUUCACCCUUUUAUUAGGAAAUGGAAUACUGAAUAUUCUUAUUGGCAUGCUCAGGAAACUUACAACUUUGCUAUGGAUUUUGUCUUGGAAUCCCUGGGAGUAUCGUCUAAUCCUGGCUUUUACACUUAAACCGUAGACAACAUGCUAAACCUCUUUUGAGUCUUUCUGUCUCAUUUUUUAAUAGGGAUAAUGCCUACCUCCAGAAGGUGCUAAAGGAUUCAUUUGCUCAGUAUUUAUAAAAUGUUUUACAACUCUAUUCGCCAGUAAAUUUAACUAGAAUCAACUUAGUGGGGGUUUUUGGGGGUUUUUUAAUGAAACCCUAAUAAGUAUUGUUAAAUACUUUCAUGUCUCUCACCUCAUUCCAUUUUUAAUAACUGUGUUCCAGUCCACACAAACACAUUUUUUAAUGUUAGUUUUCUCUCUUUUCCCACCUUUCUCUGUAGUAAGAAAAUAAGUUGCAGCACACUUCUGCAAUGUUCUGAUAUUGUAGCUCUCUGUACUGCAGUGAACAUUGUAACUUAGCUUUAAAUAAGCUUUUAAGAUACGGCCAUCUGUGUGGUUGUACCUGUUGUCCAAAGAGUAACAAAUAAUCUGGGAUAAAGCUUAAGAGAAGCAUCAGAGUUCAGCUGGAAAAUAAAGAGGCCAGUCUAAAAUCCGCCUUGGGUGGAUGUUUUUACAGGUCUGGUGGAUAUCUUCGGGUCCCAAUUGAAGCCUGGAUCUGGGGCUGAAAUGGCACCUGCUUACGCAAAUCAGUUCAGAUGAUUUUAUGCUAAAUAGCUCAUUAAUUGGAUUGGUCCAUUUAGACCAAACUAGCCCAGUGAGAAGGGAAAGAUCUGUAGUGCACCAGAAAGGGCAAGAUCUGUAGUGCCUCUUUUUACCGGAAACGUUUAUAGAUAGGUUAUCAUCACAAGUACCAGGGAUAUUGUUUGGAGCUGUAUCUUAAAAUGAUUGCCUAUGUACACUGCCUGCCUUCUGAUCCAGUAGUUGGUUGCCUGCACAGAAGUAAAUGGCAGGCCAGCUGUGAUGACGAUGAAGAACUUCUUCCACUGUUUUCCAACAAAAGGGAGAUCAGUCACACUAAGAUCCAUGAGCACUUCAGGAAAAAAUGGCUGAGCAAAGACAACGGUACCUUGUGGCCAAGUAAGAUUGCAUCGUGUCUUUUACUAAAACAGUUAAAGCAGGGUGUUUAUAAUCUUUGUUCUGGAUAUAGAUAAAGUGUUUUUUUCCCCCUUUGGCAGUAUACAAUCAAAUAAAUUUCAAGAGAUGUAUUGUUUAAAGUCAUAAAUAGAAUGCCUUCUAGAGUGAAGACAAAGUCUGUGAUAAAAUGUUGUGAUUUCACCAUUGUAGAAAGUCUGCUUCAUCUUAACAUAUCCAUAUUUUUAUUCCUCUACAGCACAUUGUAGUUAAAUGGAAAUGUGUUUGUAUUAAAAUGUUGAAUGACUAAAUCAGUGCUACUCCCACUCAGUGUUUAUGUAAUGGUGCCAUGAGGGUAUCCUGUAUUUCCAGUAGGGAAAAUAAUACUGGAGUCAUAAUGGCCCUUUUGAAAAUAAAGUUUUCUAAUCUUGCAUUUGUUUGAAGCUAGGUUCUGUUAAGCAUCAUUGUUUCUCACUUUUCACUUUGCCUACCCAAGCAGGGACCCUCACCUGCUUAGAAAAGUGAGAGAGAGAGGAAAAACAAACACUAUGUAUAUUGUAAAGGGAACUUUCCUUUUGAGAUUGUGCCAUUAGCUUUGUAUUUUAUUUUUUACAAUGAGUAAGUUAAUUCACCAGCGGCUGGAUUUUAUUUUCUCCUUUCCAUUCAUUCUGAUAUUAUGUAGUUGGUUGUCAGUUACUUAAAUAAUAUAGUGCCUUAUCUUGUUUUGCUUGCUUGCUUGCUUGCGCGCGCGCGCACACACACACACACACACACACCGCUGCUCUUGGUUCUCCUUUUGAGGGGAUGGUAGAUAGUAACAGCCUUUGAAAUUAUGCUUCUAAAAUCAGGUGACCAAGGAAGCAUUUCAUAGGAAAGUUUGACACUAAAAACUAAAAAAAGUUUGAAACUAAAAAAAGCACAGCAUUACUGAUUUCUUUGACCUUUAACUGUUCUCAUUUAACAUUCAGGUACUUUAAAUGCAAUUACAGUUGUUGUAUACCCUUAUUAUGAGCCAAAAUACGGUAACCUUUCACUAGAAUUAUAACUGUCAUAUAUUUAAUUGUCCAGUGUUUAGAUUAAUUCAAAUGCUUAAAUAGGCAUGUUUUAUUAUAAAUAUUGUUUUAUUAUAAAUAUUGUUGUUUUUGUUUUAAUGAUGUCACUGAACAAGUUGAAUAGUUUUGCUUUAAAAUGAUCAAACCACUAGUUCAUAUAUUAAUGUUUCCCCAUUAAAUAUUGUGUGGAAAAGUUAUCCCCCAUUCCUCAGCAUGUUUUUGGAAUUUCUGCAAACUUUCAGUAGGUUGAACUACCCUCUUCCCUGAUUUAAAAUCUUAAAAUAGUAUAUACCAAUCCACAUCUGAAGAACAGAUUCAAUUUGUUAUUGCAGAAACAAAUUAUAAAGUGAUUUCCUUUGGGAAAAGAUGGUUGCUUUCCCAAUGAAAUUUGCUAACAUUGUUUUAAUGAACAGAACUGUGAAGUAUAAAGUAAGAUCUAUGAGCAGCCUAAGUGAUUUCUGGAUGCAAUAUGUGAAUAUCCUGGCAGGAUUCUUAUUCUCUCUCUUUCAUUUUGGCUUUGUUUCUAAGCACUGAAGAACAGAAACUACUGAAAGCUUUCCUUAAUUAAGAAAAAAACAAAAACCCAAAACAAACCCCCGAACUCCCAAAUGUCCCAAACAUAAAACAAAAAUAACUGUGCUUAUUCUCAUUCUAGGCCCAGUAGCAGGUGCAAAUUAGACAGAAAAAUGGACAGAGUAGGUCAGUAUGGACUUUGAGAAUGCUUGAAGGCAAUGUUAAUUGUAGGAAUGGCCAUUCCCCUUUGACCUCAGGGUCGCAAGCAGUCCCUGUGCAUCUGUUGUCGCCUGUGGCUACUGGUUUUGCAUUCCCUAUGGCCAUAUUUUCUUUAUGCAUACAAGUAUUUGUUAGGGAUGAUGGUGGGUGAGAAAGCUAUGUACUGCAUGCUUUAUUUUAAAAAACCUGGUGGCUGGAUCUUAGUGAUAGAAAAGUUGGGAGAGGAUCAGUAGUUCAUAACAAUAAGUGGAGUUGGCCAGGUAUCAGUCAGCUUGUUUGAGAAGCUUGGUGGGUCGAUGUAUUUUUAAGGCUGUCUAAUAAGGAACAGGGUUGUAGAGUGUGAGUCUUGUACAUAAAAUGAAAAACCUAUCAAAACAGAUUUCCAGUACUUUCAGCCAAUACAUGAUUGCCUAAAUACAUGAAGCUAUUGGUCGCACAUAGCAUGACUAUGUUGCAUUCUCCUCCUGUUUGGGUUGAGGAUUCAUUCCUUAUAGGUAGGCAGUGUACUGCCACAGUCCAGCAGUGAGGGCAGAACAGAAUGGAAGCAGUAGGCCGGCAAAGUGCCCUGCUAAUAUUGUUUUCAUCAUUACUUGCACGUCCACCGUGACACACAAACCUAGCAACCUAGAUUGACUGCUGGCAGAUGGCCAGCCGUAGUACAUAGUCAAACAGUAUUUCAUUUCAUAGAGGCAUAUGUUUGUCGCCGGUAUUUGUUCAGUAUAGAUUUACGCAGCUCUCUUAGGCAAGGUCUUUCUAAUAGAAUGUAUGCCAUUUAUUGUCGAAUUAGGAGAUUCCAGAGCUUGAUCAGUCAGUUGUUGCAGGUAAACUAGAUUAACUGCUUCAAUAGUUUUGUAAGGAAGUGAAUUAAUAGAGCAAGGGAAACCUUUUUUUUAACUGAGAAAACAUUUUACUUUUAUUAGUACCGUUUUAAAUGCAGUAUCAGAAACCUCUUUAUUUCUUAUUUCGUGUUGCCCUGCAGUGUCCUUCCUUCUUUGUCAUGUUAUUUGAUCAAAAACAUUUUUUAUUAAUCCCUUCAAAUGAAGUAUGUUGAGAAAAUGGAAUAAAUGCAAGGAUGCUCAUAUGCAGUUCGGGAAUAUUCUGGGCAGAAGUGGUAACUGGCAUUUUUGUAAAUAAAUCAUAUUUAUUUUAUUUAAAAGGCUAUGCAGUGAAAGGUUAAACCAUUGCACUAUAAUGCAAUGAAAAGUUAGACAUUCUAGCUUUACAUUGCUUGUUUGGUUUUGUAUGCUUUCAAUGUGAUGCAUCCUCCCUCCUAUGCUCCAGAACCAUUACCAGGCCUGUGUCCCCCAUAUAUUGUUGGGCUACAACUCUUCUAAUUUCCAGUCAGGAUAACAAAUGUCAGGGAAAACAGGAGGUAGAGUGCAACAGCAUCUGGGGACCCAAGAUUGGUAAAGGCUGUUCUAGAGGGUGCUCUCUUGCUGGAAUGGCAAGUGUGAGAUAGAAACUGUUCUUGUUAGUUGUGAGUGUCUUCCUGUGGGAAGCAGUGAAAGGACAGCUAUUCCCCUUCUUUUCCCUAAUGCAGUGGCUCAGACAGGGUGAUAUACUUAUUCCCUCAGUGCACGUUGUUCCAUUCUUUGGAACACAGCUUACCAUUAGCCUGUUCCAGGAACCCUCUAAUGGCAGGGAAAUGAAGGUUUGUCUCCUCCCUGCAAUCCAAUAACUUUAUCCUAGUCGUUAAUUAUGAUGGGCAUUUUGCUACUUUUAUUAUAAAAGAAUUAUUAUAAAAGAAUUUAUUACAAAAGAAUAACAACUGACUAGACUCAAUGGCAACGGAAACUGCUGAAAGAGUGUAUGCAUAUCCUACUUUGUUAACUAACUAGAGUAAAACAUGGUUUCCUGAGUUUGCACAGAAUGUGGACCGUGGUUUAGUCAAAACUGAAAGCAAAAGCUUUCAGUCUUUCGUCUUUCACACGAGAAGAGAAGAAAGGGCAGCCAGCCAAAGGUUUAUAGCAGCUUGUUCCAGAUCAUCUAAGCCAGAGCAUUGUAAUCUGUUUAGUUUAAUCAACAUGGAAUCAGUGCAGGUUGUAAUGUCUGUUUGGAAUUCUACUUCAAGGAACUGAAUUCCAGUCCUCCUCAUCCUGGAUCUCACUGGUCAGACAUAAAUACAUGAUGGCCCCAAUUCAUUGAAGCUGUCAACUCAACUUGGCAGCAAAUGUGUGCACUCUCCCAUUUACUCUGCAAUUGCUGCGCAUGAGGAUUUGGUUAGUGCUAUCAGCUCUGACAGUGAUUAUUACUAUGUGUUGGUCAGGAAGUGCUGAUGAGGGAGAAGGUGCUUUGAUCCAUUUAUGAUGAAUGAAGCAUAAAAUCAGCACCAAAAGGCAAUGCUAUUAACAAAAACAACUAUUGCAGCUCUUCAAGUCUGGAUUUGAGUGAAUCUCCAAGAGCAUAGAAUUCCACAAUUUUGGAACUGUUACUAGGAGCACCUCUCUGCUUCUGCAUGAUAGACCUUAAUGCAUAUAUGAGGUUGCCUUUGGCCAUGACACAGAGGGGAAGCCAAAACAAACCUCAUAGAUGCUGAUUGAUGUUUUGUUGUGACUUCAAAAAAAAGUUUGGGGAAGCUUUUCACUAACUGACUGCACACAACCAGCAGCAGGAUUUUCAGAACUGUGAAUGUUUCAGGUAGAACAGCUAAGAGCACCCGACUUUCUUUCUUUACCAAACCAUUUGACAAAAACAAGGCAGUUUCGACAACUAUAGCAGAAACCACUUUCCCUGAUAGUAGCGCCACUUAGAGAAGUGAUUUACUAGCAAAAUGGUAAUCUUAACACUACCUACAGUACUGUAUGUUUUGUGUAGUGUAGUAAUCCCUUAUUUGCUCUAAAAAAUAAUAAUUAGCCAGGAACUUUCGAAGUCAAAACAUUUCUCACAACACCCUUCUCAUUGACACCCUUUUAGAAGACUUAAAAGGAUUGGCUACAGUAAGCUAUCAGUUCAUCACAGAACAAAAGUGGUUAAUCUUAAUUUGUCUAAUUAGCAUCUGAUAUGUGGACCAGCUGCUUCCUUGAACAAAAGCAGAUGAUGAAACCAUCUUAUUAAUUGCAUAUUAAUUCUUGCAUGCGUCUUAACCAUAUGGGAGACCUCUGUGAAUGUACUGAAGCAAAUUCAUUAUGAGAGCUGGGGAAACGAAAGAGCAAUUGUAUCUUCAGAGAACAGAGUGUAGGGACCAUGGAAAAUGUGUGUGUCAUCCUAACAUGACCCAUCUGUGUUUCCUGUGCUCUUUGUUCCUAACAUUGAAAACGAUUUAAGAAUAAAGCUAGACAACUGAAGCGACAUGUGUGUUUGAUGGCUGGAGUUCUCUGACUGGGGAACCUAUAUUAUCUCACUAAGUUAUUCUUGCCAUACUCCAAAGAAACCUUCCUUAUUUAUUAUAUUACUUAGAUGGCUAAAUUUGUAAGUCAGAUAUGACUGCAGAUAUCUUUUUUUUGUGUUCUAUGUUCCUGAGUUUCUCCAGUUUUAAUUUUAAAACAAUUCUAGAGCAGCAGCACAGACUGUGGACAUCACAAAAACCUUUGGUUCAGCACAGGGGUAGCCAAUGUGCUUCAGGUGUUGAACUCAGCCCUAGCCAGCAUGAUCAGUGGUCAGGGAUCAUGAUAAUUGUAGUACAGCAACAUCUGGAGGGCCCCUUGUUGGCUGCUCCUGAUUUGGGAAGUCAUGAAUGAACCUAGCCCCUUCAUAGGCUUGGAGGCUUCCCGUCCUCGCUAUCUCCUUGUAUAGCUGGGAAGAGGCAGUUUAGAAGCUGUUCUGCUUUUAAUUAAACAUAGUUUGCCAGAUAGACCAGGUCUGUGGUUGAUGUUAAUUAUACUGAGAGCAAUUCAACGUCACAAUAACGUGAUUGUUCUGCCAGAGCUUAUUAGUUGAAUCCUUCAUGGUUAGUUCAAAACAGUUCAGCAUCAGAAACCAUGGUUUGAAGAUGGUUGGUUUUAAACUGACACUAGUUCAUGUUACCCACAGCUUGUCAGUCCAGAUGUUAUUACAAACCAUGGUUGACCAGAGAUGCAAAUAAAACUUUACUGAUUCCUCCAGGCCACCAGGAAGGAAGUAGUAUGGUAUGUAUUCUUUUCUCGCCACCAAAAGUAGCUGUAACUAAAAUUAGGCUAGUAUGAGUAUCACUUCAGUGCUGUAACUCACAUCAUAGUUACAGAUUCUUCUAGUGAAGGGAGCAUAAUAUUGUUUACCUUUGUCAGUAGAGGCAGAAAGAUAAACUGGAGAGUACUGUUUCUGUUUCCUGCAGAUGGCAGCAUUUUGCCUUCUUGCAGGUAUUCCAAGGCUCUACUGCUUUGGGAGGCAUCUAAUUAUGUUUUUCUUCCACCCCCAACCAUCUGUUUUGAUUUUUUGACUAAAUAAAAAUGUCUAUUAUACCUAAUUCAUAUGUUAGCUUCUUUUGACAGUUCUUAAAAUCAUUUUGUUUCAGCACAAUGUCUCACAAAGCGCCAUGGGUGAAUCAAGGCUUCCAUAUAGUUUUCUGUUCUUCCCUGAUCAAUGGCAAUAUUUCUAGACCAUUUUAUUUCAUUUUUUUGUUGCUAAUAAAACAGAUUUUAGCUAUUCACAGCAGACAAAUAUAUAACAUUGAAAUGCUGCCAGUGAAAUAUUUGGGUUCCUGAUUUGCUUGGGUGAAGCAGUAUUAAGGUGAGCCUCACAAUAUUUUGAAUUUGUAGAGGAUACAACUAAGAGCAGUGUCCUAGCAUUUGAGGGUAAGGAGGUACAUGUUGCAAUAGGGAUUAGAACACUUCUUUAGCUGUUAGUCAAUCAGUGCACAACACAGAAUCCCAAGUAUUCACAUUCAAGGAAAAGAUGGGUGAUCGCAUGCCUAAUCAUUGUUCUUUGUCUGUAUAGAGGAAGCUGAAAAAUGUCCACAAUCUCAAAGCAGGUUGCUUAUGUAACCCUAAAACUGGCAAUCUUAAUGUUCAACAUCCCAAAUGCUGAGCAUAAAUGGUUGCCACCAGUUGUAACCAACCAGCAUCUUUUAUUUGGUUCAUUACUAAGAAAAACAAGUGCUGCAAAUAGGCAGCUGCUGAACUUUGGCAUGCCUCUUCUCUCGUUCCUAACGACUGAGUGUCUGCUUCUUGUCAUGUGUGACACUACCCUGUGGAAAACUGGGCACCUCCUUCAGUACCAUCUUUCCAUGCUCAGAAAAAUGCAUUACAUUGCUUAACUCUACUGCUUGUAAUGGCAAGCAGCAUCAGUAUAGAAUUUAAGAAGGAAAAAAAUAUGUGAAUUUAUUUUUCCACAACAUCAGAAGUAUGAUGCUUCUACCAGCUGAACUUCCAGGGGACCAAAGCUGAAGAUAAUAAAAUUAAAAAUUAAGUAAAAGGGGGGGGGGUUUGCAAAGUGCUUAAAAAAAACCCUGUGUCUAAGCUCAGGAAAAAGGAAUAGUCUGGUGAGAGAAAAGGGAGAAGAGUAGAAGUGACGCAUCUUCUUUUUCUGGACCCUAUCAUGAUCUGUCUGCCAGUGUGAACAGGAAACAGAUCCAUCCAAGUCCAAAUUAAAAUGGAAAGUUUUAUGAUAGGGUGGAAGGUUCAUUAAAGUUUACAGCCAAUAAAAAAACAGACCUAUCUGGAAAAAGGCCUUUAUCUGGAAGCAUCAAGAGAUCAGUCAAGGGUACAGGGUGUUCUAAUACAAAAUAUUUUUCUUCCAUGUUAAGUAGUAUCACUGAGGAUAAAAUUGUGAGGUGUCUAAAAUUAUAGAAGUGACAGGGCAGGGGUCUUUGUAUUCAGAAAUUGCAGUCCCAAUGGCUUUAAAAAAUGGGGGGCUUAUUGAUUGGGUGGGAUUACCAAACACACAAAUCUCUACUUAAAAGUAAUUGGGAUGUGUCUGGAACUCAGUGCUAUACUUGCUCAAAAUGUUAUUGAUUUCAGGAACCCAUCAACUGAAGUGCCCCAGGCUUAAAGCUACUUUUAGUGGCUCUAAGGAAUGUCACUGUAGUGACUGUAAAAACUGUGUACAAUUCAAAGAAUUUGUUAAUUGGACAAAUAAGGAAAGUAGAUUCUCCAAGAUUUUUACAGUUGUAAUACAGUAAGCCUGUAACUUACAUGCAUUUAACUUGUGCUCAUUCAGCUUUACAUGCUUGGCAAUUUUUAAAAAAAUAAAAUAGAAAGGGGACAGAAAGGGGGUGGGUAUCUAGGGGGAAAGUCUUUAGCAAUUCCAUCCACCAUUUGUCCCCAUGUUCUUUUGAUUAUACACGAUUUUGGCUUUAGGCAUGAUCCCUGGAACGUAGCCCUCACUUAAGUUGCAGGCUUACUGUACUACUAAAGGAGUUAAAUAUGUGGCUCAGUGCCCCUGCAAUAUCAUGUUUGUUGUGAUGCCAAUGGGAUAAAAUGAGGAUAUAUGAGCAUAAAAGCUGUGUUAGGAAUUACAGAAGAAUCAAUUUGAGUGUAAGUUUUUAGUUGCUAAGCUCUUGUAAUGUUGACCUGCUGGAAUAAAAAGACUUCAGGGUGAAGAGGAGCCAGAAGUUGCUGGUCGAAUGGAGAGGCCUUGAACUCCUGCCUUUCCUUCUAUUAUAGCCUGAUUGAAUGGCUGUUCUAGAUGAGAGUUGAAGGAAGCAUCUGAUGGAGCUGGUCUCUCAGCAGGGUUUUAAUCUGUUUGGGAAACCUCCACAGAAGCAGCAGGCUCCCUGAUACCCUUCAAUACAUGGGAAGGCAGCAUAUAUGUCAGGAAUAGGCAAACUCAGCUCUCCAGAUGUUUUGAGACUACAAUUCCCAUCACCCCUGACCACUGGUCCUGUUAGCUAGGGAUGAUGGGAGUUGUAGUCCCAAAACAUCUGGAGGGCUGAGUUUGCCUAUGCCUGAUAUAUGUGAUGGAUAGUGGUGGAGCUAUCUAGCCAUCUCUGCUUUUUCCACUUGUGAUUCUGGAUAGUGUUAAGGAGACAGUAAUUUGCAAUAGAGCUCACCCAGUGAGUUCAUUUUGUAAUUGGAAAACUUAUGUCUUUGUGCUUUAGAAUGCUAUUCACACUGAUGCUGUGAAUAAGGAAAAGGAGCACCAGCUUUUCACACAUCAGUUACAGGGAGCCCACAAUUCUGGGCUGUUACUGGUUAAUUUUACCUAAGGGAGUUAGUAAUUCAUUUGUAUUGAUUGUUUUAUUGACUUCUUUAUACUGUAAUCAAAUUUUCUUCUUCUAAGGUCAUUUCUCCCUUUGACCUUACAGUAGAUUUCUUAGUAACAUAGCUGGCUUUUCCAUGUGCUGCUGACUCAGAUGUUUUCUGUUCAAACUAGACAUAUUAAUUAAUUGGCUACUUUGAAUAGCAUUUAAUUAAAAUCUAUUUUUGUAUGAGAAAAGUACAUAUAAACCCAAAUUCUUUUCUAAUAAUUGCUGAUUCGUGCAGUUAUUUGUCCUAUUGACAUGAAAGCGGAACCACUCUGAAACUACUUUGCAUGCACAAUGUGCUAUCACCUGCUGUAUUUUAGCUAACUUGUCCUUCAGCUUAUUUGUAAAAAAGCACUCAUCAUUGCUUGGCAAGAUUUUUGCGUGAAGCAUUUGCAUAAAAGCUCAGGAUUUCCAAUAGUUUCACUUUGUAAAUAUGUUGGGUUUUCUUUUUUAAGUUAAUACAGUACUCAAGAUCAUGACAAACUUACAGUCAUGAAUAUUAAUUGAAUGCAUGGUUAUGCCAUGGAAACGGAAUUGUUUCAUUCAGUUGAAAUGCAAAUACCCUGUAACAGUUAUUCAUACUAAAUUUGGCCACUAUAGAAUAGUAAUUUAUUAUUUAUAUCCCCUUCUUUCAUUAUCAGAAUCCAAUGAGAUACAAAUCCACAUUCAUUUGCGUAACCUUUCACAUUUUGAAAAUUUAAUUACCAUAAUUUGAUAACCCGACCUUUAGAUUGCAGGCUUGUAGAACAGUUUACAUAUUCUAAAAUAAAAAGUAGCUACUGAAACUGAAAGAGCAGCAAAGUCAGCAUAAAAUUUGAAAAAAAAAAUCUAAAAGUUCUAAUAAAAUGCCUAAAAUGGGUGCAAGGCUAUACUUGGAGGGCUGCAGGUUUCCUCUACUCUGCCCUAGGCAAAAGAACUUUUAGCACUACAGAAAACCCUUACUAAAUCUGACUUGCUAGGUGACCACAAUCCAGCCUAAAGAUACUAUUGGCUUUUGGAUCAGCUACUUUGACCAGUUUCAGUUGUUUUGCUCUAUGAAUCCUGACAUUGCUAUUGGGAGUAAGCACAAACAUGUGUUCCAACUAAUUAAGCCAAGGCAGAAAGUGUGUCCAAAUUCAGGGGGACACAAGUAAUGGUGUCAUGAGUAGGAAAAUGUCCAUCCUGCAGUUAAGGAGGCAGCGAGUGAACUCUUCAUCUUUCCCAGUGGACAAUCUCAACCUAUGUUCCUUCUUAGGAAAACAAAUUGGGAAUAUGGUUGCUGCACAAUUCUAGGCAUUAUUGGAUAACCUCCUUUCUUGACCUGUUUUUAAUCAGGAUUUCAGCUGACUAUGGAACUAAGACAGCUUCGUUGCACAAAAUUGUAAUAAUAACUUAAUUAAAAGCUUUAAUAAACUGGGUGGUGAAAAAAAUUAAAGUUCCUGCCCAAACAGUAGGGUUACCUUGGAUACUGUCGGCUAUGCUUGAAGUAGCAGUUACAACCUGAAGACUACUAUGAAUACAAACCCCUGCCACUCUGAUAAGUAUGGAAAAAGAUGAAGGAAUCUCAGAGAGGAUGGUCAUGGCAAGCAAAGGCUUUUGGCAGGUGGCACAGGUUCACAACAGAGAGAGCUCUGUGCUGAUUCAGACUUGGCACAAUUUAAAACUGGAUUAAUUUGAACAUCCAGCAGAUAUUCUUCAAAUUAAUUUGAUUCCAAAUUAGAUGGGGAGAUUUGAUUCGUUGAUGAUGUGAACUGGUCCUGAAACUUACAAAGUUACUAUGAAGGCUUGGAAUUUAUACAAGAUACUCUGUAUGUUUGGUAAGCUAACAUUUACUGAAUGUAGGGCAGAUUUAAAGUUUAUGACAUCUAAAUUAUUUCCACAUUUGAGCCAAAAUGCAUUUGUUUUUUUCUGCAUGGCUCAGUGGUGGAUGGGACAAGGGUUUGUUUGUUUGUUUGUUUGUUUGUUUGUUUGUUCCAUUUCUUAUCCCAAAGGCUUGGGUUGGUCAAACACAAAACUGAGAUCCUUAUUAGCAUCUGAACUCCACAAAACCCUGUUCCUUGUUCUGGUGGUGCUUGUGGGGGUAGCUCUUAAUGGUAGAGAUAUAAUGAAUUAGAAAAUAGGGGAAAGAGCUAAUCAAUAUUUAUUAUGUUGUGGUCUAAACAAGAUUGUCAUAAUAAGUUCUGUCUCCCCCCCCCCCCUUUUUAAUGCUUCAUUGUUUCUUCACAGUCUCCUUUCUGCUCCUCAGUUCCCAACCUCCUUCCUAGAGUCUUCUAGUCUCCUGUGUGCAUGGAUAAUGAGGGAGCUGCCGUUACCUACUUAAUAAUCUUUGUAAAGCCCCACUUUAUGCAUAAUUCUCGCUUUGGAUUAAGUGGUGCACUGGUCUUUUCCUUUCCUUUACAGCUGUUAAGAGUAAAAUAGGACUUUUUUUUCCUUAUUCCUUUCUGGAUCCUUAGUUUAAUUAUCACUUCUUAGUAACCAGAGAAGUAUCAAGAUUCAGGAAGGCUGAGAUUGCAGAGUUGAAAGAGACCAUUGUGAGUGAGCUGAGUUCAAGAUGGGAGGGCAGCUGAAUUCAUUGCCUCUCGGGACUGUCUUUGUGGUGGGAAGUCACUUUUGUUCUCGAGGAAAAUGCCAGGGGAUGGCUGAGCCUGGCUGGUUUGAAAGGAGAGAAGAAUGCCUCAUAAUUUAUAAAUUAUUUAUCAUUCCUUCCUGUAGAAGAACCAUUUGAUGGCAAUAUCCCAGUAAAGCAGGUUGAUUGAGUUAAUUGAAUCUGAGCGUAAGUGUGCAGGGCUCGAUGACUUUUUUGUACCCUUUUUUAAGGUUCUUGCUACAGAACUAAUGGAAGGAAGUGUAAUUUCUAAAGACUUUGAAAGAGAGCUCUUGAAAGUACUAAAAGUUGGCAACCUCCCGCAUGUGAGAAGGGGUUCAGUGUUUCCUAGGAUCAUACCCUUAAAUAGUUUUCUUUUGCUGUAUCAUUCCAUGUGUUUAGGGAAUCUAUGGACAUAAAUGCACCUAUGCCAAGUGAAAUGUGCCUGUUUUUAGUCCCUCAACCUGGCAAAUGCUUUUGCUUUGUAAAGAGCCUUUCGAAGACCUAAUCAUUUUUAUGUACACGCAGCAUAAAAUCUUUUAAAUAUAUAGCAAAAUCGAAAGCCCCAGUAAGUUCAGUGAGUCUGACUCUCAGAUAAGUAUACAUGUGAUUUUUUUAUUUAGGAGGUCAUGGUGCUGCAAAUAGUUCUGAUUGUAUCUUCGUCAGAAACAUGUGAGGUAGGUUUGUCUGUGAAAUAGUGACUGGCCCAAGGUCACCUAGCAGACCUCAUGGUUGAGUGCUGAUUUCACUCGUGUGACCUUCCUACACUUCACUACACUGGCUCUCAGCCUUAAUUUGUAGAUCUGUUUUUCCAUUUGCCAGACACACUGAAAAAGCACAGAUGUCUGUCUGUUAUCAGUGUCUUCUUUUUUUGGCAUGGGGAGGACUUUUUCUUUUAGACUUCUAAUGUUUGAACACACCUCCUUAUUCCCCCCCCCCAAUGGAUCUGGGAGCAUAGAUUUUCUGAGAUUUCUACCACUGGUGUUUUGGGAUUGGCCAGUUAUGCAACUUUCUUGACUUCAUAGUAUGUAUAUAUUUUGAUAUAGCAUUGACUAAACCUUGGAACAGCCUUCCAUGAAAUUUAGAAAAGGUUGAAUCCAGCAGUUACGUUAAUAGAACUUAAUUUCAGAAUCACUGGGGCUAGACUGGUUGAUUAGUGAUGAAUAGAUAACUCAGGAACAGUUGGUUAAUGUCUUCACCCUUGAACUCUUCCUGUAAAAUUGCAUUCUAAAAUGUCAUUCAUGUUACUUUUUAAAACCAUAUUCAGAAUCAUGUUUUGAACAGCAGCAAUAGAUAGUAUUAAAGUUUUCAAAUUCUUUACAUGGUGCAAGAACGAUUCCUAAGGAGUCUUUGUAGCUUAAUUUGAGGAGGGCGGAAGGAUGUUUCCAGUUGUUUCAUGGCUAAAAUCCUUUAAUGUGAUUCUGAUUGUCAUGGACCAGGUCAACUGGAAACGUAUAUUCAAAGAGGGCAAUACAAUGGGCUGGGAGGAUGGGUGGAAUGCAUGCUGCAGGCACACCACAUAAAACUGACCACUUAUGCCUCUCCUGAAGUGUCAAGCAGUUCUAUGUAACAUGUACAAAUCCUUAAAACUAGCAGCAUUGCAUUUGUAAUUAACAGCUGAAAUAGGUUUUGGUAAUGACAACAUCUGUACAGCUGAAUAGGAACAGUCUGUUCUAACAUCUCAUCUCAAAUGGUUAAUUUUACUGAUAGGAGAGUAUUAUGGUGAGCAUACCUUCAAAGAUUCAGUGUGUUUUGUUCACAUUCCCCAAACCCUUUGGCCCCUUUCAAGGGUUUCUCCCCCACAGCACCAUCUUGGAAUUAUUUAUAUUACUGGGUUGCUGUUUUCUUGAUAGCAGGAUAGAGAGUUGAGGACAAGAGGAUCUUCUUCCUCCUGACCAUUUGCUCAGCUAUGCACGUAAUCCGAUCUAGUGCUGGGUCACAUACUUUUCUCUCUAGCAAAUAUUGUAAAAAAACAACAAUCAAAUUUGUGGCUUUAUUGCAUUCAUUUUCCAAAGCAGCGUGUAAGAAAGGUUGCUAUUAUGCCUGUUGAUAAUGAAAAUUGCACAUGGAGAUGAAUUGCCCCCCAACUCAACAAGUGUGUUCCUACAACUAAGAAGUCAAGGAUUUGAACUCUGGUCUAAGUCCAUUCCUUCAGAGCACAUUGUUAGAACAAUGUGGCUUAAGUGUACAACUUCUUUUUCUUAAUCUUCUACCUGUGAUUUAGCAAACAAGGCGCAUAGGCGAUUCAGCCUCAUUUAAUGCAAAUAUUAGUCUUCUUGCUUCAUGAUAGUGCUUCUGAAACCAGCAUAGAAAAAACUAUUCAUGAAGUAUUCCUUCAGCACAGAGGGAGUUGCAUGCCAAAGAUUAGAUGGUAAUCUUCUGUAUAAAUGAGGAAAGACAAAUACAGCUGUUUUUAUAUACAGUGGUACCUCGGGUUACAUACGCUUCAGGUUACAUACACUUCAGGUUACAGACUCCGCUAACCCAGAAAUAAUGCUUCAGGUUAAGAACUUUGCUUCAGGAUGAGAACAGAAAUCGCACGGCAGCAGCGAGGCAGCAGCAGGAGGCCUCAUUAGCUAAAGCGGUGCUUCAGGUUAAGAACAGUUUCAGGUUAAGAACAGACCUCUGGAACGAAUUAAGUACUUAACCCGAGGUACCACUGUAUAUGUUUUUUAUCAUUAUUUUGACUGAUAUCAUUUAAGUUUGACUAGAACCUAUUAUUUACUGUUUAACAAUAUUAUAAUCCUGUUUGUUUUGUAUGUUUUGAUACGUGUCUUUGAGUUAAUGGAAUGUUACAUUUAUUUAAGGUAAAAACAUAUUCAGACCUGCAUGAAGUUCCCGUUUUUUGUGCUGCAUAGACUAGUGACAGGGGCCAAUGAAUCUGUGUGCUUUUAUAUUGUUUGACUUCUACAGUGAUGCUCAACCAGAUGAAAUCCUUUCCAGGCAAUCAAAUAAAUGUGUGCAAAUGAUCUUGGAUUUGAAAUUUUAUGUCGCAAUCCUAUACAUUCAGAUGGAAGUCCCAAUUGAGUCUUCUCAGUUAGUAGGUAUAUAACUGCAACCUUAGCAUUUUUAUACUCCUUGGUAGUCAGUGGGUUUUGAGGAGUGCACUUCCUGAAGCUAACUUCCCAUUAAUUUAUGCUAAAAGUAGUUUGUGACAUUAAAUGCCAAAACUGUGUUCAAUUUUCAGACCCUUCAGAACACACAACAUUGUCAAACAGAACUAUUUUUAUUUCUCCUAGAUGUCCUCUUGUAGAAAAGGUUUAUGCAUUUAUUUUUUGUUCUGUGUACCAGUGAUUUUUGAAAAAUCCACUGAGGCUGGGAAUGUUUCCCAAGAGCACCUCCUUCUGCAUGUGCUACUCCAUAGAUCUGAACCUAUGUGGCCUCCUUUGGAAAAGACUGGGCAGGCAGGCCCCUGCUGUUGGGGUUUCUUUGGAGAAGUGAGAAUUCCUUCCUUUCAAUGUCAAGCCAAGACAUUGCUUAGCCUUCCUUUGAAAGGGCAGACUGACUUCUUGAGCCUCAGCAUUCUGUUGCAGGCAUGCCCUGCUGAGCACAUUGAUGCUGUAGUUAGCAUUUUUCUCUCCAAAUAUUGUAAAUCAUUUCUAAUGGAAGGAGAUAGAUGUUUUCAUUACAAAGGCUCUUUGCCUAGCCCGUGAAAGAGAUUUUUUUUUUACUUACACGUCUAGGUAACGUGUUAAGCCAUAUAGGCUUAGUAAUUAAAGUACUUUUUUGUAGCUUCCUUUAAGUUAGCUUUAACAAAGCAUGCGAAAGAAAGAAAGAAAGAAAGAAAGAAAGAAAGAAGGUGUGUGUAACCCUUCUUUGCCACCAAAUUUGUAGUUAAUGGUGGGAAAGGGGGGGGGGAGAUGUAUGACUCAAAAGCAAGGUGAUGUGAAGGAAACCCCCGUCCCUGCAUGUUGGGAACAAUUAAGAUGCAGUCCUUAAGAGCUUGCUAAGCAUAAAUGUUGGGAAAGAGGGGGGCAGGUUUGGAAAGCAAUAGUUGAAAGUCUCACUUUCCCAGGCAAGUUAAAUUCUGUAUAUUCUUCGGAGAGGGUUAUACAAAGCAUGGCCAUGAAAGCAUCCACUUCAUAUUGUGUCCUGUAGAGGAUUUUGAAGAUCCUUUGAGAGUAAUGGCAAGGGAAAUCACUUAAAAUUACUCAUCUUUCUUUGUGGAGUACAACCUGGCGUGGUAGGAAAGGGAGGGGGAAACUGUUGAUUAUUUGCUAGGGGGAGGGGACAGAGAGGGAGACAUGCACGCAUGAAUGAAUGAAUGAAUGCUGAAGCAGAAAUCUCCAUCUUGCUUCCAUGCAAACAUGAACAAAGAUUGGCUCUCCCCCCCCCCCCCGCGCUCUCUAUGUUGUAACUGGCUGUUGCAGACACCCGCAUUAUGUUUCAGAAGGAAGCUUUCAGGUUCAAGGACUGUUAAUGGUUUCUAAUCGCUAGGACGUUCCCUGCAACUCUGAGCUUGCUCUUAAAGAAGAAACAAAAGGGGGGAGGGGUGGAAGCAGGAGGCAAAAAGUUAGUAGGGGUUGCAAGGACUGUUGGGGAAGCUCUGGAAAUUAGUUUCUUGCAUUGUACCCUUGCUUUCUAUGGGAUCCAAACUGCAGGAACACAGCAGGCUUUUCUGAAAUGGUGGUGUUUAUCAAUACAAAGCUCAAAUCGUUAAUCAAAUUUUUCAAGAAAAAGAGUAAGUAAAUGUGGCUUUUAAAUCUGUUUAGAUAUUUUGCAGAAAAGCUAAAUCAUGUUGCACAAAUUUUAAGUAAUGUGCUUUAAUUUAUUGAAUUGCAUAGCAUUUUUACUUUGCCAUACUUUGGAGGGUGUAGAAGCAGUUUCUUUAAAGGAAACUGCUGAGCACCUGCACUUUUUGUUGUUGUAAACUUUUGAAUCCCGAGUCUGCUAAUUUUCUUUGGUCUUCCUGAGAAAAGUAGGGGCCCCUUUCAUGCAAUAAAAUCAUUGCAGAGCUUAAAGCUUUUUUUUAGGUAACUUGAUGCAGGUAGUAGAUUUGUGUGCUGUAAUGUUUAUCCAGCUAAAAUCUUGUUGAGCCCUCGGCUCCACCAACUAUUGUGGACAUUCAGAGCCAGCUACAGGCAGAAACCUCUGUCUGAAUCCUUUGCUUUAUUGCACUGGCGCAAACUUGCAACAAAACAUUUUUUCUACAAACACCCAGAAUGAUUAUUGGAACAGUUUUGAACAGCAAGCUGAUCUUUCUUUAAGUUGCUACCAGUCUGCAUGCAUAUUUUCUGUUAACAACGAUACUCUUCCUCUUGCCCAAAACAAAAUUUGGAGUUAGGAGCCUAGAGUCCUAGGUACUUAUUUGGCGGGGGUGGGGGUGGGGGCUCAAGAUAAUUCUGCAUGUAGCAUCUGUCACCUUCCCUGUAAGUUAUUUCAUCCCUGGCAGUAGUUUAAUACAGCUUUAAUUUUUUCUGGAAGGCUGAGAAUGAUUGCAUUUUCUGUUCAUUAUCUUUAGACUUUGACCUCUGAUUAGGAAGGACAGCAAAGACAGUCCUGUAUCAUGUCAGCAUUAUCUACCUUACCGCAUGAAAUGUUCCUGAUCAUUUUCAGUGUAAUGAAUGUAGGUGCCCAUAAGAGUUCCUCAAGCGCAUCCUGCUGAGGAUGUGCUUGAUGAGUUCCAAGGGCAACAAUGUCAUGUUCAUGCUCUUCAUAAAGGAGGGACUUAGAUAUAGCAUGUAUAUAGCAGGCUUAAAUAAUACAUAAGAACUAGUACAUACAGUUGGCUCACUGUGGCAAAAGGCAAUGAUUUCCCCCCCAUUAUAAAAUGUUUUUGUAUUUACCUGCAUACUUCUUUAGCAUACAGAACUCUUAUUGUGUAGGAGCAUGUUCUGUGACCAUUGUGUGCAGUAGCAGGAGACAUUGACUCAGUCUCGCAAGUGCCUCUCAUCUUGAGAUAUCCUACAUGUGGUUAAGUCCCCCUUACCUGAUAUCUAAAUGUUGAGGGCAUUGCUGGUUUUUUUGAGCAGUUUGGACUUUGCAGAGGUAGUGCUGUUUUAACAAGGCAAAUAAUAAAGUUGAAAAAUCUCUUAAUUCAGGGCAAUAAAGGGAUAUGGUCUCAGUAAUGAGCAACUAAGAGGCAAUGAAAAUCAGGCAAGGGAGUGAGGUAGUGACUACGGUCUUAGGUAAGUUCACAUAAACUUAACAAGUGCUUGGGGUGGGGGAGCAAAGAUGUAAGGUUUGUGCUUGGGAGAGCUAAGAGCAAAGAGAACAACAUGUGGGCUGAAGGCCAAAUACUGCCUGGGGGAUAAUACAGAUCUCCCCUCCUUGACACACUUAUCACUUUCCUUUAUGGCCACCACAGAAAAAGCCAAAAUGCUACUAAAAAAUGACCAUGGUGAUGUGUGCUUUAAUUUGGCAUAGGUAUUUAAAGCAUAUGUGUGCUUUAAUUUGGCAUAGGUAUUUCCAGGUAUUUCUGUUAGGUGGUAUGGGACAAUAUGAGGGUAGAAAGGAAGAACUUCUACAAGAAACCCAAAUGUCAUCUGAAGCAGCAAAAAUGCCACUGUUCUGUUUUUGCAGUUUGCUAUAUAAAUAUAAUAAUGCAACAUUAGGAAUUCAACCCAGGUUACUUACUGCAUUUAGAUUUAGAAAUUGCGGGUGGUAUUCCAACUAAGUGGGAGACCUAUUUAAAUUAAUUAACUGGGGCAUUUUGAGUACCACACCGCACUUUUCUCAGUGUGGUACUCAAAAUGCCCCAGUUAAUUAAUUUUCUACUCAAAUUACAGUAUUAGCAGCAUCCUUUUCGUUUCUCUUCUAAGUCUUUCCUCAUACCUUUAUCAUACAGUUACCCACUAUACACCUUUUUUGUAUAAGCAGGCCACAAGUAAGAACCCAUUAUACAGAUAAGAAACAAAACCUAUAGUAAUUAUCUGGGGUGAUGUUUCACAUUUCGCCACCUGAGGUGAAACAGGAAAGUGUAACCCUACCCUGCUUCCACCAAAGCAUCCCUUCCUUGGGUCAUGUGGCAAUGCACAGCAAGAUAUUGUGAGGUGUGGGCAAGAUCGCGCCAGAAGCUGCCACUGCUGCUUCUCCACUGGUGGGCAGGAGAGCCAUGCACCUCCUUCCCAGAGCCUGGCACCUUUUAACUUGCUUUGGGAAGGCAGUGCAAUGAGUGGAUCUGGGCAUCAAAUUUUGGCCUCCCCCACCCCCAUGAUACAAGGCAGCGUAUGGUCCAUGGGUUCCCUGUUGAAGAACUCUUGUGGCCUACUUGGUAUGAAAAGUUGGGCUGACCUGAACUGAAGUGUCAUUGCUAUGCUGUUGUCAUAAAAAUUGGAUUACUGUUAACAAAGUCUAAAUGGGCUUUGGAAAUUACAGUGGUACCUCGGGUUAAGAACUUAAUUCGUUCCAGAGGUCUGUUCUUAACCUGAAACUGUUCUUAACCUGAGGCACCACUUUAGCUAAUGGAGCCUCCCGCUGCCGCCAUGCCAUCACAGCACGAUUUCUGUUCUCAUCCUGAAGCAAAGUUCUUAACCUGAGGUACUAUUUCUUGGUUAGCGGAGUCUGUAACCUGAAGCGUCUGUAACCUGAAGUACCAUUGUAUUCAGAAACUUCAGUUGGUGCAAAAAGCAAUUAUAAUACUGAUUUAUUACUUUACAGAUCAUUUCAUUCCACUUCUCUUCCAUCUGCACUGGCUUCUAGUUUGUUUCUGAUUACAAUAAAGUUCAGAGUUCUGGUUCUCAUCUAUACAUCCCUAAAUGGAUUGGGAUCAGGAUAUCUGAAGGACCACUGUCUCCCAUGUGAUCCUCCCUCCCAUGCAUUCAGCAUUGGAAGUCCUACUAUGUGUCAUGCUGAGAUCUUUAUAUUUUGUAGAGCUUUCAGUAUGGUCCAGUGUCUUUUAUCCAGUGAUAAAAGCUUUCAGAGAAAAUUAGAAAUGGAAUUGUUUCUGGAAAACUUUGACGUGAAAUUAGAGUAAGUUGCUCCAUGAUUUUUUCCUGAUGCUUCAGAGAGUGAUCUUAAUUUUCAUGUUUAUUUUUCUUGUAUGUGAGAUACAAAGCUAAAAACUUGGAAACUGCCUAAUAAUGAAUCUGCAGUUGACACCCAUUCAUUGUUACUAAUGAACUUACGUAAUGUAAAAUUUUCUGCAGAAAAAUAGAGCACUAAAGUUUCUGCCCAUAGCUGAACGAGGAAUCAAAGCCUGUUGAUGAGCAGGGUUAUUUGCAAUCCUUGUGUGGUGCUUUGAAGUCACUUAUUCUUCUCUUCCCCCCACCCCCAACAACAGACAACCUUUGACAGGCGGGGUAGGAGAGCCCGCCUGUCAAUCACCUCUCCUCAUUAUGACAUCAGAUGAUUGACAGGUGUGUUAUCCUACCCAUCUGCUAAAGAUAGGCCAUGGGGAGGGGGCUGAUAUCUGAUCCGACAGAGCAAAAUUCUCCCCCACUCCUGUUGUAGAGCAUAACUUCAGGUUAAUAGCAGCAUUCCUUUCUAAUUUGACUCUCUCUUAUUUACAGCUGUCUCCAAUCUAGAUGAAGAGAGCAGAUGGACAGUCCAUUACACUGCACCCUGGCAUCAACAAGAGAAUGUGUUUCUACCCACCUCAAGGCCACCCUGUGUAGAGGAUCUGCACCGCCAAGCCAAGCUGAACCUGAAGUCGGUACUAAGAGGUAGGAAGUUGACAAUAAUAACACACCAUAUCAUUACAGAUUUUUUUCUUUAGCAGUAAAACUAUGUGCCUGCUUGCGUCUGCCUGCUUUCGCAUCCCUGUGACCUCUUGUACUUUUAUCAGGGAACUAAACAAGUCAAAGAGGGAAGAAAAUAUCACACCAGUGUUUCAGAUGAUUAUACUCUUCCUGCUGUAACGUGGUCUCCAUAAAACUUAUUUAUGCAACGUGCAGCUCUAGUUGGUUUCAGCCAGACACAAUAAUAUCAUCACAAGUUCCAACUGUAGCUGAAGAGGAGGCUGGAAAAGAAAGCAUGAAGAGCCAUCCUAGAAAUGAGAUUGAACCCAUCCAGCUGAUUACAAGUUUCAGGACAAUCUCUGAUAUAUGGAACAUGUGGAAUCAAACAAAGCAGUUUAAACUUUUGACUUUGAAAUAUUCUGAUUUUAGAGUUCAGGUGUAAAGUGCUGAACAAAUAUAUUAGGUCAGUAAAUAUAUAUUUGUCAGAGUGCAUACUGCUUCUGUCCUUUCUUCUCAAAAAUGUCUGAAAUAUAUUAGUAAAAAUAACUCAAGCUAGGUUAAUCCAAUAACUCAUAAAAAGUAUAAUUGCAUUUAACCUUUGGGUUUUUUUAUUUUAAACCAUACGUUUUGGGUGAUACGGAGGUAUGUUCAAUUGGGCCACAUAGAGGGGGAGAGGUUGCCAAUGACAGCUUCCCUUUGAGGCAAGAUGGCUGAUCAAUAACCAUAGAAACAGUGUAAAAUACAAGAUAAUAGCUAGCUUUUAUGCUUGUUCCUGCUUGCAUAAGGUUUUAAUUUUAAAUUUGCUGCAAUUUCCCAUUUAAUAAAAAUGCACCAGAGGUCGGUUUCAGACCUAUAUAUGUAAAAUUUGCAGGCUCUUUUGUUUUCAGUAAAUAUUGAUUCUCCAUCAUCAGUGCGUUCAUAUAUACCAUUGCUUUUGUUGCUGAAGGGCCCCAGUUUCUGUGGUGAUUCAUUAGUUAUCCCAGCUUAUUGGCGCAUUGGUUUUGUAGACUAAGGUUGGAGAUGCGUUUCUAUACUGUCCUGGUUCCAGACAUAGCUUAGGAAGCAAUGCUUUAAGUGUUUGAAUUAAAUCCCAGAAGACAUCUGGUUAGCAUGUAAAAUAAACAAAUUAAAAGAUAAAUCAGCAGACCUUCCUACAUGUUUCCCUAAUCUUAUACAGAGAAUAACAUCUUAUUGCUCAGGCUUUGUUUUUCCUAUGAUUCAUUGGAUCAAUAUGUUGAUGAGAAAUAUGGGUCAUCCCUCGCUGGUGGUUAAUUUCUGCUGAGAAGAUUACUUGUUUUAUGUAUUAAUCAUAUGUUCAAUUAAUGGCCUGUUAAGCAAAAGGGGACCAUUUAAUAUGAGUAACAGUUUUAGCCCUUGAUUUAUGUUGAUGCUGAGAUGUGAAAUUUAUAUCAAUUCAGAAUAAUGAAAUAAAAGAUAGGCAAGAGGCAGCAUGGUUAAGCUAGGCUGCCUUGUUUCCAAGGGAGAAAAUAAAAUCAAGACUGUUUGCUAGCGCUGGUAGCUAUACCCAUUUAUUCUUUAUGGUUUUUAACUAUUUGAAGCCAUACACAGUUCAUACGCACUUGGCUUUGGAAAAUGUCUGUCUUUCAAAUGCUCUUCUGAAGAAUUGCAAGGAGUCCUAUGCAAUGAAAAUCUUAAAGAAUAUAUUUAUACAUAAUAGUUGCUGGUUCCAUGCUGAGAAAUGGAAUCUAUUGAACUAUAGUUGUGCAUUUAGUCCAAAAGCAUUCUGCUGGCUGUGAAGUAUGUAAGAAAAAAAAUUAACUAGAUUCAAUAGUUGUGAUGUGCACAGUAUUAGAAACUGAGAUUUGAAAGCUAGGUGCUAAAUGGCACCUUAAACCGAAGUUAUGGGCGCAAUAACGGAAUGUCUAGGCACACUUUUUUUUAUAACAAGAAUCCAAAGCUGAAAAUGAAUGAACUGCAGCUAAAAUAUUAUGCUCAUUUUUCACCUUUUUCACCUUUUGUUAAUGGGUUCUAGAGCCAUGGGACCACCAUAGAAAAGGUCUCCUGUGUCAUUCCUGGCAAACUCACUUCCCUAAGUUGGCCUUGGUUGCUAAAAUUAACUUGUGAACCAGAUAAUAUGGAUACAGGUGGCCCUUCAAAAACUGUUUAGUUUAUAAAAUUAACAUUUUGAAUUGGGCUCAAGAGGGCACUGGCAAUCGGUGCAACUGGUAUAAUAAUGGUGUUACAUGGUCCAAAUGACAUGCCCUUGUCAGGACUCUGACAGGUGCAUUUUGAACCAGAUGAAGUUUCAAAGUCAUCUUCAAAGACAGCCCCACAUAGAGCCACAUGGAGGUUUCUUCAGAAAAGACUGCCGUUAAUGUACCAGACAAAGCUGAGAAAAUGUGUUCUGGCCCUCAUGCGGCGUUCAAGAGAGUGGGACUGGUCUUUAAAAUGGAGUGCCACUCCAUCUAGGACUAGCUGUAAACUGUCGUGUACAGGAGAUAACCUCCCAGUUCAUAGUGUCUCCAGUUUGCUUUGCUGUAACCUCUGCUUGCUCACAGUCAUCCGCUUCUGCAUAAUUAUAGUAUGGAAAAAUUUCCUAAGUGGAAAUGUCUGUGCUCUGUAUUCUCUCACCUCACAUGAUAAUAGUUGCUUACAAAAGUACAUGCUUGGAGAGAAUGGCUAGGAGUCUCAAGUAAGCAGAGCAGUAUUGCACAAACUAGUUAUACAUGAAAAGAGCAUCUGUGGUCUGAAAUGAUCUUUGAGGAAAACCUCAGUAAGAUGUUGGACCCUAGUGGUAGAAUGGGAUAAGCUGCUAGUUGUAGCAGCUUACUUGAGGCUCUUACUUCUGUCAAGAGAAAUGGCACGGUUUUGUUUAGUCUUGUAUGCAGUGCAUUUCUGGCUCCUGUCUACUGUUCCUUUUUCUACAAAGAAUAUUUAGAAUGUGUUGGUUUAAAUGUGCAUGCAUUUGUUUUGUUUCAACAACACAGCUGCUGUGUGAUUUUCAUCCCUUGUUCAGCGUCGCAGACAAGCUGAUUGAAUGCUUAAAAUAAAAAAAAAUCCAAAGAUUAGAGAAGAGAAGGAACACCUUGGAAAUCCAAGUUGAAAGUAUAAUACAUUACCAUAUUUAAGCACAUCCUUUAUCUUAUUCUCUCACCAUUCUCUAAAGGAGAAAAUUCAAGGAAAGUGGUUGAAAAGAUGCUAUCAGCAUGACUCAGGGAAUCCAAUAGGCUUUCCAGUGGCAUGAAGCUGAAACAGGCAUUACAAAUGAUAUUUGUUAACAGGCUGUCACUAGGGAGCGCUCAAUGUGAUUAUCUCCAUUUGUCUUGGGCUAAUUUGGAUUUCUACGGGGAUGUAAUCUUAGUACACUUGUGGAUGAUAAAUCGCAAUUGCUUCAGUCAUGCCUGCUUAUCUCUACAUUUUGCAAGCUGAAAGACAGAAAAGAAAGGCCUAUGCCUGACCCUUUUGCUGUUAACCGAAAUAGAUUUUGAAAAAGAAAAUACCCACAAAACUAUUUAUGGCUUUCUGUCCAAGUCAUUUCAUAGAAUCACAGAACUGUAGAGUUGGAAGGGAUCCCAGGGUCAUAUAUGUUGCUAUGCUUGCAUCUUGCUAUGCAAGAAUCUCAACUAAAGCAUCCAUGACAGAUGACCACCCAACCUCUACUUAAAAAUAUCCAAUGAAGGAGAGUCCACCACCUUCCGAGGGAUUCUGUCCUGCUGCCAGCUCUUAUUGUCAGAAAGCUCUUUCUGAUAUUUAGUCAGAAUUUCCUUUCUUGUAACUUGAAUCUGUUAGUUCAAGUCCUAUCCUCCGGAACAGGAGAAGACAAACUUGCUCCAUCUUCCUUUGUGACAGCCCUUUAGAUAUUUGAAGAAGGCCAUCAUAUCUCCUCUCAGUCUCCUCUUUUCCAGGCUAAACAUAGCCAACUCUCUCAACCUUUCCUCAUAAGGUUUGGUUUCUAGACCCUUGAUCAUCAUGUUUGGGCUUGUCAAUAUCCUUCUUAAAUUGUUCUGAGCAGGACCAACCUAACAAUUCUGUUGCAGAUAAUUCUAGAGGAGUGUCUUCCUGUGUGAUGUGAUUUGAAAAAGGAAUCUGCUAUUGGCUGCCACUUUCUCUUCACUUGAAUACAUUUGGGCCAAAAAGGUGGCCAGUGUGUAAGCAGUUGCUUUCAUUGGAAUCUAUUGAAUAAUGCUUGACAGUUUUAGUCUCAAAUGGACAGCACUCUGUGAUAAACCUCUGUGAUAAACCCUCUAUGUUUGAACAGAGAUGAAGAGAUAUUACAUCUGAAAGAUUGUGAUAGUGGUACAAAGAGCUAUUUUGGAAACAGCAGGAACUCUGAUAACCAAAAAGGUGAAUUUCUUCUUAGCCAUGUAGCAGAGUCCUGGCUGCAUGCUUGGUUCUCACAUGUACAUCAAAGUCAGUUAGUUUGCAGAAUAUAUAUAUAUAUAUAUAUAUAUAUAUAUAUAUAUAGUGGUACCUCGGGUUAAGUACUUAAUUCGUUCCGGAGGUCUGUUCUUAACCUGAAACUGUUCUUAACCUGAAGCACCACUUUAGCUAAUGGGGCCUCCUGCUGCUGCCGUGCCGCCAGAGCACGAUUUCUGUUCUCAUCCUGAAGCAAAGUUCUUAACCUGAAGCACUAUUUCUGGGUUAGCGGAGUCUGUAACCUGAAGCAUAUGUAACCCAGGGUACCACUGUAGUUGAGUUAUGCCAUUUGCAUGUAAACUGUUCUGUGGACAACUAAUUUCCUGUUGCCUUUGGGAAUGUAAUGAUGGAAGAAGACUAAGCAUCUCUUAAAAACGUACUUGCCUACUCCAGCUUUCCCGAACUCUUGACUCUAAUGGUUUUGUUUGUAUGCUCCUCUGUUUUAUUUGCAACGUUUUGUUUCAUUUUUUAAAAGGGUUUUCCCCCCGGUAAAUUUUAUUAAAUGUUGUUGCAUUUUUAUUGUUUUUAUGUAAACCUCUUAGGUACACACACACACACACACACACACACACACAGAAGGACAAAAUUGGCAAAAUCAGCUAAAUUCCGUUAAACCAAACAUAUUUCAGUUAAUCUGCUCUGGCAGUACAUCUGUUGGAAUUCCUGACUCAGUAAAAAAAAGUAAAAGGGUUUCCAUUUCCAAAACUACACUGAACUGUAUUAUUGAUAAAGUUCAUGAACCUGCUUUAUAGUCCAUGCUGGCUGUUUUUCAGCAACAGUCCAAAAGCUGCCGUGGUGUUUCUCUCUAGCAUCUUUUUAAAACUAAGCUUGACAUGGAACAGUCCUUGUGAUAACUCCUUUUUGCAGAUGAUAUAAGGGGUUUUUAUCUGCAGAAAUGGGUCCUGUUCCAAGUCAAAUGCCUUCUUGUGUGGCUCAAUGGCUGAUGCUUGCCUUAUUUAGACUGUGAUACAAAAAUAGAACCUUCAUCAGGAUCUAAGUGAGAAUUGUGUUUUAAAGUCCUGUUAUGAUACGGAUAGCUGCAGAAUCUAGUUGUGUUGCCAGCUGGUCUAUUCUUCCAUAGUAUGCAUUGUUGAUAGAUUCUAAAUGUCACUUUCAAAUGUCAUAAUUAAUUUCCAACCCGUCAUAUGGAUCAGUAGGAUACAAUGCGGUCGAGAUGCUUGUAGCUAGGCAGAUUCUAUGCAACAACAGUCCCAUUAGGAACAGAACACAAGCUGCUGGCAGGUCAUAUCAAUUCAAAUGAUAAAACAUAGAAGAAUUUAAAUAUAUUUUAGCAGAGUACUGAUAGGUGUAGACUUCGACAGAUGAGAGGUCCUGAAGACUACCGGGUGCAUGUGCAUUUAUGUUCUGCUACAAUCUACUUGUUCUUUCCUCACCACCACCAUACCCUUAGCUGCUGGCUCUAGCUAGGUUUAAAGUCAAGAGAGGCAGGUCGGAUAAUUCCAGUCUAAGUCAGAUGUCAAGGUAAACGGUGUCACAUCAGUCGUACAACUGCAUAUGUGCACUUUUUCUCUCCUUCAGGCAAUAUGUGAGACCAUCAUCUUUUGGUGGGCAUCUUGGAACAUGAAAUAAGGUGUGAAGUGCGUUUUCUGAGCUGUUCCAUUAUGUCCCCAGAUGGUAUUUGAAGUUGGGCAAGAGCCAGUAUUUGCUUCUUUCAACCUGAAAGACACGGGUGGUGCUGUGGUCCAAACCACUGAGCCUAGGGCUUGCUGAUCAGAAGGUUGGUGGAUUGAAUCCCUCUACGGUGUUAGCUCCCGUUGUUCGGUCCCAGCUCCUGCCCACCUAGCAGUUCAAAAGCACAUCAAAGUGCAAGUAGAUAAAUAGGUACCGCUCUGGCGGCAAGGUAAACGGCAUUUCCGUGCGCUGCUCUGGUUUGCCAGAAGUGACUUAGUCAUGCUGGCCACAUGACCCAGAAGCUGUCUGCAGACAAAUGCCAGCUCCCUCGGCCAGUAAAGUGAGAUGAGCGCCACAACCCCAGAGUAGUCCGCAAUUGGACCUAACGGUCAGGGGUACCUUUACCUUUACCUUUACCUGAAAGAUGGUCUGAAUUAGCAUUUGCAAAUUUAUUUCAUGUAGACUUGGGCCCCCGGGUCUUGUUAGCAAUGUCCCUGGUGAGCAAAACAAGCUUUGAAAUUCCACUGAGAUCUUGUGCUAGAAUGACUGUUGUAUGAAAGAUAGCCUCUGCUUCUAAUUUCUUUCUCCUGAGUCUCAUGAACAGUUAAGCCAAGAAGUCAACCUGAAUUUAGCGAAACUGAUCAUUUCAGGCAUACAAAUGCUUGCCAGUAGGUUUUCAUUCUUUACCUACUUCCGGACAUCUGCCAGAACAAUGACAGCUCCUAUAUGCUGUUCUACCUUUUUCUUUUUUUCUAGUCUGGAUGCUGCCCCCCCAUCCGGCCACUUGGAAUCAGUUCCAUACAGAUCCAUCUGCUUUGCUUAUCAGUGUGCCAGCAGAAAUUACUAAGUGCCAGCUGGCUUUUUAGUUCUGGACUUACACCAGUCUGGAAUUCUAGUGAAAUUGUUUCUUUAUUGAGAUAAAGGGGAAGAAAUGUGAUUUGUGGUUUUCAGAGAAAUAAAAUAGUAAACUGCUUGGUUUUAUAUGAAGGACAAUGUAUAAAUGAAAUAUUCAGACCAUGGACAUAUAUGCCGCCUUUACACAUAUAAAAUUCUGGAAGGAACUGAAUCUGCCCAAAUGUCUUUCCAAAAACUACCCAGUUCUUUAAUAAGUAGCCUCCUCCUUCGGGGUGGGGGAGGGUGAGCAACACACUAGGGAUAGUACAGUCAUACCUUGUGUUGUGUUAGGUUCAUGUUGCGUCUUUUUGGCUUGCGAACACAGCAAACCCGGAAGUGUAUACUUCCGGGUUUCGUCACACGCGCAGAAGCGUUCUGCACGCUUCGUGCAUGUGCAGACGCGUUCUGCGUGCUUCACACAUGCGCAGAAGCGCUCUAUAGCACGCACUCUGCGCUUGCACAGAAGCGCUGCUCUAGUUGCGGACUUUUUGGGGUGCAAACGGCACCCCAGAACAGAUCCUGUUUGCAACUAGAGGUACGACUGUAUUCAACUAAAUUUUACUCAGAGUAGCCCCACUGAAAUUAAUGGCCCUAGCAUAGUGAUGUUCAUUAAGUUUGAUAGGUCUACUCUCAGUAGCACUUAGUUGAAUACUGUGUUAGGCUUGUCAAAAUGUUAUUCUUUGAGUUGUUCUUGGAAACCUAAAUAAUAUCUCCAUGAUCUUUAUGCUACAGAAAGGUCCUGUCUGUUUUGUUUUUGCCCUGCUUUGUCUUUGUUUUGUUUUUAAUGAUGCCAACAUGCAGAUUUUUAAAGGCAACAGCUUCUAAGCUCUGCAAUAGAGAGGGUUGUUUGAAAGGGAAUCCUGUGAUCUGCUGCAUAACACAAAAAAGUUUAAGUGUGUGUGUGUGUGUGUGUAGGUGUUCAGGAGCCCUUGAACCAGUGCAGCUAAGGUGUGCCAAAUCAAAUGUUGCAUAGGUGUAGCACCACAUACCUGCUUCGCAGACACCCACAACCAGCAGUGAUGUAACUUGGUCUGAUCGGUGCAGUCACAUGCACAGGGCCGGAUCAUGUGUCGUUUCUAAUUUUCCCACAUACAUGAUUGCUACAACUCACAAGGCACAAAAUGUGCUACAACCCACAAGGCACUACAUGGCUACAGGUGUGCAUAAAGAGGACCUAAAAGAAUACCUUAGAUUAUGCUCUAACAUACUUAACUAGGGACGCAGCUGCCGCUGUGGGAUAACCACAGAGCCUAGGACUUGCCGAUCAGAUGGUCGGUGGUUCGAAUCUCUGCAAUGGGGUGAGCUCCCAUUGCUCGGUCUCUGCUCCUGCCAACCUAGCAGUUCGAAAGCACGUAAAAGUGCAAGUAGAUAAAUAGGUACCGCUCCGGCGGGAAGGUAAACGGCAUUUCCGUGCGCUGCUCUGGUUCGCCAGAAGCAGCUUAGUCAUGCUGGCUACAUGACCUGGAAGCUGUACGCCUGCUCCCUCAGCCAAUAAAGCGAGAUGAGCGCUGCAACCCCAGAGUUGGCCACGACUGGACCUAAUGGUCAGGGGUCCCUUUAACUUUACCUUUAUACUUAACUAGUAUACAGAUAAUAAAUGUAAUAUAUCAAGUGUUUUGUAAGGGCUAGUGAAUUUUCUCAGUUAGCCUGAAUUUAGACAAGCAGAAAUCAUACCUUAAGAAAAGAAAGUCAGUAUGACUUUUAAUAGCUGCCUUUUUGCUUUUGUUAGGUGGCCAUACAGCCUCUGGCAUCCUUUAUUAUAAUAAUCGUAAUCUUGUAAAAGAUUCUUUUUGCUAAGAUAUUCUGUAUCACUUGCUAUAUGCUGUCUUUAUUUAACAAAAGAUUACUUUGAAGUCUAGAAACCUGCUGACUUUUUUGCAAGAACGUCUCAAGUUUUCUGUAUCGUUUUAAGAGAUAAGUAACCAUGUAACAUGAUUUCAGGAGAUGAGAAAACAAAAACCUGGUUAUCUGCCAUAAUCUUGCACUUCUGAAUUUAAUCAUGAAGUUUGGCAUUAUACUCUAUUCAGAGCACUGUAAUUAAAAACUCUCUUUGUUACAUGGAAUUCUAUUCCUGAUCUCAACAAAAAAAGAGCUUUCGGUUUGUAGAUAUAGAUGUAUAGCAUGUUUUAAUUUGUUUUUCUUCACCAGUGAUUUCUUGCUUUUGGGGAAAGCUAUGGAACUAGGUAAUAGAGUUGCUGAAUAAAUGUAAUUACAGAAAUAUUGGGUCUGAGUUUGUUAGACUUCAGGUUCUUGUAAGAGCAAAACUUUCUGGAAAGCCAAAGGAUAUAUCUGUUUCCAGGAUAUACUUCUAUUCAGCCAUUUCUUACAGAAAAUUUAUUUUGAAAUAUAAUAUUGAUAUUCUUAUAUGGUAGUUGUGUGCUUUUGUAGAGGAAAUAUCACAAUGUGCAUUCCAUUAAUUACUUAAUGCCAAAAUGGGUUUCUAAGCAGUUUAUGAUGUAUAAAAAUCAAUUAAACAUUAAAAUAUCAGCAUCCAUUACUAAAAUCCACAAAGUAAUAAUUUUGUUAAAACAAUACAGCAAUUAAGGGAGGAGACUAAGAUCAAGAGUAUAUUCUGAGUUAUUUCCUCAUAGGAUUACUUUACAUAUCAUCUUUAUUCUUCUUUGUACUUGUUCCAUUUAGUUGAUACCUUUCUGCAAGUGUGAAUGGAAGAACUGGCUCAUACUGCUGGAUGUGUAAUUCAGAUUAAAUAUUAUGAAUUAAAACAAGAAAAAAAUUAUUUCAUUCACAAGGUUUUUUUUUAAUAAAAGUAGUGCACCUUAGUACACUUUUAUAUAUUUUAUAAAUAUAUAAAAACCUUGUUUAAACUAUUCAGAAUAUGUGUAUGUAUGAAUCAUGGUGGCUUCAUGAUAUGAUCUGUAUUUUACAGAUAAAAUUUAAUUUCUUGAAAAUUGAUGCUUAAUAUAUUUUUUCACUCUGUGCUCAUGACAGAUUUUCUGGAAAGGUAAAAGUAACAGUUGGACUAGGCAGCUUAGCAUGUUCAUCCACAUCUUGAAGAUUUCAUUUUUCCCUUAUGUUCCAGCGUCUGUUGCUCUUUAGCUGUAUUUCAUUGAAUAUCAAUUAAGGAAGAAGACAGGGCUUGGGAAACAGCUACAGUAAUGAUAAGGAUUUUUAUCUAAUUUUAAAUUCAGGGCAUGUUGUUUGGAAGUUUCAUGGAACUAUUAUUUCAGUUUAAUCAGUUUCUCAGCAAUUCCUAUUUAUUCUGAAGAAGGCCGAGGAUUGUUAUUUUGAUAAGUGUUUUGUUCUCCAUUGGGGGGAAAUGUUAGUUUUCUUCACCCCAUGGAAGGAGGUUAGCUUAGUAGUCUUUGCCAAAGCUGCUUAGCAGAUGGUGAUUGUGUAGUGAGCAACAUCCCUACUCAGAUUUAAAGCAUUUUAUGGGGGUCUACCAGACUGGUGAAUAAGACCCCUAUCGGUAGUGUUCCUCUCUCCCUAUAUCUCGUGUUUCUAGCAAUCUUCCACCUAAAUGGUUCAGUAGACAGCCAUCUGUCAAUCUAGACCACAGUUUGUCCAUUUCUCUCCAUCAAUUUUGACAACUUCUGUUUUGAAAUAAGUAAAUGCACACGUGCCUUUUAGUAUAGCACAUUCCCUGUUACCCUGUGUAAAGUAAAUAUCGUUUUACCUUCUAAAUUGUUCAAAGAAAAACAGAGUUUGGGUUCGUACUGUGUUUCCUUAAGUCUCUUUUUCACAAAGUGAUAUAAAUGUCUACUGAUGACAUGCAAUAUAUUAACGUUUGAUAGUUUUGAAUCUAGGACUACUUUAUAGUCUAGAAACUAUAGAUAAUUACAUUUUGGAGUAGAGAGAUGCAUGGGUAACAAUGGAGAGGUCACACUUUAAGACUUACCAUAUUUUUCGCUCUAUAGGACACACCCGACCAUAGGACGCACCUUGUUUUAGAGGGGGUGAAGAAGAAAAAAAAUUCUCCCCCUCUCUGCGCAGUGCCCCUUCAGUGAAGCGGCAGGAGAAAUGGAGCCCCUUCCAUUUCUCCUCCUGCUUAGCUGAAGGGGCGCUGCGCCUUAGCUGAAGGGGCACCUACCCUUCAGCAAAAGGAAACCAAAGCCUCCGGAGCGCAGCAGGAACUCCCACCGCGCUCUGGAGGCUUCAGGUGGCUAUCUGGAGAGCGAGAGGGGUCGGUGCGCACCGACCCCUCUCACUCUCCAGAUAGCCUCAGGUUCCUUUCGCUGAAGCCUGGAGAGCAAGACUCUCCUGGCUUCAGCAAAAGGAACUCAAAGCCUCUGGAGCGCAGCAGGACCUGAAAGUGUGUGCCUGGUGGAAACUCUGAAUCCAGAGUUAGAUUUGAAGAUGUUGUCGGGGAGAUAAAAUACAUUCAUUCAUCCUCAGGACUGGAAAAAAGACAGGAUUUAUUAAAAUAGCAAAACAUAAUCAUAGAACCAUAGAUCUGUAGAGUUGGAAGGGACUAUGAAGUCAUCUAUUCCAACAUCCUGCACUGUAGGAAUCCUUUGCCCAACAUGAGGCUCAAACCCACAACCUUGAGAUACACAGUUUCCUGUUCUACUAACUGAGCUAUCCCAGCCAUUAGUUGAUUUAUGGGAUUUACUUUGGACAAAAGUCCUUUUCUAUUCUUGAAGCAGAAUUAUGGUCACAUUUUUUCUUUUUCCUUUUGGCAAAGAAUAUAAGGCUGUGGUAGCUGGUUGUGUGUUUUGGUCUCACACCACUUUGUGCCAGUUCUCUUGGGAACUUUGUCACCUUUUUAGCUGAAUGUGUCCCAAACAUUGGUGGGUGGAUGAAGUUGUAUACAAAUGAAUAAAUUUGACACUGGCACAAUUUCACCCUUUUGCUUUAGUCUGCAUAUGUUGGUUUGUUGAGGCCCAUUUUCCACCAGGGAGGGGCAGUUGGCCAGGGGCCACAUACCUAUAUGAUAGGUGGAGACAGAGCUGAAGAUAGGAGCAUAAGGAACUGCCUUUCAUGGAGUCAGACCAUGUAGCUCAGUGUUUACUGAAUGGCAAUGGUUCACCAAGGUUUCAGAUUAGGGAUAUUCCCAGCUCUACUUGGAGAUAUGUACCAUGAAUUGAAUUUAGGACCUAUGAAUUUGGGAACUUGAGGUAUGACCCUUUCUGAAGAUGCAUGUACUAAAGUUGAAAGUGGAAAGCAGGAUAUAGAAUACCCUGCUUCAUUUUUCAUCACGGCUACCUCAAAUUAGAAUGCCAACUCCUAUGCAGAUUUACUCAGAAGGAAGCUCACUGGGUUUGAAUGGGUUAAUCUCAAAUAAGCAUACAGAUGCAGGGAACAGAUGAAUACAACUACUGUUCUGGAAAGCAGGCAAAUCUAAUUCCUUUCUGACUUAGGCUUCUGCCAUGAGCUAGCAUCCAGUCAGUUUGUUUCGAGACAGUGGGAGUUGGGAAUGGAACUUCUUUCCCCAAACCAUACAAUCAGAAAUAAAGUUUUAAAAUUUGAAUAUAAUAUUGCUCCUUUGAAAGGAGGAGAAAAUACUUUAAAAGGCCAGGAAUAGUGCAGCCAUAGGAGGUUUUAGGGGUUGCAUGAAUUGAGUUUGGGUACCACAUGUUGCCUGCAAGCUGCCUACCUUGGUAUCUAGCAACCAAAACACUAAUGUUUAUUUUUUAUUUUUUUUCCUUUCCAUGAUGUAUAGAAUGUGACAAGCUGCGAAGGGAUGGCUAUCGAAGUUCUCAAUACUAUUCUCAGGGCCCAACUUUCUCAUCUUCUUCCAGUGCAAUCUGCGGAAGUCACCACGAUGACUAUGAAGAAAUUGAACAAAAGGUGAGGUACCAAGCACGCUAGGAAAUAAUGUAGUAUAAUGCACAUAUAAGCCAAAAUUAAAUCAACAUAAAACUAUAGAAGUGCAAAAUAGAACUGUGCAAAAUAUUUAGAAAAUAUGGGCCUUUAAAGCUAUGCUGUUUUUAAAAACACCACCUAUAGUGUGGUUCAACUCAAAGAAGAAAAUUGCAAUGCAAACAUCUCUGGCAGGCAGAAGUACAGAUUUUGAAACCGGUUAUAUUAGUGUUUGCUGCUUUCAUGAGCAAAUAGAAAAUAAAGCCAUUAUCACUUUGUGAACACUAGCUUUGGUUUUUUUUGUUUUUUAAAGUGUUCAGAGUUCACCUUACAUUUUAUUUCAGGUAAUCCAAGCAAGCUUGAUGUGUUCAAAGUGGACUUAGUGCAAUUAGGUUCUCUGGAAGGAAAUAAACGUUGCACUAUGUCAGAUGUUUUGUCGGUGCAAGCAUUGCAGCUUGCCAGAUGGAGCGUUCCCCACUCUCUCUCCUUUCCCCAUGCCUUAUUCUGGGGGUUCUCCUGCCCCUGCACCAAUUUCAGGGACCUGAGAGGGAGGAAAACCAGAGUGUGCAGGCAAAAGUCCUUGUGUGAGCUUCCCCUGACAGAACUCAUUAGCUGAAUCCUUCCCUCUGUUCUAAUUGUGCAUUUGUUUCUUCAUUGUGAUUUCUGUAUAGUAUCCACUUGAGUAAUACUUGCCCCUUGUACAGGAAUCUGUUAUGUGCACUGUGUUUCACAGCUAUCAACUCCUUAUCCACCAUCUUCUUUCCUUUCUCAGGAUCAGCUAUGAACUCAUAGCAUAUGUAUGUGCUCAACCACUCAACCACUGGCCGUGUUCUCAUACAUGUGUGUACAAUAUAUAAUAAUACUUACCUACCUUAAAGGGUUAUUGCAAAGAUACUGAAAUCCUUGAACAGUAAAGACAGCACUGUUUGGAUGGGAAGUUGUUGUGGUUUGCACCCUUCUAGCUCAUUUAAUCUUGAAGUUAAAGGCUGCAUAAUGAUACUUAAAAAAUUAACAAACACAGAUGUGAUACAUUUUCCAAUAGCCUCCUCACUCCACUCCUUCCCUGUUGGUCUUCAACCAUGAAUGUGUGCACUUCAAUAUCCCACCUUGAGAGGGUGGGAUUCAUGCAUGAAGAUCUUGAGAUGGUAUUAUUUCUUUCAAGUAAAUGUAUUUAGAGCUACGUUGGUUUAAAUCCAAAAAAAUUAUCUUAGCUAGUUUUUGGACUAUGAUUUUUUUAGUAUUUAUAACAGAAAAUAUAGUGCAAUGUCCUCAGCGAGUCAGUAUUUCUUAACAGUCCUGCAAUUUUGUUCCUGUGUAGGAGAAAUUAUUAUAUAUGUGUUAUUUGCACAAUCAGUGAAAUAUUAAAAUUGACUCAAUAAGUGGCAUUAUGAGGAGUUUAUAGAACUGCUGAGGGCUAAUUUAUAGUGAAAUACUACCUAAUUUUCCUUGAAAACUGCCUUCCCAUAAAAAUUAGAGUGAUAUUCCACUUUUCUUUAUUUUGAUAUGGUAUGUACUGGUGGAUAUCAGUCCUCAGUGAAAGACACAGUGAGAUGUACUGUUGGGUGAGGCUGUUGUUAUGGUCCCUCUAGAACUAAUAUUGUGGAGAAGGUGGGAAGCCUGAAGCUGAGGGAGGUUUUGCAGAGAAGUAACUUGGUAUCUGAGAAUAUUUGUUCAAAAAACAGCAAUAAUAUAUUUAGGAGAAGUGUUAGCCUCAAGAGUGGGAGAAGGGAGGUUCCUUCCUUCUCUGUGGCUCCUUCCUGAGAUGGUCCCAGAAGGGGGUCUUUCAGGGUUCUUGUUGCCCCAGAACUUCAAAGGAAGGGAGAAAUGAGCAUUUGAUGUAAAAGUCUAAUGUGCAGUCCCUUUGCAACUCCAGAUCAGGAUGCAGAUGGUAUGAAGUACAUCUACUUGGGACCCUAGAAAUUUUCUGGAAAUCAGAUCAGAUGGUUAAUAUGACUGACUUCAUGCAUAUUCCUGUAAUUUGGUUCAUACUGCCCACAGAUACUUCUGUGGGGACAGUUUGGGGUGGAGCCAUCUUUUUAAUGUGAUAAAUGGCCCUAAUUCAAGGCAGCAUUUCUGACAUCCUGUACUGAAGCAUAUUUCCCUAUUGUGAGUCCACAGAAUUGGCUGGUUUUUGUUUUUGUUUUAUUAUUAUUAUUAUUAUUAAAAAACCCUUUGAUUAAAACACGUCAAACUAGUAUGAUAUUUUCUCUCUCUCUUCAUCACUUAAGCAUGUUUUCCUUGCAUGGAAAAUUGAUGUCUUCGGAUAGCAACUCCUCUCUGCUUUCUGAAAUUAUGUUUAUCUUGUUGCUAUGUUUACUGUGUCUGUUGUGUCUUUUCAUGUGUGUGUGUUUUUCAUUCUCUUUUCUUUGCCACUCAUUCACUUUCUUUUUUCUCUCAUUCAACAGUCUAGUCUGUUAGACUGCCUCCCUCAGUCUUGCCUUAGUGCCUGCUGUUGUUUGAUUCCAUGGAAGAUCAAGGUAUCUGGCUCCAAAAUGGGAUCAUCCAGCUGUUAUGUAUAUAUACAGCUUGAUGUUAUUGUGAUGCUAGAAUAUUCUCAAAUCCUAUUUUUAAAUUUUCACCUAUUGUUGGUUUCACUUUUUCAAGAUAAAUCUUGCACUAACAUUGUGUACUUCUAUCCUUAUCUCAGUAGUUGUCAAUCUAGAACCCUCAGUUUGUAUAUUUAAUGGACUAACUCCUUUUUUGCUGCUCAUACUUUGUUAAUGUUUUCUGUUCUCUGUGAAUAGUUACUAACUUUACAAACUGUUUAAAUGUUCCUGUAAUUUGGAUUGUUGUGCUGUUUUACAAUAAUUUAUUCCAAAUCAAACAAACUAUAUAUUGAUAUAUAUAUGAAAUGGAAAACAAAACAACUUCGCAUUGAAUCCGAGAGUGAAUGUGAGUGUCUGUUAGGUUCCUCUUAACUCACACGUUUUAUGACACGGGGUGGCUACUUUCUAGUUCAAGAGCCUAAUCCAGCCCCCCCUCCAUUUUUGUCUGCCCCUCAAGACUCCAUCAACUUUUUCAAUGGUUGCAAAUGUAAACUUUUUUGAAAAGUAAACACAGCAUUUGGAUGAAUGGCAUCCAGGGUCUAGAUGGGGAUGCAAGUUUUCCCCAUUCUGAUAAUGAGAUUUAUCAUUUGAUGAGUGGGAAGUGGAUGAUAAUCCCUGUUUACUGGCUUCAGCAACCAAAAUGCCACUAAUCUCAUUUCUGAACAUUCCUUUUCCAAUCCUUACUAUAUGCUUUCCUCUACUGAAAACAAAUAAUGUUUUUGUUCCACUGUGUUCUGUUCAGAGAUCAUGUAGAAAACCAGAAAUCUCAGGUGACAAUCUUAAAAGAUCAGUUUACUGAAAUGAAACCUGAAACUUUGAAUAACUGCUAUUAUAUUUAUUGAGCAAUCCAACCAUCUCAGUAUAACACUGGGAAAAAUAAUAUUUAGUAAUACAACUAAGCAUGAAAACCAAACUGUGCUACUCUUUGUAAUACAUAAGAAUAAUAUUAAUUUCACUUCCUAUUCAUUCUCAUUCUCAUUCCUUUCCUUCUAACACUAAUCUUUGGACUGAGUUUUAAACCACCACAAAUCUGCAUACUAUUUGGUUUCUUUAUUAUAGGCUUUGUUGGAGCAAUGAAUUCAGGUUGCUGCUUAUUCUGAAGAGUUGUUAUUUCCUUUGGGACUUGUGCCUGCCUUUGAAAUAGUCAUUUAAGAACAUAUUGUUACACACCACCCCAGUCUUCACAGCAGUGCAAGAUUCCAGGGGUUACAGCAGAGACUGUGGUGUCUUUAUGAUAUAUGGUUCAUUUACAACCUGAACCUACAAUGGAGGGACUCCCAGGAUUACACUCCAAAGUGGGUCCUGUUCCUCCCAUGGGUGUAACGUUGGAUUCAAACUGCCCACCCCAUUCUGCUCUGACCCACACUUUCCAGCUUUCAAACUGCUUUCUAAAUGCAGCUAUUUUCCCUUCAGCUUACAUCACCGCCCACUGCAGUUGUGAAACUUCCUCCUCACCACUCUCGCAUUGUCUUUUGCUAACUACCCAGAGUUCAGACUGGGGGGUUCACCCCUCUCCAUGACUUUCUUGAUGAGUCAUCAUUCUGUUUUUGCUUCUUAAUGACUAGGCCAUUCACAGGCUCACCUAGCUAUUUUGAUAUAAAUCCAAGCACCCAAAAACUCUGAUACCCAAAGACCUAUAACAAUAUUCAAAGAGCGGAUUCUUCAUUCCCAGCUGUUUGUUGGGGAAUACAGCCAGAACACAGGAACUCUCUGGGGCAAAAGUAGGGACUGUGGCUGGGGGGGGGGGGCGCAUCGUGGGAUGCAUCCAUUGCAAGAAGUUAGUACAGCCAUACCUUGGUUCUCAAGCGCCUUGGUACUUGUACGUUUUGGCUCCUGAACGCCAAAAACCCGGAAGUAAGUGUUUCAGUUUUCGAACAUUUUUUGGAAGUCGAACAUCCGACGUGGCUUCCUCUUGAGUGCUGAAAGCUCCCGCAGCCAAUCGGAAGCUACACCUUGGUUUUCAAACACUUUUGGAAGUUGAAUGGACUUCCGGAACGGAUUAUGUUUGAGAACCAAGGUACAAGUAUAUUGCACAUGCACACCUUUCAGAAAUGCAUAGGUCUUAGAAAUUCCAGAGCCAAUGUUUUCAGGAUGUUGACUGGUAGAUAGUGUCAAAGCCCUAGCUCAGCUGCUCCAACCAUAAACAUCUACAAUUUUAUGAUUCUGUAAUUAAUUUCACCCUUCGCUGAGAUACUUUUAAAAGGUUGUUUUCCAUCAGGGCUGAGAACAGGGCCAGGUGUGAGUAGUUUCCCCCCACCAAGCAAUCCCAGGACCUGGAGGAUUUUUUAAUGCAUUAAAGCAGGCUUUGCCAACCUGGUGUCCUUCAGAUGUUUUGGUCUACAACUCUCAUCAGCCCCAGUCAGCACAGCCAUUUGGUUGGGGCUUAUGGGAGUUCUAGACCAAAACAUCUGGAGAGCAUCCAGCUGUGCACAAGAGAAGGAAACAAUUGCUGCUUGGGUUGUAUCAAAAUGUUUGUAUGCACUAAAACUUGACCAACAUAUGGACAGUGUUUUGUCAGAGUAGCUGAUCUGACUAUUUAAAUCAGGCAUAGGCGAACCCGGCCCUCCAGAUGGUUUGGGACUACAACUUCCAUCAUCCCAGACCACUGGUCCUGUUAGCUAGGGAUGAUGGGAGUUGAAGUCCCAAAACGUCUGGAGGGCCUAGUUUGCCUAUGCCUGAUUUAAAUGGUCUAUUAUUUAUUGGCCAUUGGAUCAGCUGAUUUAUUUUCCCAUGUGUCGAAAUUGUGAAUUUUGUUUGUUUUGUAUAACAAGGAUUCAGAUAUAAAUUUCCCUGUCUGCCUAUGUGUGUGAUUUGUUUUGCCUCAUGCCUCACAAUUGCUUUUAAAAUAUGCUUUAUUUGCAGUUUCCUUGAAAAAGAAGGAAAGUUUAUAUAACAUAAAUGUAUACUAUAUGUAUACAUUUAUGUCUCUGUCUCUUGUCAUGUUCGAAGAGCCCCUGGUGACUGGCUAAUGGCAGCUGGGUUUCCUAAUACAAUACACUGGGUCAACAUAACAUGACAGUUAUUCAUUUUGACAAUGUCAACCAACCAGAUAAAAAGUAGGUUACUGGGGCUUAUCACACAGCACCAUGCUUGAAGUAUUACUCCCUUGGCACCUGAGCCUAGAGUAAGCCUUUUUCCAUGUGUAAUAGUAAGAUAAACAAAAGCCACACACUAAUGAACCAUCAUUUUGGUUUGCAUUUCUAUCUCUGUGACUCAGACCUUUUAAAAACUGAUUUGGUGGAGUCACACUUGCAAAUUUCCCCUUUGUACAAAGGAAGAAGAUGGCACAGAAGGUUUCUUAUCCUAAUACUAAGGUCAGGGAUACCAAAAGAGGGGCCAUUUUCCCUAAGAUUUGGUCAUUGCAUUGAAGAAGCUCUUCUGACAUUUCAGUUGUAAAUAUUUUACAAGAUUUGUAAAUCCGUUCUUUCAUAUUUGGGAUUUUUAAAAAUCCCAUCAAAGUAGCCCUAGAGCAUAUUUUUAAAGUGUUUGGACAACUAGAAGCACUGUAUUUUAUAGCACUGUUAAAAUUCCUACUGAAAAUAGUAGAGUUCUUGGUAUACCAUUAAGAGACCAGUAUUACUUCCUAUGUUUUAUACGUAAAUUUAGUAUAUGGUUCUGCAUAAUGUCCCUUUUUUUCCAAUGAGAAAAAGAGUUAUGUAAAAGUUUAAUAAUUAGAUUUUAUGCAUGUUUACUCAUAAGUAUUCUGUAGUCAGUAGUACUUACUCCCAGGUAAGUGUGCAUAGGAUUGCUUGUCACAUUGAAUUCAAUUCCUUAACAUGUGCUUAAUUGGGUUAUACGUUUAUGGAUUUUUUAAAAAAACCUUAUUGGAUGUUGGAUGAAAUCAGUUCAGUAUUUGUAAUUACUGCUAAAGAGGAUGUACAAACCUUUCCUCAUGUACAAAUUGGAACAAGGUCUAAUUCAUAUUUUGCUAGAUGUAGCCAAGGCAAAAGCAUCACAACUAUUUUGAAUGCUUUAAUUUAUAUUUGAAAGAUAAAGAAGUAAGAUAAAUAUAUUUGCACUGAAUUUACAGUGUACUUUUUUUUAAUAGUGUUCGACCCCUUCUCCUGAGGAGGAGAAGCUUAUUAGCAUCAAGAGACCCAAAACGCCAGUUUCAAAUGAAUUCUCUGAUAUCAACACUCAAACAAAUUGGACCAAAUCACUUCCAUUGCCAACCCCGGAGGAGAAAAUGCGACAGCAGGCUCAAGCAGUCCAAACUGAUGUUAUACCCAUUAACGUAACUGGUAGGCUUUUAAUUUUGUUUCUGUGUGGUGAGAAAGAGCAAGGGAUCUCAGUUCGUUAUUGGUUUUUAUUUUGUCUGAAAAUACGUUUUGCAAACCGUUGUUCAAAAUUUAUUUGAAAUACUGAUGAAACUUAAAAUGAGAGGCUGAUUAGAUUGAAAGUACUGGUUAAAUUACUACCCCACUUUUCAAGAGCAGGGUUCUUUGCAGGAAUUAUGAAGAAUAUCGGUAAGAGCACACAUUCAGCCUUAGAUCUUAAGCUUAGUGGGUCCCCAACAAAAGGAUUAUUGUGGCAUGGUCAAAUAUAUACUGAGAUUUCAAAAGAGCACAAAACCCAAUAUGUUUUCUACAAUAACUUUCUCUUAUGAUUUUAGGAUCUCUCUGCUUUUCAAACUAUGAAUAAUAUUGAGAAACUUGCCCAAGCCAGCAGAUUCACAUGCUCAUCUGUGGCAAAAAAAAUUGUUGUAUGGAAUAUUCUUCAGGACCUUUGAGAUGAAACCUAUGUUAACCUCUUUCUCGGUCACAACGAAAUGCGCUGUGUUAGCUUCAAAGAUGAAAUGUUCAUAUUAGAAAUGGUUUGCUGCUAUACUAAGCUUAAAAGGUUUCAGAAAGCCUUAGAUAGGAUCCACUUACAGUAUGUGAAUAUCCGCCUCUUUUGUACAAUGACUGUACUUCAGUUAUCCACUGGAGGAGGAAAGUGAAAUGCAGAACUGUACUCCUGUUCCAUUAACAAAGAAGAUUUGUCUUUCUCCUGCAGCAUGGUUGUUCUUCACUGGUGCAAAAAGGACCCCAAGGGCCAUGGCACAAUUACUAAAUUACAACCGCAUUGCCACAUUCCAGCUGGUCUGAGGCACAAGAAGUUAACUUCAGUUAAGCUGCAUAGACUUCCAUUGUGCUUUAGGCUUUCAAUUAGAUAUUUUUGAUUACAUUGUUAAGGCAGCUGACUUUAUUUCAUUAAUAAUCACUUAACUUGGGCACGCCUUUCCCCUAUGUGAUUGCUAAUAACCACUUAGCGCUGGCAUCCAUCUUAUUUUAGCAAGAUUUUCAGUAUAAAACAGUUGUCUGGGAUAAAUAAGAAGCUCGUGAAAGUAAUUAGAAAUGCAAAAUGAAAAGAUAUUAUUGAUUGCCACAACUUAAAAGAGAAAUGGUUUUGCGCAUUUAAUUCAUUACACAAAUGAAUAAACUGGGGUUCCUCCCAGUCCAAGUUGCUGCCUUUCAAUUGCAUAGAUGUUAAAAGACAGAGAAAUAAUCAGUAUGCUUAAUCAUAAGAGCGUAGUAUAUUUAGAAAAGUAUGCAGUUUAAUCUUGUUUAACUCUCAAAGUAUGUAAAAACAAAAGGUUGGUCAUGAGAUGGGUUAAAGGUGGGCAAUUCAAUGGCUAUACUGAAGCUGAGCCAUAUUGCUUUACACUUUAGAAACUGAGGUUGCAUUGUGAGCUCAAUUGAACACAGUGUGACUUCCUUUUGAAUGAAUAUCUGUAAGACAAGAUUUGCAGUGAAAUAUCCUCUUUGAUAUGUACUUUGUUGGGAGAGGAAAAGGGGGAAAAUACAUUUUAGUUCUAACCAUAUCUUUAAAUUGAUGUAAGCGCUAGAAAUCAUGUAUUUGUAUACUUUCUUCUCCCCUCUCAUUUUUUUGAAAUGGCAAGGUAAUAUUUUUGGCUGUCUAAACCAGCAGUAGUAGAUUGGGCUAUUCACCACAAUAAAAUAUUGAUGUGUCUGAAAUAAAAUAUUAACCCUAGAUGUGCUUUUUAAUAAAUCAAGCUCCUUUUUAAAAAGAUUAAUUAAUAAUGAACACAGCCCACAACCUUUCACUUGGCUGCACAACAGAUGAGACCUGCUUUGGUUUCAUUUGGCAGCGCUCUUUCAGUCGGACAGAUUGUAGUACUGUAAAUCUGGCGAGUAACCUGAAGGUGCUGGGGCAUUGCAUUAAUCUGAAAAGCUGCUGACUGGCUAUCCAUGUUUGGGAGUGGAAUUAGUUUCUUGGGUCAUCAGGAGCUGAGCUUGCUCUGGAAGGGAAAGACUCAAAGUUUUAGUCUUUAAAAAGCAUAUGCUGCCAAUCUAUUGAACACCAUGCUCUAAUUGUUAAUCCAGGAACAGGUGGCGUCGUCGGGUGUGGGUCUUACCCAGAUACAAAGGAAGAUAAUAGGAGCUGGUGCGCAUCAAAGUCAUAAAUAAAAGAUAAAGGGCUUCAUUCUGCAAAUUACUGAAACACAGACUUACGUACCAUUGACUUCAUUGGGCUGUUCCUUGAUGAACAAGAUAAAUUUAGGCAAGUUGCAUAAAUUGAAUUGUGGCCAGAGAAGGCUACUGAAAAGGUUGUUUUUUAAAAAAACAAACACAGCAAAAAACAAACAAGCAAAAAUUAAAUACAGGUUUAUUUUUAAAAACUAAAACUUUCAACCAGUUUUUGCACACAAGUUUCCUAACAGGUUUUAUUUGAUUUUGGAUGAAUACAGACAGUUGUUUACCAAGUGGUAACUUCGCAAAGUAUGUACGCAGAAACUUGGUAAACCACUUACCUGUAGCAACCUGCUAAAUGGUGAGGAUAACUUUUUUAUCACAUAUGCAAGCUGAGUCAGAACUCUGGUGAAGCAGAAGAGCGGUAAAAAGUAUCCUUACUACGUGAAACAAUAUUACUUCCUUACCAACUAAUUACCGGUUGGUAAAGAAUAAUACCUAUAAAUAUGCUGACUUAAAAAAAAAAAUUCUGUACAAGUUGACUUUGUGCCUUCACUGAUACAAAUUUUGGUACAAAAUAGACAACUUUGCCACUAUUUCCAUGUGCAUGAUGGGGCUUUUGAUCCUUUUCCCUACAAGGCCUAGUUCUUAUCUCUCAGGUUCUAAGCUACAUGGUGAGCUACUCAGAGGAGCUUCAGUAGAUUUUCCAAUGUGACAUAGGAGGGCUGCAGUUCAGCGUAAUAAUUAAAUAAUUAACCCCCUGGCAUGCCUAAUAGCAGGCCAUUGGUCUGAAACUCUUAAUUUUAUAACUCCCAGUUCUCUGCACUAACCUCAUCUACUAUUAGAGUUUCAAAGGUUUCACUUAACAAGCACAUUGUAUCGUUAAACCCAAAUAUGAUUAUUCAGGGAAAACCAGUUCUUUUCAUUUGGCAACUAGGGAUGGAACAUUUCUCUUCUAGUCUUUGUUCCUGUAAUCUAGAUAUGUCCACGUGCAUUGUUGUAUAAUUUUUAAAAGUCAUUUUCCUUAUGCCAUACAAUCUAAUGGAAGCGUUCUGGUCCAAGACUUCUAGGACGUUACAUAUGAUGCGCACAGCAAUGUCUAGCAAAUACCAAAUGCACUGUUCAAUGAGAAAUAACUUGGCUAUCUAGAUGUUUAAAAUAGAAUUCGGAAGAAUUCAAAUACCUACCUUUUUUCCAGAAAGAAGUAUAGUGAAAUAGAGCUUUUCCUAAAGACACUUCUAAAUUUACCGCCCUAAGGAUUUAUAGGUUUGAGAAGAAUAUUAGGAAUGUUAAGUUUGUUAAGGAGGAGAAAAUAAAAUGAGAUUUUAAAAUCACUUGUAUGUUUUAACUAAUUUGUAAAGCAUCUCAAAUGACAGAAGAAGCAAGAUAUAAAUUUUAAACAAAUGGAAAUGGCCAGGUUAUUAAUUCAUUGAAAGAAGUGAAUUUGUUUGAAGCUGUUCAACCUGUAGAAAUGCUGCUGGGUCCAGAUAUGAUACAGCAAAUGGUCAACUAUAAGGCUUUCUUGUUUUGCAUGCACCACAUAAACUUUUAAAUUUGUUGACAUCCAGGUGGGUUCAGUCAAUUGCGAAAAUGCAGUAUCACCCAAUGAUAGAUUAUUAUCAUGAUGAUGAUGAUGAUGAUUAUUAUAAUUAAUUCAUAUACUGCUUACAUGCCAAAAUUACUUUAAAGACUAAAUAUAGCCAGGGUGCAGUUCUGUGAAACUGAAGUCUAUAUUGAGAAUUUAUGUUCAAUAAAUGUUACUGGCAUUUGGCAUGGCUCUUUGGCACCAACCAAAAAGAGACAGUGAGACCUGUGUCAGGGGUUCACAGUAUGAUGGAGCUGUUUCCAUCUGCAUCAGUCUGUCUCUGUCUCCCCCCCCCCCCCAAUAUAAUGUUGUAUUUAAAUAUAGUAAAUUUUCAGAGGUAACAGACAUUAAAUUUUGGCUAACCUGAAAGUCAGAACAUUGUCUAGACUCAGUCAUGUUUGUUAUUUAAUAUUUUAAUUUUUCUCCCACUGUUCCAAGGCUGUUCACAACACUGCUAUCAUUAUAAGUUCACUGCAAAAUACAGCAGUGUUUCCUGAAACACUGUUUCAGUUCAAAUUGUUUGUUGAUUUUAAAAAUACCUAAGGCAUUCAGAUAUUAUAAAACUUCAUCGUAGUCAUAUAAUAAAUAAUCUGCAAUCAGUUCCUCUGAAGUUUCAAAUGCAGGGGAAAGUAGCCAGAUUUCUUAUGACUGUCAGUAUAAAAAGUUUUGGAUGCAGAGGCAUCAUCUUACUUUACUUAUGCUUAGAGUCUGGGAGUUUCAAAAAACUAAAACACACAUAUAAGGGCCUACGUUAGGUGUUGAACAAAAGAGGCAGUCUAGGGAUGUUCUUAGUGUAUGUCCACCCUGCUGUUUAACAGCAGCAAGAAACCAAACUUUUUGUGUUGUCAUCCCAGUUCUGCCAAUAGAGGUUCCUCAGGCAUAUUCUGUUCUAACUUUUGAAAUACCUCCUGAAAACUUUUCCAUGCUACCGCACUUCUGCAAUCAAUUAAGAAAAUAUGUUUAAAUAUUAAAUGAUUUGUCAUUUUCCAAAUUAACAGCUUACAACAGUGGAAAAAAGAGAACCACAGUCCCUGAUGUUCUGAUGUUUUUAUGAAUAGUGAUAUACAAUUUUUAAGUAAAUAAAUAAGCAAUGAGGCCUCAAACCUCUGACAUCAUUCCAGGAACCCACUUAUCCAAACUGACCUCCACACCUUAUAUCCACUUCCAUUAGCUUCAUAUCUGCCUCAUGUCCAUUAAUUUAAAUUAAACCUCCAAUUAAGCAUAUUUAGGAUUGUCGUUGAAGUCAUUAGCCAUGCCAUGCCAUAAGAAAAUGAAGAAAUACUUAUUCAGUACAUUUCUCAAAAACAAGAGCAUAAAUUCUCUCUCCCCCAUUCCUCAAAGUUCAUAAGAAGGUAAGCUGGGAGAUAAUGUAAUUAUAAAUGUCCAACGUUGACAUUAAUGGCUCACUGAUAUGUUUAGAUUAGAUGAAGAUUCAGUCUGAUCAGACAAAUGUAUUUGAUAGGAGCAUGUAAUCCCUUUCAUUUUAAAGCCUUAAAGUGACAGUUUGCUGUAUCUUUUCCUUCUAUGUAUAUCCACUCUGUAUGACUGAGCUAACAUCAUAUAUUAAUGCCUUUUCUUCAUUUCUAUAAUAAGCAAGUGGAAGAAAGUGCAUGAUGUCAGCGUGCUUGAAAGUAAUGGUGCUUUGCUUGUUCUACUGUACAUCAGGGGAGAAUUUUGACCGCCAAGCCAGCAUACGGAGGUCUCUAAUUUACACAGAUACUGUGGUAAGGCGGCCGAAGAAAGUGAAAAGGAGAAAGACUAUUACAGGAGUCCCUGACAACAUCCAAAGAGAGCUAGGUAUGGCUCAUCAGAACUGUAUUCCAUUACAAUUAAUAAUUAUCUUGCUUACUGUGACUAAACUCAUAACAUUUACCCCACGCUCAUGAAGUCAAUACAGUCUGAUAGCCUAUUAAAAGUUAAAAUGAAUGUAUGCCUGACCACUAGGAAAGAAUAAAUAGUGUAUGCUUAAACCGAUCAAUUUGCCCACCUGGAAAUUAAAGUUCUGUCUUUUUAAACAAACAAACAAACAAACAAACAAACAAACAAACAAACAAACUGAAUUUACUGAAUGCCAUGCAAAGCUGCAAUUUUCUGAAAUUAUGUACUGGGAGAGUAAAAAUCUAUAAGAAUUUUAGAGUUGUUUUCAGUUGUUUUUAUUCCCUUGGUCUUAAAGAUAUUUCUUACAAUUAAAUUUGAGCAUGUCAGUCUCACAUUUCCUUCAUUUUUCACUGAAGAUUGGAUUUUACUAGGAGGAGUACUGCUGUCUAAAAUUGGUUCCAGAAUCUCAUUAAAAACUUCCCCACUUACCAUCUGAUCAUAAGUCUUAUCAGUCAAAUGGUCAAACAUUUGUGAAAUGCUAUAGGAGAAUCCAUAUUUGGAACAUAAAUAUUCACUACAGCAGUUAUCAUAUUUGAGGUCUUCUGGGUUUGUCAUUUGUUUGACCAAAGAACUUAACCAUAAAUAAGUUUCAUCUCCGGCCAUUCCUUCUUGGCAAACAUGAAUGUAAUGGGCAUAAGCUAAGGCCCUUUUUAGGCUAGAGCCUUGUCUGUAUUCUGUCACUUCAAUUUUUUCCCCUUUCCUAACAACAACAAAAGUGUAGAUAGCUUUCAUUCUCUUCAUAGCCAACUUGAGACAAUUAUCUUCCCACUUGUUCACUUGAACGCUUAGUAGACAUUCUAGGCUCCCUGUAAUUCAAGUAGCUGUGACAUGGCUGUUUUGAAAUCCAUGUAUUUGUGGCCAUCUCCCAACAUGGAAGCUUUGAUUUUACACCAUGGCACCACAAACCCACAUUUAGGAAGGCUUGUGCUGACAUACUGAAUUGCUAUGCAGAAAUUACUUGACACACAGAAAAGCCCACGCACAGUGCAAGUUACAGUGUUCAUCAUAUGCCUUAGAAGUUUUAUUGGUGUCUGCAAUGGUGCCGGUGAAAUUCUGCCCUCAUUUGGCAUGGAGUCAUGCCAGUUGCAUGCAACUUGAUGGCAGUUCCAUUGGGUUGUGGGACUUAAAGGAACUUCCUAUACAUUUUUUCCAGCCAUGAUGUCCUGUGUUCCUUCUGUAGCUUUGGUGUAGGCGAGCUCCACUGGCCUACAAAUUAGUGCAGGCAAGCCUCUGGUUGCUCCUUCUCCUCUAAAACCUCUACCCACCUGACCUUUGGUAUUUGAAGAACCCAGUAGUCUUUUUCCUGACCCCAAACUUCAUUAUAUAGGCAGCUACCACCCUUGGCUCCCUCUCUUGUGCUUGCAUGCUUGCUUACUCACAUUCAGAAGAGACAGUCUGCAAUAUAACCAUCAUAGCUCUGUGCUGAGUUUUUCUGGCUAGUGUAACUUAUCUCCUUGUUUUAAAGGGUACUGGGAGGGUGGGUGAAUCCCCACUGCUCCUGAUAGCCUAUUAUGGACUGCACUGUUGGACUUUAUCCUGUAAUUUAAAGCAAGUAAAUGAUAUCUACAUGGUGUUUUCCUAUCCUUCAACAUGGAAGGAGCACAACACUGUUUGGGCUACUUGCCCUAGCAUUAAAGGGCAGGGUAAGGCCCAGUAUUGCAGCCAAGAACUGAAGGGAAACUGGCAGUUUGCAAUUUGGCUUCUUCUUGAGGAGGAUUGCUCUUCAACACUAGAUAUCUUAUUAUACUUUCCUAAUUAAUAAUAUCUUACAUAAUUUGGCAUUUAAUUUUUCUGUUAAAGAAUUUGAGAUGAAUCUCCGGUUUCAUAAUCUGUCAAUAUGAAACUCAAAAUUCCCCUGACAAGUUCUCGGGAUUUCACAUACAGUUCUGUGAAUAAGAGAAACAUGAGUAGAAUAUUAAAAGUAUCCAUUUAUGCCAGAAAUGCUUUUUUAAAAAACAUUAUGCUACAAUAUAUAUUUUAAAGUGCUUUGAGUCUCUUCGAGAAGAGUAGUGAAAAAAUGCCACAAAUAAAUACAUUAGUCUAAGUACAUAUUUAAGCAGUAGUUACAAUGAUAACUUGGAAUUUAGUAACUGAAACUUAACUUAUGGACUGACAACUUUUGUUGUUGGAAAAAUCUGAAUUUGUAUCAUAUUCAGGAAACUGAUUACAUUAGAACAUCACCCCGAGAAGGUGUUUAUUUUCAGUUACAGCUAACAUUGACUCAUGCUGAUCGAUAUAGAAUAAAUAAACCUCUCUUACAAUUCCUAUCUUUCUUACUUGAUUGGCCUUUGUGCCUAUAGUCAUUUUGAUAAAACUCUGCUUUUGAGAAUUAUCAAGCUGCUUGCCAGCAUUGAAGGGACAUAAUGUAAUUUCUCACUUGAGCCCAUUGUGGUAGAAAAAAAAGUCUAAAGGUCAAAUUCUAGCUGCCUUGAAGUUCUAGCUAAAACCACACUGACUUCGCUGAAGCAGGGCUUCAAUUUAUGCUUUUUGGAAAACUUUAAAAGCAGGCAAAAUGCACAAAAACAUGUGUAAAGGUUUGAUUUUAUUUGAAAGCAGGUUAAUGUUUCAUAAAUGGCAUUGUCCUUAACUUUCCCUCCAUCCUCCAUUCUCUCCGAUGCCAGUGUUUUGUUGUAUGCCAAGAAAAACAAGAAGUGAAUAUGACUUAAACAGCUAUUAAAUUUUAUGGGGAAGAAUGACCUUACUCUUCACAGUCCACUUGCAUUCAACAAUUAAGAGAAUUGAAAGGCUCUGGGAAGGGAGCUCCUUAUCUGACAUGCCAUAAAAAACCCGCAAGAGCUGCUCAGAAGCAAGCAUUCCAAAAUGGCUGCAUUUGUCAAUGGCGGACCUGCAGCAUUUCAGAUACCAAACUUUCCCCCACCUCUUUUUUACAUCAUUGUAGCAUAAUUUGGACAGAAGAAAAUGCUAUUUUGAUAGAAUUUCAGUGCAGAUAUAUAUUUAAGUAUACAAUGCGGUGAUCUCAAGUGCAUUCAAGUCAGUGACUUUCAAGCUUGUUGCGGUAAUAAUAAAAAUAAAAAUAAUGGUGGCAAACAACAUUCCUUGAAAGACAGCUCACUACUCCCGAUCUCCUUCAGCAAUGGACAACAGCAAGAGAAUGUCGGUUCAUGGUUUGACUCUCAGUUCACCACUGGCAAUGAUGAAAUCAGCAUUCCAUGUGAACUGUUUGUAUGUACUUCGGCAUGAUUCCAUAAUAACUUGUUUUCUUCGGCAGGAAUAAGAGCAUUCUUCAGCCGAUAUCACUGACCUGGUUCUUUCAUCAUUUUAAACCAUAGUUAAGAUUUAGCGUAUAGCAUGCUGGUGCACAGGACAAAAAUCUUGGUCAAUUUGCACCUUCCCCGUUCCUAAUGUUGCUUUGCUACUGGGAGCUAAGCCAUGGUUUGGCUCAUGGUUUGUUUGGGAGAAACAAACCACAAGUCCCCUUUUGGACAUAACACUUAGAUUUGCAUGAAACCAGAAAACUUCAAGCAACCCACAUUUUAAAAAUGUGGAGUAUUUGAAAAAAACACACACAGGAAGUGUGCCUGUCAGUAGUUAAUUGGCAUUAUAAAAUCAGCAAAUCAGAAGGCAGGGACAGCCAUAAAAAUUCAAAUAUGGGCGAGUGUAGACUGCUUUGAAUGGGGGACUCACAGCUAAAUAAUGCUCAAAUGUGGACAAACCCUUUAACUAUGGUCUUGCCAUUGGGGAAGGGGCAGCCAGAAGACAGGAAGUUUGAAAAUAAUUUUGUUAAUUUAAUAUUAGAUUUGCAAGUCCUCCUCCUGUCACUGGUCAACUUGAAAGAAUGAGAGUUGGAUUUGCUGUGAGAUGACUCUCUUGCAAUUCUGUCUGUACCUUGCCUUGUGCUUUGUCUCCCUCCACCUGCAUCGCAGACAGAAGCCAUUGUCUAAUUAGGCAGUAGACACUGCUUCAGUAGGUGAGCAACACUAUUCUCCCUGCCUUUUGUUCUUCCUCAAAGAACAAUGUAGAUGUUGCUAUGCUAAGUAUUCAUACAUAGAUGAAAUAGUUCUUAGAAACUUGGGCAGGCCUUUAGAAUUUCUUCAUUUAAUGUGUUUAAACAUAUUUCAAUUUUUUCCUUUAAAGAGGUCAGUGGUUUUAAAAAGCAAUUGUUAGCACUUUAUUUUUCUCCUGUGGUAUAGUGCAAGGUCCCAAAAAUAAACAUUUCAUGAUUCAGGUAGAUAAUAAUAUAGAAAAAGAGUUUGUAUGGAAUUGCUUGAAUUUCCUGGAAUCCCAUGGUGCUUUUGAAUGGAAGGUGCAGCAGUCAAGACAUAGUUUGCAAAGAACAAGGACUGAGACACGCUUUGCUUGUUCUUUAUUUUCUUCAUUUUUCACACUGGGGAUAGGGUAAUAUAUUAUAUAUAUGUAACAUAAAUAAGUUCCUGUACGUUGUGACUUAAAUUAUGGUCUGCUGAGUGCUACAAUAGCUGCAGCUGCUAUUAUUUAAAGUGAAGUGUGCAGGCAGCCUAGUAGGAUAGUAUUGAUUGUUCCCAGUUGGCCUUUAGCCUGUUGGUUAGGUAAUAACAGCUAUUCUUGUCUAUCAGGGGUUUUGUUUGUUUUUUAUCUGAGUGACGUGACUGGAGAGUAGUCCUAGUUUGACUGUAAAAAGACUCAGGUUCUUAUUUAUAUUUGAAACAAUGAAGCAUAUUUGAAAAAUCCAAGGAAACAACUUUUUGAUACAUGUUUUGUUAAUGAACACAGGAGCUUAAAUGUGAAAUCUUGAUGUGUAUAAUAAUUGUUUUAUUUUAACUUCCAACAGUUGGCACUGGUAAAAACGACUUCCGUGGCCAUUCAUUAUGCGUCCCUGACCACUAUUCCACACUAGGAAGGCUUGAUAGCUAUCACUCUUCCAUGCAGCAGUCUGACACCAAGGACUCCGGCUGUCAGACGGAGGAAGUCAAAGUGGUGCCACCUUCAGUGAGGCGAAUACGUGCCCAGAAAGGUCAAGGAAUUGCAGCCCAGAUGUCACAGUUGUCCAGUUCUUCUGGAAACAUGUCUGUGAUGAGUGAUUCCGCUGGGGUUGUGUUUGCCUCCCGCCUAAACAAUGACCUGGGUUUUCAUAGUCUACCUCGGUCUGGGGCAAGGGUGUCCCUACAGUUCCUGGAACGUAGACAUAGCCUGUCUAAGUCAACAGAAGGUGGAGCACUGUCACACCAGAUAAGCAAACUGCAAGUGGAUGAUAGCAUAGACCACAUGAGGAACAACAGUAGGACAGGUAUGCUUCAAAGGCCAAAGUCCCAAGAGGUAAAGGGCUCUGAGAGUGACCAAACAGAAAGUCUAGCAUGCAUGGUCUCUCCACACAGUAUGUAUUCAACCAGCAUUAUACCAAAUGCAACCCUAUCAUCCUCUUCAGAGGUUAUUGUGAUUCACACCACACAGAGUGCGGGAGCGAUGGAUAGUAAAAUCACCCACCCUUCUUCAUAUACAAAACCUAGAGACAAUCUUGUUGUCAACAGCAUGGUAGGCACAAAAGAUCAACAGCAUUCCUCUAGUGGGACCUGGAGCGAGACCAGUUCAACACAUCACUCGCGUUCCUCAGACACUGCUGUUUCAUCGAAUGCUGCAAUGGUGCUCAGUCUUGGAGAUUCAGGAGUCUCUCUCACCGGUGCAGGAGCUGUGGAAAAUGCCCCUCAAAGUGUGACCUACAGCAGUAGGAAUAAUCUCAGUUUUCCAACCCACUCUCAGGACAGUGACAGUAGGAGUGAAUCAAAUUACUCUGUUGACAAAACACAGAGCCAGGUUCAGAACAGCACAGAGCACUGUGGUUUGAAGCGCUCUGGAAAGGAAGAGGUGUUGUUACACAAACUAAACUGUGCCACUCCAGGCUGCUCCACGCCUGUGAGCAACUUGAGUACCAGCAGCCUUGAAAGAGUCUCUGCCAAAGAAGACUCAAGCUCUUUAUAUUCUCUGGACCAUGAUGGCUAUUACACUUCCAUGCACAUGGACUCGGGACUCAAGUCUGGCAAAACUUGCAAUAGCAAUAACGGCUUUGGAAACCCCAGGCACAGUGUCAUUAAUGUGUUUGAUGGCACUGAGAAGAAAUCUCUGGGAGACUUGUCGAAUUACAGCGACAAAUCCCUCUCACGAAGCAUAUCCUUUAAAAAGGCAAAGAAACCGCCUCUGCCGCCAUCCCGAACAGACUCUCUUAGAAGGAUCCCCAAGAAGAAAACUCAGUCCAAUGGGCAGGUAUUGGAUGACAUGUUGAUUGCUAGCCUCCAACACUCCCUACAGUUGAACCUCAAGUGCAAAAAUGGCAGCUCACCAUCUCAAAGCCCCUGCAGUGAUUAUGAUGACCCUUGGGUGCUACGCUCUCGUAGUCAGAGCUCGGUGAGCGCCAGUAGCAGCAUGAUGUCUGGAACAGGCCUGAACAUGUACUCCAUCUGUACGGUCACACCCUCCCAGAGCGAGACGAGCAGCAUCAGGUCAGAGUAUGCUGACCAGUGGGGCUACUACAGCGAUUGUCCUGGGAUGCCGGAGGAUCAGCUAAAAUCCCCAGUAGUUCAUUCGGCUAAUGCUGGACCCAGGCUAAAUGAUUAUAACGUCAGCCGCCUUAACGAUGGGUCAAGGGCUUCUACACCACAGGUGCCCAGCGGGUUGGCCAAACCAAAGACCACUUCUCCAGAAAAGCCACAUAGGGUUACAUCACCAUCUAGUGGGUAUUCUAGCCAAUCCAACACACCCACAGCAGUUACACCAGUGCCUGUCAUUCUGAAAUCUAUGUCAACAGGAAACGGGAAACCCAAGAUGAAACCUAAAGUGCCUGAAAGAAAGUCAUCCCUUCUGUCUUCAGUUUCAGUGUCUUCCUCCUCCACAUCCCUCUCUUCUAAUACAUCUGCUGAAGGGAGUGGGAGUGUGAAGAAAUCUGACUCUGGCCCAAGCUUCCCUCUGGUUUCGUCUCCAGACUCAUCUGAGUACCUUCUUCCACCACCACCACCUCCCUCAACAGAUGUUAUGGAUCUGCCGCCUCCCCCUGGAUCUCCCAACUUCCCACCGCCUCCACCAGAAGCGGUUAUAAACAUGUCGUUUUCUCAAAGUAUCCCAUGGUUUAAUUACCUACCGCAAGAACCUUCGUUGGAUCAUUUCUCUCCCUCGUCACCGCCUGUUCCAUCUCCUCCCCUUCCACCUCCUGUCCCUACUUCAGUUCCUCCACCAGCACCCCCCUUGGACCCCAGACUCACAAAAGGUGCAUACAAAAAUGUACCAUGUUCUUUCAAGAAAUAUAAUCAGGAAGGUUCUUCUCACAGUACAAUAAAGAGAGCAUCCUUGAAAAAGGAGGAUCCCGCCAGGCCUUCAAUGCCUCUAGUAACCACCCAAGCACUGCAAAUGGUACAGCUGAGGUCCGUGAAGAAAACUGUGGUGUCAGAGGUUGAACAGCCAGUUGAAUCUGCUUCUGACAUAAAUUCUCAGGAAAAAUCAACUGAUGUGCUUUCAGGACAGCUGCCUAUAAAACCAGGUGUAUCAGUAGGACACUGUGACAGCCUGGAAGAAGGUGAAGUGAAACCCCAUGGUGCUUUUGACAAUACCUUUGUUUACAGUCCUAAUCAGAGAUCUUAUCCAGGACUCUGUGGUAACUAUGAACUUUCGAGUAGUACAUUGCCUGGAAAUGCAGGCAGUCUAGCUAAUUCCUUUGCCAGUGAUUUACCACCAGCCAGUGUUGAAGAAGCAGCACAGGGUUUUUGCUCUGAUCUUGCAAGCUCAUCUCUUGAGGGACAGCCAGGAUGUCUCAACAAGCCUCAGGGUGUAUCGCCAAACAAGAAGCCGCCACCUGUUUCAAAGAAACCCAAACUGUUCCUGAUUGUGCCACCCCCACAACCCGAUGUUACAGCAGAAAAAAUAGCUGGAGUGGGUGAAACAGUCAGAAUCGCUCCAGGAGGUGCUGCCAUUGCACAGUACAGUCAGGCUGAGGAUUAUCCUACAGAUGGACUCUGCUCCUAUGAAAUGGACUCUGGCAGCCUGGUUCCAGAAGGAGGAGCUGCAGGUCCCACCUCCUGUGAGACACUGGAAGUCAGCGUUUCUGCGCUGCAGCCCAAGCAGGAGGAGCAGCCUUGCUUGUGCGAACGAAGCAGUUCCAACAGAAUUGGAGACAGUGUCUCUAGAGGAGACGGGCAUGCAUCUCAAGGGGAUGAAAGUGGUGAGUCUGUUUUCUGUUUUCAUCCAGUAUAUUUAGUGACUAGACCUAUUUGGGAGUGGGAUAGGGAGGGCUGCAGCAUUGGCAUCAGUGUAACACUGUCAGUGCAAAUGCAUGCAGAUCCUAAGGGAAAUAAUAGAACUUGGGCUAAUGGUGUGUAAAGAAUCUGCACUGCCUUCUUUAUUUAAGGGGAACAAUUGUCAAGGGGGAUUUCUCAACCAAAUCUCUGUUGUGUUGAUUUUUAAACUGAGACAGUAAUGAUGGCCAUGGGGUGGGGAUUAGGGAAUCCAGAAAUGUCAGUGUUAUGUUCCUUGUAAGCAAAUAAAUAGCUUUGCACAGAAUGUAGUUACUCAAAAUAAUUUUGUUGUUGCCGUCAGUAAAAAGGCAGAAGCAUGGCUGUGUUGUGUAUUUUUAGGGAAAUUUACAGACUUUAUUGCCCUGUUGGCUACUUAACUCUUCAGAUAUUGCGAGUUUAUAAUCCCACAUAAUUUUCUUACUUAUUGCAUUUUAGCUGAGGGGUUUGAAUCAGAUGCAGCAAGCAGCUUUUUACUGCAAAGCCCUGGUUAUGGAGAAGAGAGUGAGGUGCUGGCAGUGCCAGCCAGACCAAGGACUACUGAGGAUCUGUUUGCAGCCAUUCACAGGUAUUGUUGAAUUCCCUUAUUUGUGUUGCUUUAUCCAUUGUCCCUUAAGAGUUUUAAAUAUAUCUUACAUAAUAUGUAAUGCUAACGAUUAUUAUUUUAUUUUUCAAAGAAAUUCACUUUAGUUUCUGGUAAUACGUAGUUAAAAUAGAUUAUUCAUAUAUGCACCUUUCAUUGCUUUGCAAUCAACUAAUUCUGAAACUAAACUUUGCUGGCAGCAAAAUCAAGUUUGGUAAAAUUGUCAGCCUCUGGCCCUUCUGUGAAUGUCAAGUGAUCCCUUGUUUGUAUUGUACUGUUUCUCUCAAAUCUGCAAUUUAACAUAUACUAUUGCUUUCUUUGUGUAUCUUUUUGUUUUCAUUUCCUCUACCCUCCAUUCUUUCCCCCCCUCUUCUCUGCUGAUUAUAUGGUGCAGUUUGGGACAGAGGCUCAACUCUAAUACUUCAUGGCAAGCUUGGCUUAAACUGGCAAGUAAACAUGAUCUAUCCGUCAUAUGGCAAAACAUAUGACAGUAGCUGGAUUAUAGAUUGCCAUAAUCCAGUUGAAGAUGAGCUAUUUCUGUGACACACGGAUCUGUCAUUUCAAAUGUGCAAUACAGACUAACCCCAAUCAUUCUCUCCUGAUUAAAGGAAGGAAGGAAGUUCAACGGAUGAGCAAAUAUUACAUAUUUCACAGGGCUAAAUAAAUGCAAAUGAUUCUCUACAAAUAAUUAUAGUUCUUUAGACAGUAUCUUUGAUUACAGAUCUUCAGAAUGCAACCCAUUUUUUAAAAAACUUUAAGAUACCUUUAGCUAAAGGGGGCAGACAGGAAAUGCCCUAAAAAGAAAGUGACUUAUCUUGACUUAGAAUAUCUAAUGUGUGUUACUGGUGCCACCUUGUGGUGAUUUCCCCCCCCUACGGAAUUGGAACAUCUUUGGGGAGUGUAAUUGAAAGUGGCACAAAUACGUUCUCAUUAUGUUAUGUGAGUAGAGGAAUGUUCUGUGUUGGGAACUUUGGAUCAUGUUUAUAUAUUGUACAGUUUAUAUAUUGUUGUGUUAAAUAUUGCAGGGUAGAAAAGUUUUGCUUCUAGGAUGAUAUCCUUUCAUGGCAAACAAUUGUGCAUUUCAGAGUAACGUGUUUCCCACUACCCUACAUAUUUCCCAUUACUAAACAUAUAUAAGCCAAGACUGAAGACACCACUCAACUAGUUCCAAAAGGCACUGAAAGGAAGUGAAUUGCAAUAUGGCACAGGAGUCUGCUAUAUUUAGAGAAAAGAUACAAUUCCCUCCACACAUAGCAAGUCCAUGGAUACACCUAAAUAACUCUUGGAUUCAAUUAUACACAGAAACAUUCAUCUUUGUGUGGGAAAAGAACAGUGUGUAUAUGUGACACACAGAUUGCAUUUGUGAGUAGGGGAAGAGUGUUUACAUUCUUCUCUCACCUUUCCUCCCCAGUCUUCCUUGUAAAAGAACAAAUAAGCCCUGAGCAUGUUGACUACAAAACUGGCAAACAUCCUCUGGAAACACCUGAGAUGUGAUUGCACAGCCACUUUCAAAUUAGAUACUGAGUGAGGAUACAUCCCAUGGAUACUGACAUGCAUUAACUGAUAACACCCCAAGUUGGUGUUUACUUUUCAUGCUAUUGUGUGUCACAGUGCAAACUUCAGCUGUGAAUGUCGUAUGAAACUUCCAAUUAUGACUGGAGAGAAUCAUAGAAUAAAAUAAUGUGGGCAUAAUUUUAUAAUCUAGUUAUGUCCCAUAGUUUUCAAUUGUGUUUAAGGACAUCUAAUUUUCUAUGGAUGGUGUUCUUUGUUUUUCGCAAGGGGCUUGGUCUGUAUUGCACAAUUAUACAAACUGUGUAUUUUGUGUGAAAUGUACAUAAGAAUAAGUCCUGAAAACAUGUUUUUACUAGUUACAUAGUACUAGAUAUCUUCUGCUGACCCCAAAAUUUUCAAAUUUAUCUGCUAGUCCACAUUCGUAUAGCUCUCGUUUUUCUUCUGCAUUUUGGGAACAUAGGAAGCCGCUUCACACAGAGUCAGAUAUUUGUUCCAUCUAGCUCUGUGUUGUCUACUUUGGCAGUGGCUCUCCAGGGUUCCAGUAAGGAGUCCUUCUCAGGCCUAGCUGGAGAUGCCAACAUUUGCACCUGGAACAUUCUGCAUGCAAAGCAAAUGCUCUACCACUGAGCUGUAGUCCUUUUGUGAUCUUAAACCAACAAGCUGAUCUCAUUCUCAGUGAACUGAAAUAAACAUGGAGAAGGUGGUCCUUCCCUUCCCCUAAUUUUUCUUGAAAUCCCAGCUUUGGCUUGGCCAUUUUCAGUUUGAAAAUGAUUUUAUCGGUACCCCAACCAGGGGUAAUGAACAUAGCAUCCCCCAUCCAACAUGGCCAAUGAUAAGGGAUAAUGGGAAUUGGAUUCCAACAUCUGGAGGGCAUUUUGGCUACUGCUAUGCUAGACUUUACUGGAAACUCAUUUUCAGUAUAGGCACGCAUAUCUAUGUGUAUCAUCAAAUAGUUUAGGCAUGUUUAUUUUACCCACUUUCCAGUAUUUGUUUGUAUGCAGUAUCUCUGCAACCCCCCCUUUUAAAAAAAACUUACUGCAUAGUCAGUUACAUAUAUAGCAUUUAAAUAAAUAUAGAACAGUCCAGCCCAUUUAUGUUCUCCCUCUGGAUAGGCAAAGGGGCACACAAGAGUAGAGUCCAAGACUCUUGGGUUGAGGUUUCUUCCCAGAGACUGACAAGUGAACAUACUGCUCAGUCUUUUCUUCUGAACUGUGAAUCUGCAUAAGGCUUUCUUCAAAAGUGAUAUUAUUUUGUUAUCAGUACCAUUUUUAAAUGUGUUGGGAGUGUUUGGGCGGCAUUAAUAUAUGAUUGGUGUUAACUUGAAAGGAAUACUACAUGUACUUUACCAUCUUUGUUAAUCACUUAACAACUCCUUGUUUUAUCCUAUACACUUUCUGAUUUCCCCUGUAUACAAAUUAAUUUGUUGUUUUUAAGGGAUGUCCUUUCCCUUCUUUGCAGGUCAAUGCAACUGCUUUUAGAUGAAGCUUCAUAGUAUGUCCUAUGUGCUAAUUACUUUUGAUACAGUAAAAUGCUUCUUAUGUUCCUAGCUCCCCACAGAGCAUGUGGAUUUCAUUUAGGCUUCAUUAAUUUCAUGCCCUUUGGCAAUUUCAUUUGGAACACCUUGACAAGUGUAGCUAGAAUAUAUUAAUUUGGAGGACGCUACUAUAUUGGAAAGCUGUUUUAAUUAAGAAAAUACAAUUUGGCAAGAUUCAAAUAUUUGCUUUGCAAAAUUUUAAUGAGAAAAGAAAUAUUGUAACUUGCAAGUAAAUUGGAUUAAUUCAGUUCUGUACUGGAGAAUAUAGUUCAGAACAAGAUUCCUGUUAUCAGAAUGUCACCAUUCCUGUUUCCAGUAUCUUCCUACUCAUUUCUGUAAUAGCUUAUAUUCAUCUGCUUGCUUGUUACAAUAUUCAUAUGUGAAAUAGGAAAAGCAUUGAAGUGAGAGGCUAAUACUGAUUUUAUGUUUUUCUUCUACAUUAAAAUCAUAGAUCCAAAAGGAAAGUCCUUGGCCGCAAAGACUCUGAGGAUGAUCAUACCCGAAAUCAUUCACCAUCACCCCCUGUUACACCCACUGGUGCUUCUCCAAAUCUGGCUUCCCUUAAACAGGCAGGAUCAAUUCAAAGAAAUAUUCGCAAAAGUAGCACCAGCAAUGACAACUUCAAGGCACUACUGCUUAAAAAAGGGAGCCGUUCAGAUACCAGUUCUCGCAUGUCAGCAGCAGAGAUGCUAAAAAACACAGACCCAAGGUUUCAAAGAGCCAAGGCAGAUUCUUCCUGGGAGCCCACUGACAGUAGCACAAGUUGUUCUCCUACCAAGAGCAGACGGGCCCAGGAAGAAUGGGCCAAGAGCGAAGGCCUGAUGCCAAGAAGUCUGUCCUUUUCCAGCGCCAGGUACGGCAGGUCUCGAACCCCACCAUCUGCUGCAAGUAGCAAAUACAAUGUUCGAAACAGGAUCCAGAGUAGCCCUAUGACUGUUAUCAGCGAGGGAGAUGUGGAACCAUUUGAACCUGCAGAAAGCAGAACUUGUAGGUCUUUAGAUGAGGAACAAUUUGAUGUGUUUGACAGUGAUGAAAUGGACAUUAAUGAAGAUGUGGGCUCCAGUGAGAACAGUACAACUCGCCCAGACUUGAUAACUGGUUGAUACAAAAUUAUUUUAAUGAAAUAUGUAUGCCAACAACUGAAAAAAGGGUGAGGAUUAAGAAGGCACUAUGAUGUCACAGGUUUCAUAAGGUAUACAAAAUGAUCCAGACUUAGCAGGAAGCCCUAAUCAGUACAAUUUACUUCGCCAAGUAUUUAGAAUGUGGUAAUUGAUGCUACAGUACUGAUACCUCUAUGUGGCUCGAAGGGAUGCGAUUUUUAGUUUAAAUGGAUGUGACUUUUAGUUUAACUGGAACUAAGUCAGAUCAGUCCAUUAAAGCAUUAAAAUCCUUUAGAAAAAAACAGAAACUAAUAUUUUCAGAUUCUGGGUUGUGUGUGAUUUUUUUUUUUUUAAGAGUGUAGAAAAUUAAAGUAAGCCUACAGAGAAAAUGGGGAGCUUCUGUGGUACAGGGUGGCAGCAGCUUUCAAAGUGUUAUAUUUAUGAAACCUAGUAAUCUCUUUUGAGCAGGGAACGAUAGAAUAUGUGGCCUAGUAGUUAGCCGUGUUGGCUGUUGUCCCACUGUUUCUUCUAGUUUGUGUAGGGGGUCCUCUGCUGGUCUAACCAUGUCAUGAUAGCAUAACAAACAGGCUGACCAGAUUCUGAAUUACUGUUUUUUAAAAAACGCAAUAGGAAAGAAGCACUAUUGUAAUACAGAAGUGACUGCUGUGUGGGUAUAUUACAGUCCAUCUAUUGGGUUCUUAAGAAAAAAAACCUCAUAGGUGAAUUUGUUUCUUUGAAUGGAAGUUAUGAUGUCCUAUAGAAGACCUAAAAUAAAUGGCUACCGAUUUGUAAAGAAGAUGUAGGUAAAUCUGGGAUGGGGUGCUGCAUAAUAAUAAUAAUAAGCAAAUGGCCAUUAACUUCUCGAUUUGAGAGCUUAUAGUAUAUAACUGCAAAUGGUACCCUUUUCUUUUCAAUUAAACUGGGAAUUACCAGUUUUUCUUAUAUUUGUCAAAAUGGGAAAGUUUUAAGCAACAUAUCACUUGGAAUAUUGAAACACUUGCUAACUUUUGGUUACCAAAGAAUACACUACAAUUAGUUUUACUUUUUUGUCUACAGUCAGCAUCUCCUUGAUAUGGGAAAAUAAACUUAACAAUUUAGGAGACUUUGCUUAAUUUUAUUGAGUCUUUACCAGUGUGUUUAAAUAUAUAGAGAUAUAUAUAUAUAACUUUCUUAUUUGUAAAGAAUAUAACUGAUAGCUAAAAUAUCAGCUGUGAUUUUGAUCACAGGAUUGUUGGGUUUUUUGGAAAAUGAAUUUUGAAUAAGUUGCUAGUCUUCUGUUUUUAUAAUGUUUGUACAUAAUACAAGUUCUUGAGGUAGCCUUUGCCCUACCAGUGUUGGACUUUUUACAUUUUUACAUUUUUUAAAGAAAAAAACAACCCUCCUCUAUGUAGAUAAUUUAUUUUGAUGAAAAACACUUGGCUCUUUUUCUCUCCAUCUCUGUUCUUUGUUAGUUCUAUAAAUUUUAGUGGCCUUCACUCAACUCGAGGAGGGGAUGGGGACAAUCCUGUGACUGCAUCAAUAAACAAGGCUGCCAUUUGUCAUCUUGUGGCUAGAGUUAAUAAUGCAACACUUGAAAAUCUGGGGGUGCUGUUAUACUGAACGCUAGCCUGCCAGAGCAAGGGUUUGUGGCAGGCUUGAACAUGAGGAAUAGGUAGGUCGGAACACAUGCUUAUGGUCUUACUAAAGGGGGUAAGAAUUGAUCAACCACAAGGAGGCAUAGAUGGGAUUGAGCCUGCUGGUCAAAAUCCAAAGCCCCUAACAUAGUUUUCUAUUCAAGAGAAGCUCUUUGUGCAAAUAUGGUGAUUUCUCAUUAGGUGUGCCAAAAGUUAGACUCUCUCAAAAAGGAAUGGUAUUUCCCUGUGUGUAAACUGAGGCCACUGGAUCACAGCUAUUAGAUUUCGUGGAUCAUGCCCUAUCUAGUUCCAUAACUGAGCCUCUGCUUCCUAAGCUGCACAGCAAUACGUUUUUUCUGCUCUCCUUGCUCAGGGAGGAAUUCAACGUCAUACUCUUCUCAUCGUUCCAUCAACACAAGCAUUUCUAUUUGCCAGACAGGAGGAUCCUGCCCCCAUCUUCGCACCCCAUAUACUCCUCUGGGGGUUCUGCUGAUCCUCCAGAGUGGAUUGGGGGAGGCAUGGGGGAAUGAGGACGACCCCAUUGAGCUAGCAGGGGCUUCUCCUAGUGUGCUGCAUUUGUUGAAUCCAGCUCUAAGUGUGUCUAAUGGUUGUUUUCAGGGAACUACACAGUCGCCCCUCUUCUCUCCUCCAACUCAUGUUGUGUCCUCUACAUUCUAAAACAUGUAAAUUGUUACAAAGUAAGGGGGAAUUGAUAAAUGAACACUUUUUGCUUCCCAAAGCCUCAUGUUUAUGGAUGCUGGAAAAAUACACCAUUAUGAUAUCCUCAAAACAAAGGAAACUAUUUUUUUAAAAAUUAGUUGUAUUUAUUAAUGACAAAUUUUAUUGGCGACAAUGGGACACAUUAUUUAUAUAAUUACCACUGAAAUAGGCAGCUUUGUAGCAUUUCUCUCUGCAGCUGAACAAAGCUGCUGGUUUCUGUUAGAGCAGGUGCUAAGAAAACAUCCAUUGUGUUUUCCAUUCAUCUGUCACAGCUGCUGGUGUAAAUAGAUUGCACAGACUAUUAGCAUCUCGCAUUAGCAGAUACAUUAACUGGCAAAAAAUUUUUUUAAAGCUAAGUGUAUAGGAAAGUAACAACAUUCAGCCUUUCCUGUUAAUUCACACGUUCCCAUAGAUGCUAUAUCUUUCUAAAGAUUGACAGCCUGUCAAAAGGUUUCAAGUCCACUGUCAAGCUCAUCUGUGUGUUCAAUACAAGCACAAGGCUUUUCUGGCUAGCGACAUUUCAGAGCUUAAAACUUAAAUGUGCAAGUAAACACUACCCCUUCAUAUUAUUUUUGAUACGUCUUCACGUGUGUGAUCUAUUUGCUAGGAGCAGCACUACAGUUUGGCAACAUCAGCGUCAGAAGUUUUCAGUGUCAAUUAUUUGAUUUAACAUUUUGGUUUUACAAAAGUCACACUUUAUACAACUUAAAAAUUAUUAUAUAGCACCUUACAAAAUUCCAAAGGCGAAAAGCCCUCAAAAGCCUAAUAACGGAAUAUUUUAAUCUGCUGGAAAUUACACAGUUUGUCCAUUUAAUAUAAAGUAUUGGAGAACGGGCACCACAUGUUGUCUUCCCCACGAAAAUAUGCCCAUGUAAGUGGCUAUUCCAGCACCACCCUCCAGCUGGCCUACGCUGCAUCUUCACUGUGGCAACAUGGCACAUAGGUUUCUAUGAAAGAUCUCUUGAUGUAUCUAUAAUGUGAGAAGGAACAUUAAGGCAGGCACAUAAUUGGUUGGAGGGCCAUUUCCCCCUCCUUUCAAGUGCCCAAAGGCAAAAACUUAAAACUAAUGUCAGUGUGAUCUAAAUUAGUCUCAGUUUAGAUAUCAAAAUGGUAAAGGUUUUAAAUGAUUCCUGUAACUUUGAGAAGUAAUAUGGAUAAAAAUAUUACAAAAUAUUAUUUAAAAUAUUACAAAGGUUACAGUAAGCCCCUUUUCCCCAUUAAAGCAUCAGUUUUCUACCCCAGAAUAUGAUUACUGAAGGGGCAACAGUGGAGGUCCUUAAUGCCCUAGUAAUUGGGCCAUUGAGACCAUAACUGUAUUACAGGACAUCUGAAGAGGCCUGGCUUCCUUCCUUUUGAAAUGGGCCCUUUAACUACUGUUUUUAAAAGGCUGCAGUAAAAAGGAACAUAUAAUCACAGAAUUGGAGAGACUGAAGGGACUACGAGGGUAAUCUAGUCCAAUUCUCUGCAAUGCAGGAAUCUUGUGCCCAACAUGCGUUAGUUAAAAUCAGAGAUCAGGGCCUGUGCAUUCCUACCUUCUGCCACCCUAAUCAACUGAGAACUGCUUAUGUCUUGUUUCCUACCCGUGCCUUAGGAAUAUGGAAUCUGCAUAGCAGUUCAGAAGCUAUAAUGUUCCCAUACUGACGUCAGUGGAGUUGAGCCAGCUAUAAGGACAGAGAAAUUGCCUGCAGAAAGAGCCAGGCUGGUCACAUGUUCACUGUGAUGCAUGACUGCACAUGCAGCCACACUAUAGCAACCUAUACAGCCAUCUUACAUUUUUGUAAACCACUUGGAAGUUUUAUUAUAUAGUUAUAUAUAAACAUUGCGAAACAAGUAUUAUAUUGGCACUGAUAGAUAUUAAGGCAAUGGGCUAAGUAGGAAAAUAUUAGGAAAUAUAUUUAGUUAAGGACACUUAUGGUUAUUAAGGCUAUAAUCUGAAUUGUUGAGGUUUUAGCUUUUCCUGAUAAGCCAGACUUCAUUGUGUCUGUUCAGCAAUUUAAAUGGACUAUCAUAGCCAGCAGUAUAAUAGACCUUUUCUUGAAAAGUUUUUCCAUCCCGCUUCAGACUUUCAGCAAGUGCCAGUAUUUCAUCCUGGUUCUUUUUGGCAUUGGCAAAUCCUCCAAAAGAUCUGUUGAGAACAAAAAAACAAAGUAUUCUGUAUGUGUUGAGACUACUGUUUUAUGUUCUAAGUAGAACACCUGUGUACGUGAUAGACAAAUGUAGGCAAGCCACAUGGAAUCAACACGCAUAAACCAGUAUUAGUAAAUUUUUCUACCUACGAUGGUCCAAAUCAGUGAUUUAAUUUAUAUGUAACUAAAUUUAUGUUGAGGAAACAAGAAUCCUUUUCAUUUCAUUGCAGAGGGAUUCAAAGAUUCUUGCUCUGCAACAUUCUCCUCUAUACAUUUUGAAAGCUGCUGUGUGCCAACUGCUCAAUCUCCUUCUACAGGCAGGGACAGCAGUAACUUAUAUGGCCUGCAUUGUGGGAACAUGGGAAACUCUACAAGCCACUUCACAUGCAUGGCUAGAUCCUGUGACAAUGCCACUGAGCUUGAGUUUGGGCAGUAAUUUCUUGGACACAACAUUUGUGUGAACCAGCGUAGCUACAUGGAAGCUGUCUACACAGCGGGUUAUGAUUUUAAUAACUAGUGUCUCAAAAAAAUCACUGCAGUUCUUUUGCAACCUGGGCCAGGAUGGAGCACCGACAUGAAGGCACCAGUUCAUUCAUAUAUAUAUGAAUUUGUGGAGACAAAACCACCCAUCACAGUGCCUCCUCAUAAUGCAGACAUCGAUUUCCAAGGUUUUUGUAGAGCCUGUCAGUAUAUAUAAAACAGCUUUUAAUGUCACAGACACUACAUAUGUGAGCAAGAACAUGCAGGCCCCAGUUUUGAACUCACUUUUAAGGGAAAGAAGAAAUGAGAAGGCACUGGAGAAAGCUAUUGUUUACACAAAUACAUUUCACCAGGACUGUGUGGCUCGCCUGAAGGGCAGUUUGGAUUUUUACAGCUCCACAAAGCAGUAAGAAGUGUAGCAAAAAUAUUAAUGGGGAAAAUGGCUCAUCUUCCCCAUUAAAGCAUCCAAGAAGGUUUAUUAAACUUCUAAUUUCAGCAGUUUUUCUUUCCAGUUUCUUCCACCUCCCAUAUCUGCACCUUCAUGAAACACAUAAAACCUUGACACAGUUACCACAAGGUGGCAGUCAAAGUUAGCAGACAUUUUCCAAGAUAAAUUACAAAAAUGGUGUUGGCCACACGGAGGUAGUCUUGGGUUGAUGGGAGUUACAGUUCAGCCAGCAUGGCCAAUGGCUAGGGAAAGUGGGAGCUGUACUUCUCCACACCUGGUGCAGGUUAUAGACACACAUGCUUACCUGACAAACACAGUAAUUGCUGGCCUCGUUUCAAUGAAGACAUCUGCCUCUGAUGGCUUAGGUGGAUUUGCCUGGUGUUGAGGUGGCACGUAAAAAGAGACGGUUGUUGUGGACUCACAGAACGGGCCAGCGCCUGGCUGCACAUAGCAUGUCACUGGAGCUGUCAUGUCUAUCUUUACUCCUGCAAGAGGCAAGAUAUUACUAGCUACACUUAACACAUUAUCAAAACAUUACAAAAGAAAGGAUGGAAUAAAACAGGAAUAGAUUGCUAAGAUUGCAGGGGGUAUGAAGGAAGCAAGAGCAUCUCUCAUCCACACCAGAGUGAUCAGAACCUCAACCUGAAAAAAGGCUGAACUAGAUGACAUCACCUGUGCUUUCCAACACUAAAAUUCCUUUGGGAUGUUGGGUUUUUAGUUAAAAAUUUGGAUUUUCUCCUUUACUGUUUCUCACAUUCCCCCACCAAAAAGACACACCUGAGGUAUAUUUUCAAGAAGAAGAUGAAGAAUGUGUGCUUAGUGUUUGUCUCCCGCCAAAGGGAAGCUGAUUUCAAGGGAAACACAAGUAGAGCAAAACACACCUUACCUUUUUCAUUCUUGCCCUUAAUAUAAUUAAAGAGCUUAGUAAAACCAGUAUUGAUAGCUGAAUCCCAGUCCACAGUUUUAACAGAUGUGCAAACCCAUUUGGCUGGUUCAUACUGUCGAAUUUCAUAAUCAGAAGCCUUAAGGGGGGGGAAAACAAAAAUCAAGACUUGUUACCUGGUAAUUUUCAUACAAUAAACUCUGCAUAGAUAUUGAACUCUUUAAAAGUAGGAACCACAACUAAAAACGAGUAAAUGAAAGUGUGUUCCCUAUCUCUAGACCAGGGUUGUCAACCUGGUCCCUACCUAGUGGGCGUUUCAGGAUUCUAGGUUGGGCGGUAGGGGGUUCUACGGCACAAGCUGAAUCCUCCUUCCAUCGAGCACUGGUGGGCGGUAAGGAAAUUUUACCAUCAAGAAAGAUGCAUUAGUGGGUGGUAGGUAUAAAAAGGUUGACUACCCCUGCUCUAGAUAGAGGAAAUGCCUAUCACAAUGCGUAUUGUGAUAAGGGCUGUGAAUUGUUACAAAAACACACAAAACCAAUCUCUUUCCUCGAUUUUAUCUCACUAGUCAUUUACCCAUUGCUAUUCUGCAAACUGAUCCCAUACACACUCCUUCAGAUCAAGAGCUUAGGACCAAAGUAGACUCCAUAUAGCAGAUGCAGUUUGAUACUGCUUUUAUUUUCAUGAAUAGUAGUAAUAGGUGGUUGCCACCCAGAGCAAUUGAAUGGGGGGGGGGGAGGAGGAGGAGGAGGAACUGAUUAACUUUUUCUCCUCUGGGCAGUUUCCCUUUAAAAAUGGCCUUCCUGCUGUUUUCCCAACUAAAUAGUGAAAGCUCACUGUUCUCCAUGAUGGAAAAAUAGCUUGUAGAAGACAAUUUUUGAGUGGGGAAAUUACCACUAACCCCAGGCACUGUUAAUCCCAGGUAAACAAGUCAUCUUUGAGUGUCCCAGGUCCUCUCUUUUUAAAAACGUAUUGUCUGGUCCCAGGGUGGUUGUGAGGAUGAAAUGGGCAGGGGAGAACUAUGUUUGCCACCUUGGAGGAAAUAUGGUAUAUAAAGAGUAGUAAAUAAAUAAAAUAACUUUGUUAUUCUCAGUGAAUCAGGGCCUCACUCCUGAUGUGUAUAUUUGGGGGCAGGAGAUGCCGCAGAGCUUAGCAGCAUUGAGAAAUAAGGAAGAUGGUGGCGGCAACAGUGACUGCAAACGCUUCACCCCCAGCACUAUAAAGGAAAGCACUGGGCCCACCAGCACAGCUGCUGAAGAACUUUGUAAGUAUUUGAAGACGUUUCUGCUGCAGUAUCACAUGGUAAGGCCAGGUUCAGUCCUUAAGUGUAUUUGGGCAGGAGGAGGAGGAAUAAAUGUGCCACAGAGUUUUUUCUUCAUCCAUCUUGUUGGAAGACCACAAUCUGCUGGACUGUUUGGGUUGCCACUGGAAGUUUUGCAUGGCAGUCAAUGGUUUGAAGAAAAAGGGAAGCAGUAAUCGGGGAGCCUGGAGGAGACCCAGCUGCCCCUUAACAGUUGGGGCUCCCUUAAUGCAACAGUUGCCCUCCUGGUAUGUCUUCAAGGGACCAAUGACAAAUCCUGGAGAAUAUUUACUUACUUAUAUCCCACAUUUCCCCCCAAGGUUUCCCCUGCUCUUUAAUUACUUCCCACAACAGUCCUGUGAGGGAGGUUAGGCCGAGAGGCAGUGACUGAACCAAGGUCACCCAGUGAGCUUCAUGGGGUGAGUGGGGAUUUGAACCCUGGUCUAAAAUUUGUUUGAAGUAUAGGCACUCUGCCUUUUCGGGACUGAGUCUUUGAGGCGGUUUAUAAAACCACUAACAAUGAUCAAAUAAAAACUUAAAUUAAAAUUCAUCCAGCCACACCGCCCAGUGAAAGAAAUAGCAGAAGCAACAUGGUAAUUUGGAAAAUCCCAUGAAAGCACCUAAAAAACAAGAGCAGGUGCCAGCUGAAUAUUUCUGAACAUUCAGCUCCCCACCACCACCACCACACGACCCCAUUUCUCAUGAAUAGAGAGGGUGGGGAGCUACUGCAUUGUGUUCUCAGAUCUUUUAAAUGCACAGCAAGGCCCCUGCAGAGGGAAGAGGGUUACGUUGUUCUUCACCCCAGCGGUCUUCCCCUCCCCAACCCCAGCCGAUCUUCUUUUUUAAAAAAAAGUUGGGAGAAAUGUUACAUGAGCUUGCUGUUUACUUUGGCAAUAAGGAAGUGUUUGUGGGAAUUGAGCACCAAUGUUGCAAUACACAAUCGGAUGAUCCACUUGAGAACAGGAUCCCAAUAUCUGGCUAGCUUUCCUCUCACAGCACCUUAGCAUGCAUUUCUCCCUCCUUGCUUUCCUAGCCCACUGUUUUCAACCUUCAAAGGCUGAAGACCACACAGUUAGAAGGAUUAUAAGCCAAAGUUCACUUCUACAAUCUUUUGUCCUAGAAGAGAUCAGCAUUAAAAUUUGUUUCUGAACACAUAUAUUUCCUUCAGCCACUGAUGAGUAAACAUGUUAAGAACUUUUAAACCUGCAACAUUUAACAUUUUAAAGAUGUGUUAGUUGUAAAUUUGUAAAUAUUUAUUUUUACCAAGAAAAAAUGCAUGGUGUUCAAGACAUAUUUUCUGGAAUGAGAUGAACAAUUUCCUAACAUUUAAAUCUUCAGAAAUGACUGCAGUAUGAAGCCAUGUUAACAGAGUUCAAACCAGGUUCUCUCAGUAAUGCAAGGUUUUCCUUAAUCAAUGACAUAGAUUUAAAUAGCAAUCUGACGGUAUUUUCAAAAAUAAUACUAGGUUAAUCAAGCUCAUUUACACUGUUGCAUUACUCAACCACAGUACCUCAUAACUUUGCUUUCAAAGCACUCCUUGUGCAUUAAAAAACCCUUUACAUCCACCUACUACAUUUGUCAAUACAUAGACAAAAUGUGGAGUCAACAGAGGGGCUUAGGAUAAUACCCAGGGGAGGGGGCAAUGCUAUAUUAAAUUAUGCCUGUUGGAUGUUUUCAUGUUAUUUUCCCUGGGAUACUUGCAUUAGUUCUUGCAUCUUCCAGUGAAGUCUUGCUGAACCCAAAAUUUAGACUUUUUGGCAAAAGUGAUAUUUCCAGCUGUAAUAGGGAACUCUCAUACCUAAUGAACCCCUGCUUAGGUGUUGCCCACUCGAUCACAUAUUUAGUCAAGCAAUUUGUGUUUAGGACUCCGCUCAGGGACGUGUGUAUGCAUGUGUACAAAUCUCUUCCCCUUCCACUUACUGGACGUGAUCAAGGAUUAAGCAGAAAGUCACCUUCCAGUCAUUAAAAACAACAACCAUAAACGCUGGUCACCUGGUUUGGCAGUGCUGUCCAUUUGGGCAUCUCCAGCCCAGUAGAGAAGAGGGCUUGUUUUAUAGUCUUCAGCAUCCUGGGUGGAGAAAAGGAACGACGUUAGAGCUUCCCUUCCACAUAUUGCAUGUGCGCCUGCACAUCUCUUCCCUCGGAGCCGGUCCCUUUGUAUUCAACGGAGUAUGCAGAAGAUCAACUGGUGCAAACAUUUUCCCCAGUAUGGAAAUGUAUUGCAAGAAGCUGCGCCUAGUAUUGUUUUUAUUUUUUAAGGCGCAGCUUCCCUAAAGCAGAAACCAAAGCGCAACCUUCGCAAUCUCCCCCCCCCUCUCCCGUUGCCCUUUCAAAUCCCCCCGCCGCAUCCCCUCUACCCAUAUUCCCCUUCGCUCUCGCCUCGCCUCCUGCCUUUCUGUCUGCCGGCGGCACCUUCCGUCUCUUCCUCGCUCUCCUUGCAUAAGGCUCCGGCGCCUUGUGUAACAACAUUUCAGGCGACGCUCUCUGUGGCGUCGGAAACACCCAGGGCGGGGAGGGGAGGUGGCCUGGGACACUAUGCUGCGAAGGAGGGGAGCAAACAACCUCCCCCCCUUGCAAAGUUGUGAGAAGAGCCUCUGGCGGCAUUAUGGGGGGGGGCACUUGGCCGCCUUUCCAGCCAGCCUACGAGAGGC